CAGACACUGGUAAGACGGUGGUGCUGUCCACAUUUGGCAGACACUGGGGAUAUCGGGUGGUAGGUUAGACUACUAGUGGGGGGAGGGCGUUGAUCAGACAGGUUUCAAUCUCUGCUUGACUUAAACGGCUGUAAGCUUCGUGUAGGGUUCACUUAACAUUAGAUUGGGUAUCGAUCAUCGAGUAGUGAUCAAUGUUCGAUGCGAUUGAUUUACCAUAUCCUGGUUUCCCCCCCAAUGUGUUGAGUUUGGUGUUGUGCCUCAAGAAAUGAAACAAUGUUAAACGAGCCAAGGAAUGUAAAUAUGACUUUAGCACUAUGAACCAAAUCAACGUUUGUCGGGUUAGAGAGUAGCACUCAACAGCUCGAAUUUGCUGUACAAUAGCAAUCAAAUUACUGGAAAAUUCGUGGACUAUGCUCCUUGUCUGCUAAAGUGAACACACCGUGGAUGUGGAUAUAGAACCUAUGGAUACAUAAAGGAUGCCUAUCAAACCGGUAAGUAGGCGCUAAUCACAUUUUAAGGAUGCCUUUAACCUAACUCUUAGGCGCCAAUCACGUUUUAAGGAUGCCUUUAGCCUAAGUCUUGGGAUUAACUUAUCUUAACUCAAGAGGAUCAAAAGCGUAACGUAACCAAACUGCUUGUAAUAUUUACCAACAACGUCUGAACAAUGCGCCCAGCCAUAAGGUCACCUGGCUACCAACAACAUUUCCGCAACUACUGGCGAUGUUAACCAAACGUUAACAAGCUCUCUCUCUCUCUCUCUCACUCUCUCUCUCUCUCUCUCUCUCUCUCUCUCUCUCUCUCUCUCUCUCUCUCUCUCUCUCUCUCUCUCUCUCUCUCUCUCUCUCUCCUACUUGUGGUGGAUCCCACAUAAAAACUCACGAUGUCCCGCCCCAUGUCAUUUGGGGUAAAUAUACCGGGGAAAAGUUUGUUUUAGACACUUGUCUGCUGUUGAAAUCACGCCCCCAAUACUAAGAUUUAAGUCCAAAGGGGGAAAAGUGUAAAAAAAAAGGGGAAGAGGGACAUUUGGUUAUAUUCACCCACAAGUUUUUUUUUUUAGCUUUUAAUUGGUUCCACCACACACUUUCACAUUUGUGUAUUUGUUUUUCCACACACUUGUAUAUGUGUGUAUUGAUUUCCCCAAACACCUGUAUUAUUAACACCUAUACAUUUUUAUUUGAUUUCAAAAAACACCUGUACAUUUGUUUCUUGGUUCUUCCAAACACCUUUUGUAUUGGCUCCCCAAACACCCGUACAUUUGUAUAUUGGUUCCCUCAAAGACCCAUUGGCUCAUAUUAGCUCCUUCCCACACAUGCACACAUUUUGUAUUGCUUCAUCCACACACAUGUACCUUUUUGUAUCGGUUCCUCCACACACAUAUAGAUUUUUAUAUUGGUUCCUCCACACUCAUGUAUAUUUUUUGCAUUGGCUCCUCAACACACAUGUACACUUUAUGUUGGUUUCCCCAAAACCCAUCUUUGUGUUUUGGUUUCUCCACACACAUGUACAUUUUUGUAUUGGCUCCUCGAAACACGUGUACAUGUUUGUAGUGGUUCCUCCACACACAUGUACACUUUCGUAUGUUGGUUACUCAAACACCCAUAGGCCCAUCUUUGUGUAAUGGUUCCUCCACACACAUGUACAUUUCUUCUCUUCUUCUUUAUUUUAAGGGCCCACGAUCAAUGAAUUGAUCAUUCUGGCUCCUAUUAAUUUUAAUAGUGGUUCCUCCACACACAUGUACACUUUUGUAUGUUGAUUCCCCCAAACAUCCCUAGGCCCGUCUUCGUGUAUUGGUUCCUCCUCACAUUUUUUUUAGUUCUGAUUAUGUUAGCUGUAAUUUUGUUUCCAUACCCGCUAUUGCUCUUAUUUAAAAAAAAAAGUUUUACACAUUAUAGAAUUAUAUAAAAACACUUCUCAGAAAGGUCUCUUUGUCAAUUCAAUUUAUGGCGAUUUGGGAGACGACGGCGUGGAUGUUAGUGUGGACGAUGGCGUCGAUGAUAGUGUGGACGAUGGCGUCGACGAUAGUGUGGAUGAUAAUGUGGACGAUACUAUGGAUGAUGGUGUGGACGAUGUAGUGGACGAUAUUGUAGACUAUGGUGUGGAAGGCGGUGUGGAUGAUGUUGUGGACGAUGGUGUGGAAGAUGGGGUGGAAGAUGGUAUGGAAGAUUGUGUGGAAGAUGGUGUGGAAGAUGGGGUGGAAGAUGGUGUGGAAGAUGGUGUGGAAGAUGGUGUGGAAGAUGGGUGUGGAAGAUGGUGUGGACGACGGUAUGGACGAUGGUGUCGAUUGUUAUGGGUGAUGUAGUGAACGAUAGUGUAGAAUUUGGUAUGGAAUGCGGUGUGGAUGAUGUUGUGGACGAUAGUGGGGAAGAUGGUGUGGAAGAUGGUGUGGUUUUGAAUGGAAGUUAAUAACAAGGCCCGGAGAUAUUUUUUGUUGUUGAGAAAAAUGUCUUAGCAAAUGUCCCGUUUCUAUAGCAGACGUUUUUAAUCGUCUCCCUUCUUUUGGUUGAGCCACCAUUGACCCGGAGUCUCACUGGGAUGUUGACGGUCACAUACUUGACCGCUCAUUCUUGACGGCAGCCAACUUGUCCAAACACUUCUCUCAAAUGUACAUACCUAUUAUUUAGAAGUUGUUGUACACUCUGACUCUUAAACUAAAAGUUUAAUCUCAUUUCAUUGAAAAAAAUGCGUUGAGUUUCAUCCAGUUAAUCCCAGGGUCAGGGCGAGCCCCCAGUAGUAGAAGUCAGAUAUUUUAGACUGUAUCAUUUUUGUUGUGUGUUAAUAUUUUUGCUUCAAAGUAUGGUAAAGUGCAUAGAUUUAUUAUAAGUUUCACUGGAACAAAUCUAAUUUUAGGCUUACAUUUGUGGAUAUAAAAUGAGUAAAACAAAGUAGUGUUAAACCUGAAAAAGGGAAUGCAACAAAACAACGAACGUGUCGGCAGGAAGCCUUCGUCAGCGAACAAAACAACAGGAAAAAAAACCCAGUAUUAAAAUAAAAAAAAUAGCACUAAGCUUAUAGGUAGUAUUCGUGGUCAGCAAAUGAAUAGUGGAAUUUCUGGAAUCUACUAUUUUAGACAGGACUGAAUUGACCCUUAUAACAAAUACAAACUAUUUAAAGAUGUGAUUGCAAAGAAUAAAUAUCUACACCCACUACAUGUAUGGCAUCUUUCCGUCUGCAGGAGACGAUAGAUUAUCUUUAUUGCUUGCAGCUCUUGGUGUGGCUGGUGAGACCAAUCCUCGAAUGGCAGUCUCUGUUACAUUUCCCACACACGAAUGCGGUGGAGCAGUAUUUACCGGCCUUCCUCCUCGCUCUUUUUGCAGCUGUUUCCGCCCUGUUUUGAUCCUCGGCAUGUAGUGAUCCUGCCUUCAUCCACUACAUACUAAUACAAAUAACAAUUCAACAUACACCAUUUGGACGCGAGAAACCGUGCUGGCUUUAAAAUGGCUUGACGUGUUUAUUUUUAAUGGUGCAGACGACCUUCACCAUUCAACUGAAUGCACCAACCCAACGUGUGUGAACCUUUUACUGGUGACCAUUACGUGGUCUUACAGCUACGAAGUAUACCCUUAUUUUACGAGACAUUACGAGUGUCUCAAAGUCUUUGUGACAAGUCCUGUGGGGAGUUCGUCAUUAAUGAUUAAAGCAUGUCACCUCUCGUCAUGUCUUUCUCUCCUCAACUUUAUCCCCUUUACGUUCUCACUAACACAAACUUUGUUUCCGUCUCUCUCUCUCUAACUCUCUCUCUCUCUCUCUCUCUCUCUCUCUCUCUCUCUCUCUCUGUUUCUCUCUCUCUUUAUGUCUUUCUUUGUCAUCUAUAUGUAUGCCCUUCACUUUGUCAAGUCCUGUGGGGAGUUCGUCAUUAAUGAUUAUAGCAUGUCACCUCUCGCCAUGUCUCUCUCUCCUCAACUCUAUCCCCUUUACGUUCUCUCUCACACACACUCUGUUUCCGUCUCUCUCUCUCUCUCUCUCUCUCUCUCUCUCUCUCUCUCUCUCUCUCUCUCUCUCUCUGUUUCUCUCUCUCAUUAAGUCUUUCUUUGUCAUCAAUAUGGAUGCCCUUCACUAUUAGUAUUUAGCAUUGUAACAGUAUAACUUUGCUUGUGCUAGUUUGAAGCUAGUUAGAAUCAAGGGAGAUAAUGAGAAGAUAUAAGAUCUAAUGGACGAGUUAAGGCAGCCAUGUUGGCAGGAUGGUUUCUGUGCCACAAUAAAUUGUGUAGCAAUGUGAGGACGGUAGUAAAGAUAAUUAAUCAACACAGAAGUGAAUAUUUGUGGAUAUCCUGUACUAUAAAUGAAGUUGUUAAUUGAUUAUGUGUAUUCAGUUUUAUUGAAAUAAAGUGCCAGUGAUUAGUUACAUCAAGUGUCUGGAGGAUUAAUUUUAAUUACAUUUGAUGUCUUGAUGCGGCAGUGACAGUCAUUCAGUGAGCAUAGACUUAGGUAACCAUCACGACUGUAUUACCAACACCAGGGUGAACGGUUAGAAACCUUAUUUCCAAUCUCACUCUAUUCCUCCUUAUCUCUUUCUAUAAUCCACUGUCACCCUAGACCACUAUAUCUUUCUAUACUCCACUGUCACUCUAGACCACUAUCUCUUUCUAUACUCCACGGUUACUCUAGAUCACUAUCUCUUUCUAUACUCCACGGUUACUCUAGAUCACUAUCUCUUUCUAUACUCCACUGUCACUCUAGACCACUAUCUAUUUCUAUACUCCACGGUUACUCUAGAUCACUAUCUCUUUCUAUACUCCACUGUCACUCUAGACCACUAUCUCUUUCUAUACUCCACGGUCAAUCUAGACCACUAUCUCUUACUAUACUCCACUGUCACCCUAGAUCCCUAUAUCUUUCUAUACUCCACUGUCACCCUAGAUCACUAUCUCUUUCUCUACUCAACUGUCACACUAGACCACUAUUUCUUUAUAUACUCCACGGUCACUCUAGAUCACUAUAUCUUUCUAUACUCAACUGUCACUCUAGACCACUAUCUCUUUCUAUACUCCACGGUCAAUCUAGACCACUAUCUCUUACUAUACUCCACUGUCACCCUAGAUCCCUAUAUCUUUCUAUACUCCACUGUCACCCUAGAUCACUAUCUCUUUCUCUACUCAACUGUCACACUAGACCACUAUUUCUUUAUAUACUCCACGGUCACUCUAGAUCACUAUCUCUUUCUAUACUCAACUGUCACUCUAGACCAGGGUUACACGAACUUUUCGGGCCGAAGGCCGGAUUUUUGGUUUAGGUCAUGUCCAGAGUAACAUUCCCUGCUCUUCACACAGACGGGGGGGGGGGCAAAAUCGUCUUACUAGUCCGCCUUGGGCGCCGCUUUUUUAUCCACCCUAGAGCAGUGAGGCCCCAUAGAGCAGUGAGGCCCCAUAGAGCAGUGAGGCCCCAUAGAGCAGUGAGGCCCCAUAGAGCAGUGAGGCCCCAUAGAGCAGUGAGGCCCCAUAGAGCAGUGAGGCCCCAUAGAGCAGUGAGGCCCCAUAGAGCAGAGGGGCACAAAAGAGCCUUGAGCGCACCCCCCUUAGAUUCAUGAGGCCCCCUAGAGGCGUGAGGCCUUCAGCAAGUUCCCAGUGCCCCCAUGCCUUAAGACGGCACCGUGUGUUAGGGUAUGAACUCGGCCCCAUUGUUGUUGUUUGCACCUCCCUGUCAUUACCCAUACCCAACAAGAAAUGUACACUGCAAUUAAGAAUGAAAGUAAAAGAGAGUUUGAAAGUAUGCUAACUUCUUUCCCGUGGGCUGUGGAACCUGGACCAAACUACAACAACCGUAUAGCUUAAUGUUACAGUCCAACAGCUCUGCCGGCAACAAAUUGAAUCUUUAGUUAGAGUAAUAGUGGUGAAGCCACCUGUAGACCUGCAUGUUUACUCCUAGGUCAGUGCCAGCGUAGUUUUCGGCUCUCAAAAACGUAGUUUCAAGCUCCAAGAGUAGUUUGGUAACUAUAUGGGGGGGGGGCGCAAGGGCGCUCGUUUGCAUUCAAAAUACAAAUUGUGUAUGGAAAUCCACUCAAAUGCCUAGGUUAAAACAGAUUAAUAUCUAUGAUAUAUUUCCUGCGAUUUGUUUUUUAAGGAUAAGAAAAGGGCGAGCACAUUAUCAGUUAACAAAGCAAUAACAACACUAUCCUCAAAAACAGCGGUUCUCAACCAGUGGGUCGCAACUCCUUUGGGGUUCAAUUUGAAAUGUUCAAACAACCCUCAUACAGGGGUCGCCUUAGACCAUAGGAAAACACGUUUUUGUGACGUAGCAACGAAAAUUAAAUUAUGGUUGGAGGUCACCACAACAUGAGGAGCUGUAUUAAAGGGUCGCGGCAUCGUGAAGGUUUAGAACCACUGCUCUAAAAGAUAAUAUUCUGGUCGGUUUAUUGAGAUCGAGACCGCAAAAGCCAAUCACAGUUAUUCUUAGUAGAUUGCUUACGGUGUUAACACAAAAAAAGUGCGGUACGUUUUUUUUACUGAAAACAUCCCAAAGUAUUUAUUUUUAAUUACAAACGAAAAAAAACUCAAGAAAAUGUAAGGGUUUUUUUAAGGCUCGUCGUAAUGCCGUAGGCUUAAAUACGUAGUUACUACGGCGAAAGCGUAGGCGUAAACAGGUCUGCGACUGUAAAACUGACAAUAUAAAAAACAUCAGCAGAUUUACAAUAGAAUUAAUGUCAGGGGUAGUCAGAUUUAAUGGUUGUAAUAUUAAAUGAUUGAUGGGUUCAAUGAUUGAUGGGUUCAAUGAUUGAUGGGUUCAAUGAUUGAUGGGCUCAGUGACUGAUGGGUUCAGUGAUUGAUGGGUUCAGUAAUUGAUGGGUUCAAUGAUUGAUGGGUUCAAUGAUUGAUGGUUUCAGUGAUUGAUGGGUUCAAUGACUGAUGGGUUCAAUGAUUGAUGGGUUCAAUGAUUGAUGGGUUCAAUGAUUGAUGGGUUCAGUGACUGAUCGGUUCAGUGAUUGAUGGGUUCAGUGAUUGAUGGGUUCAGUGCCUUAUGAGUUCAGUGACUGAUGGGUUCAGUGACUGAUGGGUUCAGUGACUGAUGGGUUCAAUGACUGAUGGGUUCAGUGAUUGAUGGGUUCAGUGAUUGAUGGGUUCAGUGACUGAUGGGAUCAGUGACUGAUGGGUUCAGUGAUUGAUGGGUUCAGUGAUUGAUGGGUUCAAUGAUUGAUGGGUUCAAUGAUUGAUGGGUUCAAUGAUUGAUGGGUUCAACCGUUGACAGAUAAACUGUUUAGAAAAUUCAGUGGUUGGUAGAUUCGCGGAUUUAUAAAGCCCUUGUUGGGCUGAUUGAAUGGCAAGACAGAUUCAACGGUUUGGGCGAAUCAAUGUUUGAUACAUGUUGCUUUUUUCUGGUAUACAUCCAUCUCCAGGUGUUGAUGGCGUCAUUACGGCGGAAAUAUGUAUUUUGGGGGGGGGAUAUCUCCUGUGUUUGUAUGAAGAAUAACUGAUUAACACUCAGACAGGCUAUCUCAUGUGUUUGUAUGAAGAACAAAAUGUUUAACACGCAGACAGGAUAUCUCAUUGUUUGUAUGAAGUACCAACUGUUUAACAUGUAGACAUGAUAUCUCCCGUGUUUGCAUGUAGAGCCAACGGUUUAACAUUCAGACAGCAUAUCUCAUGUGUGUGUAUGAAGCACCAACUGUUUAACACGCAUACAAGAUAUCUCAUGUGUUUGUGUGUAGAGCCAACUGUUUAACAUGCAGACAUGAUAUCUCAUGUGUUGGUAUGGGGGUAGGUUUUGGGGCAGGGCCUUUCAGCAAUUAGACUCUGACCAAUGGACGGCAAGCAAUGGUUACUUUCUACUUUUUAGUUGUUUCCCUGGGUAGAGAGCUGAGUCACUGUUAUAGCCGGGAUUUUGUAAGCACUCUUUUAUUUUUUAAACCCUAUCUUUGUGGAUUAUUUACAGUUGAAAAUUUUCAUAUUAAAAAAAAAAAGAUAUCUAUAUUUUUAACAACUUAAUGAAAAAAAACGUUCUCCCGAUGAUGAGUUGAAACGUAUUAUAAAAAUAGAAACAUUUUCUUAAAAUUUAUCAGGCGAGGAAAUUUUGUAAAUAAUAUAUGUUCAAAAAUUGGAGAAAAAUAUAUGUAAGUUCCUUCGAUAGACAUAAUUGGAAUCAUUUGGCUUCAUUGAGCACCUUACUGCCCUUGGGCACAUACUUCCUUUGCCUGAUGAAGUUGAGAAAAAAUAUAUUCUAUUUUUUCAGUACAUGUAAACUCAUCAUCGAAAGAAUGUUUGUGUGUGUGUGUGUUUUUCUUCUUUUCCAAUUUGUAACGACUCCCUCUUACAACCCCCCCCCCCCAAACCAUGACCUGUCUCUUAUCUCGCCUCCCCCUCCCCCCAAACCAGUGCUCGCGCAAACAAGACAGGGCAAUAAAACUCUAUCAAACCAAUUAACAUACAAAUAAAGCAAGUCUCAUCGAUAUUAGUGAGCGAUCGAUCAGAUUGUACGUGUGGUCAUUUUUUAACAUUAUUUUAUUGUAUGGUUGGGCAACGAUGUGAAGUUUAGGGCAUUAAAAAAUUGGGUGUGGGGUAUACAGCUUAAAUGAAUUGUUACGAGCAGCAUGGUACAUUUCACGAAUGUCGUAAAGUGACGUCAUGCAUGGUUGAACAGUCCACUCGGCUUGUUCCUGAAACUGCUUCAUGACAAGUCAUAUGAAUAGAUUGGUUAGUGAGAUAAACAAAACAUAUCAAUAGAUUGGUUAGUGAGAUGAACAAGUCAUAUCAAUAGAUUGGUUAGUGAGAUAAACAAGUCAUAUCACUUGAUUGGUAAGUGAGAUAAACAAGUCAUAUCAAUAGAAUGAUUAGUGAGAUAAACAAGUCAUAUCAAUAGAUUGGUUAGUGAGAUAAACAAGUCAUAUCAAUAGAUUGGUUAGUGAGACAAACAAGUCAUAUCACUUGAUUGGUAAGAGAGAUAAACAAGUCAUAUCAACAGAUUGGUGAGUGAGAUAAACAAGUCAUAUCAACAGAUUGGUGAGUGAGAUAAACAAGUCUUAUCAACAGAUUGGGGAGUGAGAUAAACAAGUCAUAUCAAUAGAUUGGUUAGUGAGAUAAACAAGUCAUAUCAAUAGAUUGGUAAGUGAGAUAAACCAGUCAUAUCAAUAGAUUGGUAAGUGAGAUAAACAAGUCAUAUCAAUAGAUUGUUUAGUGAGACAAACAAGUCAUAUCAAUAGAUUGGCUAGUGAGAUAAACAAGUCAUAUCACUUGAUUGGUAAGUGAGAUAAACAAGUCAUAUCAAUAGAAUGAUUAGUGAGACAAACACGUCAUAUCAAUAGAUUGGUUAGUAAGAUAAACAAGUCAUAUCACUUGAUUGGUAAGUGAGACAAACAAGUCAUAUCAAUAGAUUGGUUAGUGAGAUAAACAAGUCAUAUCACUUGAUUGGUAAGUGAGAUAAACAAGUCAUAUCAACAGAUUGUUGAGUGAGAUAAACAAGUCAUAUCAAUAGAUUGUUUAGUGAGACAAACAAGUCAUAUCAACAGAUUGGUGAGUGAGAUAAACAAGUCAUAUCACUUGAUUGGUAAGUGAGAUAAACAAGUCAUAUCAACAGAUUGGUGAGUGAGACAAACAAGUCAUAUCAACAGAUUGGUGAGUGAGAUAAACAAGUCAUAUCAACAGAUUGGUUAGUGAGAUAAACAAGUCCUAUCAGCAGAUGGGUUUGUAAGAUAAACAAGAUACAUCAACAGCUAGUUUAGUGAGAUAAACAAACCAUAUUAACAUUAUUUUUUUUUGUUAAACAUUAUAUGACACAUGUAUCAAGUCCAUAAGGAAGUGUAACAUUAUACCUAUUUGAUUAUAGUGAAUGCCACACGAGACUGGGGUGGUGGGUGCAGGUCGGUGUUGGUCGGGUUGUUGGGGGUGGGUCCGGGUUGUUCGGCGGUUGUCGGAAGUAUAAGGGAAGGUCAGGUUGUGGGGAAGGGGGGUGCUCAGGUUGUGCGGGGUGCUAAGGUUGUGCGGGGUGCUAAGGUUGGGCGGGGUGCUAAGGUUGUGCGGGGUGCUAAGGUUGUGCGGGGUGCGCAGGUUGUGCGGGGUGGUCAGGUUGUGCGGGGUGCUCAGGUUGUGCGGGGUGCUCAGGUUGUGCGGGGUGCUCAGGUUGUGCGGGGUGCUCAGGUUGUGCGGGGUGCUCAGGUUGUGCGGGGUACUAAGGUUGUGCGGGGACGCUCAGGUUGUGCGGGGUGCUAAGGUUGUGCGGGGUGCUAAGGUUGUGUGGGGCUGGUCGGGAGUGUACAGUGUGGUCGGUGUCGAAUGGCCGCCACAAAUCCGAACUAACGUCUUGCAGCAAGACAUGAGACACAACUGAUUAGUUGGUUGUAUUUGAUGUCACAUAACGGUUAGAUAUCAUGAAAUGAAUCAAUAUUAACAAAGAGAACGAAGGAUUAGAUGGAAAAAGGAAACUAUAUUGUUCUUAUCUUGUAUUAUCUGUAAGCUGGCUAUUCUUUUAUUCUCCUGACAUAAACAACUGCAUUAUUAACAUGAUUGAAAUAAAGUGUGUCACAUAAAUGGAUGAAAAUGUCAGACAGAGGCUCAAGCUGACAUCAUGUCACAUAGAGGCAAAAUGUUGACAUCAUGUCAAAUAGAGGUUUAACGUUGACAUCAUGUCACAUAGAGGCUCAAGAUGACAUCAUGUCACAUAGAGGUUCAAGAUGACAUCAUGUCACAUAGAGGCUCAAGAUAACAUGUCACAUAGAGGCUCAAGAUGACAUCAUGGCCCAUAGAGGCUCAAGAUGACAUCAUGUCACAUAGAGGCUCAAGAUGACAUCAUGUCACAUAGAGGCUCGAGCUAGGUCAAGGCAAGCAAUGCUACUAUAGCCUUACAAUAAACAUGUAAAUGAUUUAGCAAUCUAAAUACAAGUACGCGUAGUUGUCAAAAUAGAACGGUCAAAAUUUUGACUUUCAUCCACACACACAAAAUUAAAAUUAAAAAAAAAGUGUUUAUUAAAAUUAAAUUGCUUAUGAAACUCACAAAAAAAAAAAACACGUUUCAUUUUUAAACCAAGAAUUCUGUUUUUCACACACAAAAAAAAAUAAAUAAAUUUAGACGACAUUGGUUUCCUCUUAAAAUUGAACUUCUUGUUUUGUUGUGUCCAGAACAUCGACCAUUAAGGAAUUCAUUCAGACUGCGAACCUUUUUUUGUUGUGUCCAGAACAUCGAACAUUAAGGAAUUCAUUCAGACUGCGAACGAGUUGAACAAUUUGGCGUUAGAAAUGGAGGUCUGCAAUUUAAAAUACCACACUAAAUAUUUUAUACAAAUUCUUUCUUCUUAAAAUCGUUAAAAACUUAAGCUAGAUGUAGCACUGGAAUGUAGCACUGGAAUGUAGCAUGGAGUGUUAUUUCAUAAAUUUUUUUUUUUUUUUUAAAUACCUGGCACAAUAAUAACAUUCCUAACACACAGUUUCCAUUAAAUGUAGCUUUGAUUCGCGUCAAAUCAUUCUGAUGAACAAAAUAAACCCAAAAUCCUGUUUUGUUUCCAAGCCAUUAAACUUCAUAGAUUCGUGCUUGAUCGAUUGUCGAUUGUUGGAUAAAUGAGCUGCAAAACAAGGGAGAUUAGAAGGGAGAUAAAAGCUUUAGGUGUUUCAGCUCAGAUUGUUAAGAUCAUUUUCUGCCUACGUCAUUGACUUUUUAAAACGAGAAUUUCAAAAAUUAUAAAUAGAAAUGUCACAUGGUGUUAGAACUUUGAAAUGGAUUAUUUUAGGCAGUGACGUAACAAGUUUUGCGACUAAUAUUGGACCUUUGUCCAAGUCUACACUAAGGGUGCACUGCCCUUUUCUUCAGUUAUAAAUCUACGUUAUGCUGUUCCUAAAGCUUUGUGAUGUGAUGUGCCUACAGAUUUGUGAUGCGCUGUGCCUACAGCUUUCUGAUGCGCUGUGCCUACAGCUUUGUGAUGCGCUGUGCCUACAGCUUUGUGAUGCGCUGUGCCUACAGCUUUGUGAUGCGCUGUGCCUACAACUUUGUGAUGCGCUGUGCCUACAGCUUUGUGAUGCGCUGUGCCUACACCAGGCUCUCUCUAUAAAACUUUGUUUAAACAGCAAAAACGCACUAUAUUUUGAAAUAAAGAAAUUCAAAUCAAAUUGUUUUGUUUUUUCAUGUAUAACUAGUUAGGCUGCUGCCUCUAUGUCCCACAGUUUCUCGUGUCAUAGUUAACUCUUUUGCUCUGGAGCCAUAAUGAGCCUCACAUCCAGUUCAAGACUGAUUUUUGACGCAGUAGUGUCAGGACAUUAACACCUUGUGAUAAUGACAAACACCCUCAGUAGGGCAGGACAUUAACACUUUGUGACAAAUGACAACCCUCAGUAGUUUCAGGACAUUAACACCUUGUGACAAAUGACAAACACACUCAGAAGUGUCAGGACAUUAACACCUUGUUACAAAUGACAAACACCCCUAGUAGUGUCAGGGCAUUAACACUUUGUGACAAAUGACAAAUACCCUUAGUAGUGUCAGGACAUUAACACCUUGUGACAAAUGACAAACACCUUCAGUAGGGUCAGAGCAUUAACACCCUGUGAAAAACGACAAGCACCCUCACCAUUAGCAUAUCGCCUCAUUGUCAUUAUAAGAUAAAAUUGUGUGACAAGAAUUAGCUUCACCUCCCUAAACAACAUUGACGAUCAUUGCUAGUCUCCCCCCCCCAACACACACACAAUACAUAUAGGCACACACAAUCCACUUCUUGUGUCUAAUAAUGUCUAAGUAGUGGCUUCAUUAUUAACACCAACAGCAGAUUGUCAAAUGACCAGAGUUUGCUAAUCUCGUGGACAAAGGCAGGUUCCGCCAUGGACGUAGGUAUACACUCCAAACGUAUCAGUAACAUCGUGGUGUAGCAGAUAAAUGGACGGUUUCUGUUGACAGUCGAUCGAUAAAACGUAUCAUAUAUGGUGUGUUAUAUUGAGAAACAUAGAUCACAUGGUGUCAUAUGGUGACGUUUUGGAGAAAAUAGUGUUUUAUAUCGUGAAGUAUAGAGAACAUGGUUUGUGACGUGUGACAUGUAUCUUAUAUUGUGACGUAUAGAGUACAUGGAUGUUAUAUUGUGAAGUAUAAAGUACAUGGAUCCUAUAUUGUGAUGUAUAGAGUACAUGGAUGUUAUAUUGUGAAGUGUAAAGUACAUGGAUACUAUAUUGUGACGUAUAUAGUACAUGGAUCUUAUAUUGUGACGUAUAGAGGAAAUGGAUGUUAUAUUGUGAAGUACAGAGUACAUGGAAGUUAUAUUGUGACUCAUAGAAUACAUGGGUGUUAUAUUGUGACUCAUAGAGAACAUGGGUGUUAUAUUGUGACUCAUAGAGAACAUUUGUGUUAUAUUGUGGCGUAUAGAGUACAUGUAUGUUAUAUUGUGACUCAUAGAGUACAUGAAUGUUAUAUUGUGGCGCAUAGAGUACAUGGGUAUUAUAUUGUGAGGUAUUGAGUACAUCGUGUAUUGUAUUUGAAAGUAUAGAGUACACAGUGUGGUUUAGUACUUACUGUCAAGUAGAAAACAUGCUUCUACCUGGUUGACAUCACGUUUCAAAGACACCCCAAAAUCGCACUGACAUUUUGUGACACAACAAAGGUCAAAGGUGAAUAGGCAUUGAUAAAUUAUAAGAAGAUCAACACAAAACAAAAUAGUCCAAUGGAACUUUAAAAAAAAAACUCCUCUUGCGAGGUUUAAAACAUAUUUGUAUCGUAAGUACAAGUUAUAAAUCUAAUAAUGACACACAAGGUACAAAAGGUGUGCGUCCAUAUGUUUGAGAACCCUGUGAAAAUGUUUGAGAACCCUGUCACCCUACAAAAGGUUGGUCUAUGGAGGGGGACAGCCCAUUUGAGCUCGCCGCCUCGAGUCACUUGUCUCCCCAGCUAAGCCUUACAAAUAAUUUGAACUUUCCUCUCCUGUUUGUUGUCGUAGCUAAUGUAGGCCCAGCGUAGACCCAGCGCAAACAUUCAAUCGAGUUUUAAGCUAACAGUGACACCGUAUGUACUGGGAUCUUACCAGCCCCUGAAGUAGCGCCCCCCCCCCCCCCCACCCCAAACUUCUUUUCUCUCCAUUUCUAUGCUUUAUUUUAAUUGUACGCUGGCAUAACAUUUUAUUUUAAUUUAUCAGAACCGAAACAAACUGGUAAAUGAUUUCAAAGUCGGUUUGGUGUUUAAAUUAAAUGUCUUUCUUCUGCGAUAUGCUAAACUAAUCUUUGUUUGUUUAUAUUAAUUUUUUUCCUUCUCUCUGCAUGAAUCUUGUCUGGGCUGAAUUACGUCAUAUUACGAAUUUCAUUGAAAGGUGAAGUAACGUCUUAACAAAUAAAUAUGAGGUUUUUUUUAAAUAUCAUAUCAAGAAGCCAAUUGGAUAUGUCCGUUAAUAGCGUUAGUUUCCCUAAGUAUGAAACUCUUGUAAACAAACAAAAUGGACGAUCUAGAUCAGCGUUUCCCAAACUUUUAAGUCUUAUGUUUCACGGACCGGUGGACAAGUUUCGAAACUGCACCAGGGACCGGUGCCAGAUUUAUUAAUUACAUUUUCUUUCUAUUUAAACAUCAAUAUUCAUGCUCUCCGGACCGGUAACGUAAGGCUUGCGGACCGGUGCCGGUCGACGGACCACCGUUUGGGGAACGCUGAUCUAGAUAACCUCGGUCAAUCUGUAUUGUCUCCCCUGGUCGCUCUAGUGCGGCAUGUAUUGUCUCCCCUAGUGGCUCUAGUGCGGCAUGUAUUGUCUCCCCUGGUGGCUCUAGUGUGGCAUAUGGAUGUCGAUUAAAUACAACAAACAGAUCUGCUCACGUCAUCCAAUAUGUUGUUAGUAAGGCGUCCUUCUAAAAUACAACAAUAGGCUCCAAACUUUAUGGGGUUGGGGGUUCAAGUAAGACCAGAACCUAUGGGGAUCUAUUAAAGAAGGAAACUUCAUGUGUUGAGGGUCUGUCAUAGAAUCAAAAACCUCUUGGGGUGGGGGUCUGUUAUAGAACCCGAACCUCAUGGGGUGGGGGUCUGUUAUAGAACCAAAAACCUCAUGGGGUGGGGGUCUGUUAUAGAACCAAAAACCUCUUGGGGUGGGGGAUCUGUUACAGAACCCAAACCUCAUGGGGUGGGGGUCUGUUAUAGAUUGUCAUAGAAAAAAAAGCGUCUGGGGGUGGGGGUCUGUUAAAGAACCCGAACGUCAUGGGGUGGGGGUCUGUUAUAGAACCAAAAACCUCAUGGGGUGGGGGUCUGUUAUAGAACCAAAAAUCUCUUGGGGUGGGGGAUCUGUUACAGAACCCAAACCUCAUGGGGUGGGGGUCUGUUAUAGAAGCCAAACCUCUUUGGGUGGGGUGGGGGGUCUUUUAUAAAACCCAAACCUCGUGGGGUGGUGGUUUAUUAAAGAAGCCAAGUGUCUGAUCUCUGAUAUUGAAAUCAACUCCAUUUCUAUAAAGAUAUAUUUGUAAAACCCCAUACAGGUGUACCAGCAUGUAUUAAACACUUGCUGGUCGAAAUACACGACACCCAGGCAAACAACGUCUGCGAAACGAUUUGAAUGUCACAUGACAACGUCCACGGAGGAAAAACGUGUUGUUGAGUAGAAAAUCAUGGACCGCGUCUUCUCUGCCCAGCCGCCGAAGCAAACAAAUCGCACCUAAUCGAGAACAAUCCUCUCCAAGGAGCCCCUGGCAAAAAAUGCAAAUCAAAUGGUUUUUAUUUGAACGACCUUUCAUUCCGAGUUCCCAUUAACAUACAUUGGAAUUGUCCGCUUUGCUGUUCAGCGUUGUCCGUGUUCAAUAGAUCACGUCGAACUUGGCACCGACCUUGAAGGACCGUUCAGUCUGAUUCACCCCGGAGACGUGAGAAGUAUUCAGAGAUUUUUGUUUUGGGGGGUACCAAUUAACGAUACGAUGUUUGCUCACAAGGUUGAACGGCUGUCAGUAGAGUCACCCAGCGUAACUAUGUCCAGGAAACAUAAAAAUGUAUGGACAAAUUAUUCGGAACAAUUACGUUAAGCAAAUUUUUGGUUGAUCCCAGUUGUGGUUCAGACCACAUGUAAAUAUAUAAACAAUCAUUCCAAACAAUGACGCAAAGUUUUCGGUUGGUCCAAGUAAUGAUUAGUGAGCAAAAAAUAAAUAAAUUUGUUUUAAUUGUUUUUUAACGUGUAAAAAAUAGUUCACUUUCUAGAAGCGUACAGAAUGUAGCCCUCAAUCAUGAACGCUGUUAGAAGCUACUUUGUAGCAACUAUAAUUUCUCAAAAAAACUGUUUUUACCGGCAACGAGAUUUUCUGUUUUUUUUAAAUCUGUUAAAUGCUGAUUGUGCGACCCGAGUCCUCACCCGAGAAAUAGGUCACAUGGAAAUGACAUUAAAGUAAAAGUAGUCGAAUAAUGUUCAUAUUAAAUGAUGCAUGCAGUAAACUCUAAACACAAUGGGUAAUACAGCACCAAAAUAAGUCCUUUGGGCGAAAUGGGGCUUUGCCAUCUAAUGGGCCGAAAGGCUUUUAGAUAUCAACAUGGCCAGUGAAAAGAUUUUAAGCCAACGUUUUGGGUAACCUGGGCAUGUUGGCAACCUUUCCCCAUGACCACUCCAGUCAUGCUUAUAGUUCAUUAAAUAAAAAUGGCAUGAGCUCCAACAUCGUAGAACUCACUUUAUUGUCUGCAAAACUAGAUCGACAAUGAAUCAUUAAAUAUACGAGUAGAGUCAAGCCUCGGCAAUCAUCUUUGUACUACUUAAAAAUUAAAUUGUAAAAAUUAUUUUCUGACUAGACUAAACUGUAUAAAACAGAUUAUACUACAUUAAAAUAUCUAGAUAACACUGGGAAAAACACAACUAUUUUACCAUUGCGCCCUUGCAGUUUUAUGUUUCUCUUGUAGCCUUUGUAGACAUAUGGCCUUUAUUGCGCAACUCUUGCUAUUUGAACUCUUGUCCUAUCAUGUCACGCUGUCACAUAUCUUUGCAAGCUGUCACAUAUUUUCGGCACCCCUUCAUACACUUGGGAUUAGUUGGCCUUCCCUCUCUUGUUUUCUAGCUUUGACACGGAACACAAUGUAGCCUACUUCCUUCUUCUCCUUCUUCUUCUUCUUCUAUGUCUUAAUGGCCCACGAUCAAUUUAUUUAUCAUUUUGGCUCCUAUACAUGUAGAUGGGAUUUGCAAUGUUUCGGUUACUGGUGUUUGUUACGCACUGACUUGUAUUGGGAGAAAUUAAUCUCCUAUUUUAAUUUUAAUUGGCUCGUUGUAAACAGUGCCUAACAAAGGACGAUACCAUAUAAUCAACAAUAUUAAGGAUACGACCCAAAACAGUUUCUAGUCACAAUUAAUUACGAUUUAUUAUGUCUUAAGAUAAUUACAAAAUAAAAUAAAAUAAAAUUACAAUCUUCAACUUACAGUAUGGCAGAUGUCGUACCGGUACACAGUUAAUACAAUUAGAAAUAAAUUACAAUCUUCAACUUACAGUAUGGCAGAUGUCGUACCGGUACACAGUUAAUACAAUUAGAAAUAAUGAUGCCAAUAAAUAAUGCGAAAUUUUGUGUAUAUUCAUCCUCGUGUGUUUAUGUGUUAAGAAUAAAACACGCCUCGUAAUGUUAAGAGAAUCUAUAUGAAAUCUCCGUCUGUCGUCCGUGCCUGUCAAUCCCUUAUAUAGGUGGGUCUACCGACGCCCAAGCCCUGCCUUCGAGACAUUUCGAGAAAAAUCCCAAUCAUUCUACCAAAUACUAUUUGGAACAGAUUAAUUAUUUUCAGUGGCUGGCGGUGUAAACAAGAAAUACAUCAAAGACCUAAGCCACACCCCUUUGUGAACACAGCGUCUCAUGCGGGGUCAAUCAGAGGGCACGUACGAGAAAUAUUGUGUAAACAAGCUCUCUGUAACAGUGUUGAUGAGGAAAUUUCACUGAUUUCCAGUGCCACUUUGUGAGGGUAGCAUGCACUAGGGGUUUGAAGGCUUGAGGCAAUAGACACAAAUGUGUCUAGUGUUGUCGCCUAACCGUUCCUUUUGAAAGAUUGUUCCAGUCCCUGACUGUCUUGGGCGGGAAUGAGCAGCUCCUAUACUGGCUUCUUGCUGGUAUGAGCCUGAAUAGCCUGUCAUGGCCUCGUCGCUGUCUAUGGGGGAGAGGGACGAGUUUCUGUUUAAUACUGGAACAGUGGACCAGCCCAUUAUUUAUCUUGUACAUCAUGGAGAGCCUGGAUUGUCGUCGCCGUUCCUCCAAUGAUGACCAGCCUAGUGUUUCCAGCAGUAUUAUUUUUAAGUCCUCCGUUUAGCGUAUUCUUCUAAUUGAACAACAGUGGCGUAAGAAUAGCUUUACAGACAGUAUGUGCAUGGCCGAUACUUUGGUUCCAUUGAUCCAUAAACCAAUCCUAACAAUGCCAGCUUUGUGUAAUCUUCUCUACUUCAGCCUAACUAUGCCGUUCACUGACAUGCCAGUCGAUUAAUCUUGAAGGACGUUAUGUUCCCGUAUAGAAGAAAUGUCGCAUGGUGGUCAAUUUAAAUAAGCUAUGAGCAAGAAAUAUGCUACAAUCGUAUGAAUAAUGAAUGGCUUAAUUUUUAUUGCCAGCUAAAUCUUCGUAACAUUAAAAUUCACUAGUAUUAAGCCCCAACUAAAGACAUGCAUGGUGAUAAAAGGGCCUAUUAUUCAAGAAUGUUCAUAUAACGUUAUAAUUUUAUGUUUGUGCAAGUAUAUUUAUUUGACCGAUAUAGUUGUUGCACCAUCGUGAGGACAAUCGCUAGCAAUCCCCGGACAAACUAAGACAAAGUAAGUGGCUAAAGCAUUUUACUGGAACAUCAUUACUUAACCGACAACAACAACAAUAACGCACUGAACUACAUAUAUUAUAUAAACUAAAAAGCAAAUAUUUUGAAACCUCUUUGCAGAGGCGUAGCGAGAGUGUUUGGCACCCGGGGACAAGAUUCAUUUUAAAGCGCCCCCCUUUAUUUUUUCUACACUCAAACCUAUUAUUUUCAUCAAUAAAAUAAUAUCAAAGCACAUUUUGGCGACCCUAACGAGCUGGCGCCAGGGGAAUCUGUCCUCCCCUGUCCCCCAUCUAUACGCCUCUGUCUCUUUGCGUUGUCUGCAACGAUUCCAUGAUUUAAUUGUGUAGUAAUAUAUAUAUAUAUAGCUUCCCAAUGCGUGGCUGGAUUUUGAAAAUAUCAACAUUUGGGGGAAACACGGGGUCUGCCGUCAAAAUCUACGACCUUUUGUGUCCCUAAAAAUGUGCCCCUUACAGUACGCGCCUGGUUCAAAUCUAAAUAGUUAUUCCACUCAGUCACAUGACUACCACUGGUAAGAUUGUGAUGCAAUAUUUAUGUCCAUAAUGUUAAGACGUAGCUAGGGGACCUAACACAAGUUAGACGUAGCUAAGGGACCUAACACAAAUUUGACGUAGCUAGGGGACCUAACACAAGUUAGACGUAGCUAGGGGACCUAACACAAGUUAGACGUAGCUAGGGGACCUAACACAAGUUAGACGUAGCUAGGGGACCUAACACAAGUUAGACGUAGCUAGGGGACCUAACACAAGUUAGACUAAGCUAGGGAACCUAACACAAGUUAGACGUAGCUAGGGGACCUAACACAAGUUAGACGUAGCUAGGGGACCUAACACAAGUUAGACGUAGCUAGGGGACCUAACACAAGUUCAAGGCUGACAUUUUUGGGCAGGGCCGGUGUGUUGACUGACCCCGGGAAUCAGUCACGUUUGUCAGCCUUGUGGUUAGGGUCAGCCUUGUGGUUAGGGUCAGCCUUGUGGUUAGGGUCAGCCUUGUGGUUAGGGUCAGCCUUGUGGUUAGGGUCAGCCUUGUGGUUAGGGUCAGCCUUGUGGUUAGGGUCAGCCUUGUUGUUAGGGUCAGCGUUGUGGUUAGGGUCAGCAUUGUUGUUAGGGUCAGCCUUGUUGUUAGGGUCAGCAUUGUUGUUAGGGUCAGCCUUGUGGUUAGGGUCAGCAUUUUGGUUAGGGUCAGCCUUGUGGUUAGGGUCAGCAUUGUGGUUGGGGUCAGCCUUGUUGUUAGGGUCAGCCUUGUGAUUAGGGUCAGCGUUGUUGUUAAGGUCCGCAUUGUUGUUAGGGUCAGAAGUGAAACAUACAUGCUGAGUGCCGCCUCUUCCUUUAGACUGUGUGACAACCUUGGUCUGUGUGACACCUUUGGUCUGUGUGACGCCCUUGGCCUGUGAGACAACCUUGGCCUGUGUGACAACCUUGGCCUGUGUGACGCCCUUGGCCUGUGAGACAACCUUGGCCUGUGUGACAACCUUGGCCUGUGUGACAACCUUGGCCUGUGUGACAACCUUGGCCUGUGUGACAACCUUGGCCUGUGUGACAACCUUGGCCCGUGUGACAACCUUGGCCCGUGUGACGCCCUUGCUACUUGCACUUGAUGUGCUAUGAUAUUAAACGUGACCGAAUGGCACUUGAUUUUUCAAGCCAUUUGCGUAGUGAAAGCGGGGAGCGGUCGGUCCGCCCCGGGUGGCACUUAUUUCCUUCAUAAGGAGGGGCGGCGUUUUCGGGUGACUGCAAAUGUUUCUGUAUUUUUCUCAUUCAAAGGGCUGCAAAAAUGUUGGCCGGACCCUGGUGGCACUAAACCUAGCUUCCCACUGAUUUAAUGCUGUACACCUGUGCACCUAGACCCUACAAAGAUUACCACGGCACACCACAUCAAAACUAGGUGGGGGGAGGGGAGAUAAAACUGAUUUACUGUUACGUGACAGUAUUUUUAAAAAAAAUAUAUAUUAUUUCUGAUAGACGUAAAAUUAAUAUGAGCAGGUAGAUAAGUAUAACAAGUACAUUAAAUACGUAUCACUUUUUGAGCGCGUUAUUCAUUAGAGCAGAAGUAGGGCUUUAAGUAAAACACUUUUUAAAAACUGACUUUGCACUCUAGCCAAUUUUUUCUUUACACAACAGCUUGUCACCGUGUUGUAAGGGUUAAUGUUAUAUGUUGAACUAUUAUGAUUUGUAUUUUUUUUUCUUAACUGUUGGUUCAUUGACUGAUAUAACACAAAGAAACAUUCACAUUCAAACACACAAUUAGAAUAUUCGUCUGAUACAAAUACAAGCGCUGACCACAAACUGACUUAUGACGUUCGUGUGUAAAGUUGCCAGAUUCAUUUCAAGGCAAAAACAAAGAAGAAAAAAUAAUAAUGAAACUAAAGCACCAUGGACGACAUAAUUAUGUGGCACUGGUCAACCCCAAUUUGACUCCGUCAACAAAUCAGAUGAAAGACUUCGGUUCCUUCUGUCUCGACACGAUGGGGCUGAGAUAGUGUUGUGUUGGUUAGUUUUUUUAAUUAGUCGGUAAUGAAAUGUUCACUAGGCAGUGUAAAGAAUGCAAUCCACCCUCAAGCCACAUUAAGUCCAAGUAUUCCCCAUAGUACAAGCGUGAAAAGCGAUGAAUCAAAAGUCAAGCCGACAGACGCAUUCGUCCCUUGCGCCUCAGACGCAUAAAAAUUGUGACUUGGUCAGGUGACCAGUCAAAUUUAAACGUAAAAGGUGUGCUGUGCUAUUUGGCUUCAAAGGUUUGUCACCUUGUUAAUUAUCCAAUCAUUUCAUAUCUUUCGUUUAAAAAAAAAAACAGUGUAUUGUCUUCAGUUUUUGUUCAUCCCCUCGGAGGAUCUUGCCGCGGCGCAUCUAGCAUCGUCUUGCGACGCACCUAGCAUUGGGUGUGUAUCGGCACACCGGUUUAGAGAUGGGCGUUAUACCCUCUUUUAGAAGUUACGGUUAGGCCUUCAGCAGGGUUCGGUUCCGGUUCGGGCGUCAGCAGGGUUCAGUCGUCAGCAAGGUUCAGUCGUCAGCAGGGUUCAGUCGUCAGCAGGGUUCGGUCGUCAGCAGGGUUCAGUCGUCAGCAGGGUUUGGUCGUCAGCAGGGUUCGGUCGUCAGCAGGGUUCAGUCGUCAGCAGGGUUCGAGUUCAGUGUAUUCGGUUCGGGUUGCUAUCUCUACACCGGUUGUGAAGCUCUGCCCUGCACAGCUAAUAAGGAAGAGAGUGUUCCGUGUAUACUUGGAGCAGGCCAGGACCACCUUGUUGAACCGGCCAGGAUCACCUUGUUGAACCCGGCCAGGACCACCUUGUUAAACCCGGCCAGGAUCAUUUUGUUGAACCCGGCCAGGACCACCUUGUUGAACCCGGCCAGGACCACCUUGUUAAACCCGGCCAGGACCAUUUUGUUGAACCCGGCCAGGACCACCUUGUUGAACCCGGCCAGGACCAUUUUGUUGAAUCCGGCCAGGACCACCUUGUUAAACCCGGCCAGGACCACUUUGUUGAACCCGGCCAGGACCACCUUGUUGAACCCGGCCAGGACCACCUUGUUAAACCCGGCCAGGACCAUUUUGUUGAACCCGGCCAGGACCACCGUGUUGAACCCGGCCAGGACCACCUUGUUAAACCCGGCCAGGACCAUUUUGUUGAACCCGGCCAGGACCACCUUGUUGAACCCGGCCAGGACCACCUUGUUGAACCCGGCCAGGACCAUUUUGUUGAACCCGGCCAGGACCACCUUGUUGAACCCGGCCAGGACCACCUUGUUGAUCUCCCCUGCUGACAAUGCUCGUCUCCCUUGGGUGGUAGAAGAAAGUAAAUUUGAAUGAAGGGAGAUUAUAACUUCCCUGAGAGGUAAACUAAAGGAGUAAAGCUUGUUAUUUAUUUUGAUCUCCCCUGUGUGAAGCAUUGAAUAGACCGAACGUUUGUUUUGCCAAACAUCAAGAGUGAAAGGGUCCUUAUCUCACGACGUGAGACAGAUUCUUUCAAAACUGCCACAUUAAAAAUAUACAAUUCUUAUCUUGUCAUUUAUAAGUUUUAAUUUAAAACUUUAAUUUUACUUUUUUCUUUACAAAAAAAUCAAAGUAAUGGAAAAUCAUGAUCGUUUGUGUGUGUGUGUGUGUGUGUGUGGAAAUUUCUAUAUAAAAUUUCAUGUAGGCCUAUUUGAUAAUCAUUUUAGCAAUCAUAAAUUCCUAAUGGAUCCCAAAUGUAAUAUUAUGGUAGUAAAUAUGGUCUACUCAAAUUAAAGUUUUUUAUUAAAAUGUUCACAAUACUUACUUAUUACUUCUACCUUAUGAAAAAAAUGAAGGAUAAAAUCAUAGAAUUUUUAUAAGUAUGUAUUUUAUUUGAAAAGUUUAAAUUUACUAAGCGUUAACAAACCAAUAUUCCAUUAAAACCCAUGCCGAUGAUUGUAGCUACGCGACUGCGAGAAAGCCGCUCCUAGGCAACCUUUUCGUCCCAGAUUUCCGUCCCGACAGAAAGACUCCCAGGGCGGUGGGGGUGGUAACGCAACACCUUCCCUCAGGAGUGGAAGAAAACCCGCCCAAGCCAUAGGAAAGUCGGCUGCGAACGCUUUAAACGCAGCGUUUUCGGUCGACCGGACGUCCCUCAGACCAGGGGGGAGGUUCCUGGUGUGCCACCACUGGCGGCGGGGUGACCCAGCGUCUGGCCCGUGUGGGGUGGGGGGUGCCGGGGGGGCAGUAUGAGUUCGCGCUCGACGGCCACCCGACGCUAUUUCCCAUUGAGACGUAUGGUUUAAAGUAGCUUAACAUAAUCAGAGACCAACUAACUAAUCUAUGAUCUCUGACGUCAUCUUUGUGCCACAAAUCAAAGAAUUAAACAACAAGUUCAAUAUAAGGAAAAUUAUUCCUAAGUUUUCGUACCCAACACUUUGGUUUGUGUUGCUAUGAUGAUGUAAGAUCCGUUUAUCUCUUGGCUUUUCAAACCCGAUUGGACCGCACCCCCCGGACACAUUUCAUGAGAUCAAAGAUAUUGAUAAGCUUUAUGUGGAUUUUGAUUGAUUAUUUUGUUUUAAAGCAUUGGGCUUUCUGAAAUGCUUGUAAUCAUGUCCGGUAUGCGGCAUAUGACUAUUAAAUCUAAUGGACUUAAAUCGUAAAUGUUUAAUUGGCCAGAUUGACCAACUACCUUAGGCUGCGUUUACACUGGGUCCGUAUUUCUCCGAAGACGGACAUACAAGACCGAAUUCGGUAGAAAAUGCAAAUGCAAUUUUUUUAAAAAUGUUUUUAAAGUGAAGACGCUUACUUAAGCCCAGUCAAGAUUGGCGACAGUUGGUGCUUGGUGGAAGUGUAACCAACGACUGUCGACAGUUGGUGCUUGGUGGAAGUGUAACCAACGACUGUCGACAGUUGGUGCUUCGUGGAAGUGUAACCAACGACUGUCGACAGUUGGUGCUUCGUGGAAGUGUAACCAACGACUGUCGACAGUUGGUGCUUGGUGGAAGUGUAACCAACGACUGGUGACAGUUGGUGCUUCGUGGAAGUGUAACCAACGACUGUCGACAGUUGGUGCUUCGUGGAAGUGUAACCAACGACUGUCGACAGUUGGUGCUUCGUGGAAGUGUAACCAACGACUGUCGACAGUUGGUGCUUCGUGGAAGUGUAACCAACGACUGUCGACAGUUGGUGCUUCGUGGAAGUGUAACCAACGACUGUCGACAGUUGGUGCUUCGUGGAAGUGUAACCAACGACUGGUGACAGUUGGUGCUUGGUGGAAGUGUAACCAACGACUGGUGACAGUUGGUGCUUGGUGGAAGUGUAACCAACGACUGUCGGUCAAAAAUCAAAAUAUUUUGGGUUUUAUAGUCGUAAUUGUCUGAUUGGUGUGCGUAUGUGUGUGUGUAUGUGGGUGGGUGUAAAUCGGUGUGUGUGUGGAUGUGUGUGUGGAUGUGUGUGGGUGGGUUUCAGUCAAGAUUUUCGCGAUUUUAUUAAUUGUAUAGAUUUGUAACAAAAAAAUUUUCAUGAACAAAAAAUCAAAUAGUCUUGAAUUGGACUUUUCUCAUUUCCCGCAUGAUGGUCAAAUGUGAGUCUUGAAUGGGACUUUUCUUAUUUCCCGCAUAAUGGUUGUUCUCUUGUUGAUCUUUCAACAGUGACAAUUUCUCCGCCCCUCUUCUAUCCUCUAUUAUUGUUCAAGAGAUUGGAAACAUAAAUGUGUGUCUCAUAUCACCACAAUAGCUAGGAUAUGCGUCCCUUCAAGGCGACAACCCUGAUUUCAUCUGGUAGAUGGUUCAUAGGGUGACACCUCUGACUUUCCACGUGUGACAGUUCAAAAGGUGACACCCCUGACUUCCCACACGUGACAGUUUACAAGGCAAGACCUCUGGCAUCCCCACAUGUGACAGUUCAUGAGAGUAUGCAUCUGGUUUCGACGUGUGACAGUUCAUAAGACGUCACCUCUGGCUUCACAUGUUUUGACAGUUCAUGAGGGGAUACCUCUGGUUUCCGACGUGUUACAGUUCAUAUGACGACACUUCUGGCUUCACAUGGGUGACAAUUCAUAAGACGACAUAUAUGGUUUCCGACCUGUGACAGUUCAUAAGACGGCACACCUGGUUGCAUAUGUGUGACAGUUCAUAAGACGACACAUCUGGUUGCAUAUGUGUGACAGUUCAUACGACGAAACUUCACACGGGUGACAAUUCAUAAGGCGACAUAUAUGGUUGCACACGUUUGACAGUUCCUACCCACUUCUCUUGAAAUCUUGAUCCCUCACUUCAGACGUGAUAGCGUUUGAGUUUGUAAUCAGUCAGGUGUAGCUCUAAUCAUGCGAAACGACCGUUGCGGUAUAGGAUCACUGAACCGAGAAAUCCUCUCAAGCAGUGAAUGUAAGAAUUUAUACAAAGAAAUUUGACACUCGUUUGUGUGGACCAAGCGAUCAAACAUUAAGGGCCUCCUUUUUUAAUUAUUUUUUAAGGGCUGGAGGUGGAAAUAAUAACACUGUCGUAAACUGUAUCGCGUCCUUUCAAACUAUUGUCGGCAAUUCAUGUGAUAAAAUAAGUUUCAGAAUAAAAUCGCUAAAAGAAAAUUCAUCAAAUACCUUUGGAAAUCUAUUAAAAAAAGUGUAGGCCUAUUAUCGGCUUGCAUUAACAACCUAAAGAAAUAAUUGACAAUGGUGUUAAUUUUUGUUACAUAUAUACUAGAAAAGGGAAAUGAUCUCAUCAUGAAUGCACCAUAGAAGUGUGUUCGUUUGAUGGUCAUGGUAAAACAGACCUGUACGUUGUCUCUGUGGCAUAAUUAAAUUUAAGAACAUCUUGGCUUUGUUCUAUAAAUCGUUUCUAGAUUUAAUUAAAAUCGACUCACGCCUGAGAGGCCAUGGUCAAAUAACAUGAAACUGUCACGGGAAAACAAGACUAAGAUGUCACGGGAAAACAAAACUAAGAUGUCACGGGAAAACAAGACUAAGAUGUCACGGGAAAACAAGACUAAGAUGUCACGGGAAAACAAGACUAAGAUGUCACGGGAAAACAAAACUAAGAUGUCACGGGAAAACAAGACUAAGAUGUCACGGGAAAACAAGACUAAGAUGUCACGGGAAAACAAAACUAAGAUGUCACGGGAAAACAAGACUAAGAUGUCACGGGAAAACAAGACUAAGAUGUCACGGGAAAACAAGACUAAGAUGUCACGGGAAAACAAGACUAAGAUGUCACGGGAAAACAAGACUAAGAUGUCACGGAAAACAAAACUAAGAUGUCACGGGAAAACAAGACUAAGAUGUCACGGGAAAACAAAACUAAGAUGUCACGGGAAAACAAGACUAAGAUGUCACGGGAAAACAAGACUAAGAUGUCACGGAAAAACAAGACUAAGAUGUCACGGGAAAACAAAACUAAGAUGUCACGGGAAAACAAAACUAAGAUGUCACGGGAAAAUAAGACUAAGAUAUCACUGGAAAACAAUACUAAGAUGUCACGGGAAAAUGAGACUAAGAUAUCACUGGAAAACAAGACUAAGAAGUCCAAUGUGGAAACCUCAGAGUACUAAUUUCGUGGCCUUGAUAAACUAAGGAAAAAUGUCUAUUGGAUACCAAGUAAUUAUUUAAAUGGACUACUCUAUAAGAUCACUGAGAGGGUUCACAUUGGUUGUAAUGGUACAAGGUCAAAUGUCUCAGCUAACCCGUGUGAGAACCGCUGAGAUGACUCCAGGUUACAAUGGUUAAAUUGCUACACGGUCAAAAGCCUGACCAUAAGAAACAUUCUGACAGGGCCUCGUUGAAAUAUCCUGGUAUGUUGAUUAUAACUAAUUAUUUUACAUUCUCUAAGGUGUACUGAGAUGACCCUCUUAUAGCCCUGGCUAAUAGUGUGACGGCUUGUCUCAUCUGGUGGACAUCACCGUAAAGCAUGGGUCCGACCCUCUGACCCUUUCCCACUGCUGGGGCAGUCAAUCACCACUGUCUCUUUUGACUAACCACAAAAUCGUCAGUUUGGUUCCUUCCUGUCGUCAAGUCUAUGGCGGUAGCUGCGCGUCACGCAAUGGCCUGUCCUCAUCUGGGUGAUGAGGCUUUGGUCGCCUCGCUUUAGUUUCCACCAGGGGUCACUCUUGCUCGGUCGCUACAUCUUCCGAUAGAGCUGUCUUUCAUUUUCUCCUGCGGUCCAAUCGCGUAGCCACUUUUCAAGAAAGUGGUCCAUUAACCACGCGCCGUGACUACUAGCUGAGCCAUGGGCUUGCGCCUUCUUUGGCCAGGCAGUCCACCCUGUCGUGCUGCGUCAGCUCAACGUGCCCAGUGAUAAACUGCAGGAUUACUUUGCCGCCCUUGGCAUGGAUGUUACCUACAGUCUCCAGAAUGGCAUUCACCAUCGUGGUCUCCGUUGAGCCCCUUACCACAUGCUCGAGAGCAGAGCGCGAGUCGGUAAAGACCACGAUGUCCGGAAAGUUUUUCCUCUUCUCUAGACGUUGGUGGACUCUCUUGAGGGCAACCGGUAUUGCCUAACUUUCGGCAUCGAGGUUCGUUCUGCUUUCCCCACUGGGUCCGGAUAGGUCCUCGGGUGGAGCUAUCUCUUUGGGGUGUUGGAUAAGACCACCGUAGCCACAGCGUUCUUCCCCCGCGAAACAUGAGCCGUCUGUGAAGCCUUUGACCAGGCUGUCCGUGUAGGCGUCAACCAUUCUUUGCACUGCCUCUAAUAGUUUUGGUUGAGAGCUGGUUUUUGUGGCAUUGGUUUUCAUCAAGGCCAGACGUAUGUCAGGUCGGGUAAGGCUUUCGUGGGGUCCCCGUGCUGGGAUCAUCCUUACUUUUUCUAUGAUUUUGGGUAAUAUCAAGUCUCCCCGACUGUGGACCAUAUCCAUGAAAGGAAGGUCUCUUUAAUCUGGUUUUCUUUACCCAUUGAUCCUGUAACUGAAAGCAGGGUUCCUGUCUGUCCAUUCGUCGGUAUCGCCCCACAGUCGUUAGGACUGCCUUUUCCCGUAUGAAUUCGAAAGGUUGCAUUGCUAUUUUCAUUAGAACUUUCUUUAAUAAGUUGAAUGUUUGAUCUGAGUCAACUAUAGUUUUGAACCCGGCCCAGGUUUAACAAGUUUGAAGACACCUGGUUUAGAUGGUCAAAAAGCAGGGGUUCUUAACCAUGAGCGCCCACAUCCCCUGGGGUGAGGGAGUAAGUGCACUCACACCUGAACGAUGUACACUAAGCAAAGACAACCCUGAAAGACCUUAGUCAAUGACUUACUGUUUACAGUAUCGCUGAGGAUGUAGAGAUAAUCACAAGACAUACGAGAAAUGUAGGCGAAGAAAGAGAACGCAAUAGCUGGUGAGCAUCUUGUCACGUUUUACCUGUGACAUGUGUUGCUAGAUUGCGCCAUUGAUUGCAUAUCACCUCGAAAUUCUCACUGAAAAGCCAAAUGUUUUUUAUAUUUUGCAGACCAACGAGUUUUAUAGACCUUCGCUGUAUGCUUUCUCGAAAAAAACUUAACGAUAUAGCUUUGAUUGUACCAUGGGCAUUACACACUUAAACAGUGAGUUCAAAUCAUUUACUACUAGAUUGAGCCAAUGCACAGAUCAAAGGAAGAAAAGCUGCUUUUAGAGAGAUCUUGCGUAUUUCAGUCUGAACACCUCCUUUCUUUUCUUUUCUAAUUGUGUAACAGCUGUCAUAUCCUUGUCCAAUUAAUUUUGUCACGUCCAGACCACAUUUUUUACUGUGAUUCACAAUAGCAUCUUCAACUGCAGAUGCCGUCAUUUGCUUCAAUGGCUGGAAUCCGAUCAAUUCUUCACUCUCUUCGUUGUCUACAAAACAUACUGCCAAUGACAAUUGUUAUGUUCCUACUAAUAUAUCAACUGUUUCAUCUUCUAAUAUUGAUAAUCCUAUAGAAUUGUUUGCUGAUGUCAUCAUUUGUUUCACAUAUCUCUAUUUAGUUGAUCAGUGAGAUAUAUGUAUCGAGCAUUACCAAUGGAGGUCUGCAAAUGAGUCUCAAUGUCUUCGUCACCAGCCUCAAUUCUAAGCUGAAACAGAUCAUGAUCUUUUCCACUAACAUUAUUUUGACACGAAGUGCGAUGUGUGUUCCGCAGAAAAUGAUUGUGGAUAAUAUCGACAAAAACUUAUUUCGACUUAGGAUAUGUUGGUCUGGAUUCCUAAUGAUGCUCAAGAAUGCUGUUGCACUCUGCUGAGCGCCUUUGCUCCUGUCACUUUCCUCAUGAUUACGAGCACCUUGAGGAAAGCCAUUGUCUUAAAAUGACGAAAGAUGUUUCUAUAAAUGUCACUGGUCUCCGCGAUAAAUGGGUUGCGGGGAAACAAUACAAAAUAUCCACACUGGACCUUUAUGAUGACUAGAAUAGGCAAGCCACGGGGGAAACUGAUCAAGUCAGGCAUAAUGUAAACAACGUUUUUUGCCAGGUCUGUCCACGCUGACAUUGUAACUAUCUGUUUGUCGGUAUGGGUUUGUGAGUAAAAGAUCUUUUAAAACAUCUGACAGUUGAGAUGUUGACUGAAUACAUCGAGCCAAAUCAAAAUCACCGAUUGCCAUGUCACGGCCAAAAUUAAUAUGUGUUGAUAUUUCUGUGUCAAAUUUGAAAGAUGCCGAUAGAAAUUAAUAUCAGCUUCGAAAACCACUGGCAGCAGCUUCAAACUCCUGCGAGUGGGAAAUGGUAAGGUCACUGCUUUUAGCUUGUUCUUCAACUUGUUGGUACUCUCUUGUCAGUGUCGUUGAUGUGGAUAUAGUUUUUGGGUUACAACAUGUCUUACACUCAUCAUCAUCACUGGGAUUCAUGAACCUUGUCUAUCCCUAGGCUUAUCUUUGACUACGACUGGUACCACUGCGUCUAUUACAUCAGAAUGACCGUCCACGAAUCUCUAACUCUGCUACUCGUGUCUCGAAAAAGUGUUCCCUUAGAUUUCCCGUCGGGUGACUAUAAACUCUACUAGAUAUGUGUCCCAUGUUCAUUGAAUGUCUACAUGAUUAAAGACAACAUUCUCCCGACCAGAUACUUACCACCGGACGCCUAGUCUAUGUCUCUACCCGCUUAUCAGCAUCUAUGUCUAUCAGUUUGAAGUUGUUUUUUUCUAUCACUGAUAAUUAAUCCAACGCUGCCCAUGGUCUUCAUGAUCAUUCCACUUUUACCAACUACAAAACGCAUGACGCGAACUCAUUCGUUGAGACCCGUUCCCACACAGUCCCCCUGCUGUCUCCGUGCCUCCCAUGUUGUCUUCCCUGUACUACCACAAACUCUGCUGAUAUCAGGUUAACUACCCUACUUCAUCAUUGUACUUGUGUCCGGUACCUACGUCCAUCAUUCCCCUUCUCGACCCUGGUCAUUCGUGUCAUAUGAAAAGAGAUACUAUUAACUUUUAGAUAAACUAUUUUAUAUUCAGAGGCACAAAAUGCACAUAUUAAAUAAUAUUUUAUGUAAAUUUAUUAUUUUACUGGAAGGGGGGUAUGUGGCCCACCUUGACCCGUAAUGCAGGUGCUCAUUAAUCUGCCUCGCCUAUUUGCACACAUGGAUUCAAUAUUUUUACUAGUUUUAGAAGAACAAAUAUUAUCCUUACUAAAUCAUCCAUUUAAAAAUAAAUAAUUCAAUUUGUUUUGUAAAACAAAAUGUGUUAAAUAUAUCGAAAAGGUAAUAAUUUGUAAUUUAUCUGCAAGAAAGUUAUAUUAGUUUGAAAUUCCAAAUAAACAUUUCAAUCAAAUGAAUUUUGUGAAAUUUAUACUUUAUCUUUAUACGAGGUCUCUUAGAUUAAAUCACAUAUUAAUAAAUAUAUUAUGUCUUUUGUAAAUAUCUCAUGCUUUUAUAACGUACUUCUGCCGUUCAUAUUGUAUGGCAUCUUUCCGUCUGCGGGAGACGAUAGAUUAUCUUUAUUGCUUGCAGCUCUUGGUGUGGCUGGUGAGACCAAUCCUCGAGUGGCAGUCUCUGUUACAUUUCCCACACACGAAUGCGGUGGAGCAGUAUUCUGCCGUUCAUAUACGAUUUAUAAAAAUGAACAGUUCCGUAAACCCAUGCAAAUGUAUAAACCUUUCUACUAAACAUUUUAUUCCCUUUUGACAUCUGGUAAAACAUAGAAAUAUGUAGAAACAUGUAAUUACUACAAGUAAGUUUGUUUUUUUUUUCAUUUGCGUUCACUGUGUAAAAUGAUGCUGGCAGUGCUUUUUGUGAUGGAAAUCCUUUUUUUUUUUUUUUUUUUUUUUGGAAGGGUUUACAAAAAUUAAAUUCACUUAUUAAUUAAGUAAUCUUGCUCCUAAAAUAUAUUAAAUAAACAUAAUAUAGCCACUUUACUAUAUAGUAAUAUAAAAAAAUGAUUUAACACAAGCAGGUCAAGCAGAGCCGUCGCUUGUCUUUUCGAGGACCCCUGCCAUUUUCGGUUUUGUCCUCCUCCACCUUGCAUUCAAAUUAAAAUUUGAUAUUUAAAAAAAAAAAAUAUCCACGACCACCUGCACCCAUAGGGGUUGCGGGCCACAAGAUGGCUCUGAGGUUAAGUGACACCUACAUGUUUAACUGGCAUCUCUUCCGUCGCUCUCCUAUAAAGUGUAGAAUAUUGCAAAACUAAAAUCAGGUAUUAUCAACAAAAAAUAACUCAAUCUGGGGACUAUAACAUUUAAGGAGUGAGAUUAAUUUAGGGAAAAAGCAUACCCACGCCCUUUCUACGCCACUAGCAGAGGCGUAGCUAGAGUAUUUGGCGCCAGGGAAUAAUAUUCAUUUUAUCCCCCCCCCCCCAAACCCUAAAACCCAUUUUUUAAUCCAUUAAAUACCAACAAAGCCCAUUUUUGGUGCCCCGCUAGUCUCCCCCGAUUUGCCCCCCUUAGCUACGCCUCUGGUUACUGGCACUGCUCAACCGAAAAUAUGAAAUGCCCUCCCUGAGGAAGUUAGGCUCAUUGAGUACCGGUAGCCUAUCUGUCAGAUUGAGGCUCAGUGAGUAGCCUGUCUUUCAGACUUAGGCUUGUUGAGUUACCUAUCAGUCAGAUUUAGUCUUGUUGAGUAGCCCAUCUGUCAGAUUUAGUCUUGUUGAGUAGCCCAUCUGUCAGAUUUAGUCUUGUUGAGUAGCCCAUCUGUCAGAUUUAGUCUUGUUGAGUAGCCCAUCUGUCAGAUUUAGUCUUGUUGAGUAGCCCAUCUGUCAGAUUUAGUCUUGUUGAGUAGCCCAUCUGUCAGAUUUAGUCUUGUUGAGUAGCCCAUCUGUCAGAUUUAGUCUUGUUGAGUAGCCCAUCUGUCAGAUUUAGUCUUGUUGAGUAGCCCAUCUGUCAGAUUUAGUCUUGUUGAGUAGCCCAUCUGUCAGAUUUAGUCUUGUUGAGUAGCCCAUCUGUCAGAUUUAGUCUUGUUGAGUAGCCCAUCUGUCAGAUUUAGUCUUGUUGAGUAGCCCAUCUGUCAGAUUUAGUCUUGUUGAGUAGCCCAUCUGUCAGAUUUAGUCUUGUUGAGUAGCCCAUCUGUCAGAUUUAGUCUUGUUGAGUAGCCCAUCUGUCAGAUUUAGUCUUGUUGAGUAGCCCAUCUGUCAGAUUUAGUCUUGUUGAGUAGCCCAUCUGUCAGAUUUAGUCUUGUUGAGUAGCCCAUCUGUCAGAUUUAGUCUUGUUGAGUAGCCCAUCUGUCAGAUUUAGUCUUGUUGAGUAGCCCAUCUGUCAGAUUUAGUCUUGUUGAGUAGCCCAUCUGUCAGAUUUAGUCUUGUUGAGUAGCCCAUCUGUCAGAUUUAGUCUUGUUGAGUAGCCCAUCUGUCAGAUUUAGUCUUGGUCAUUUUAUCAACUUUUCUUUAGCUGAAUUAUAAGAAAUAAUUGCUUUUACUGGCUGUAUUUUCAUUAUGAGUACAAAUAUCGUAAUGAAUUCUGCUGUCAGCACUGUCAGUCUUAAUAUCACACUCAAGUCUGCUGGUUGUGUUGUCAGUCUAAAAAUAGAACUAAAGAGACUUUCGAAUUCCUCUGAACAAAAGCUUAUCCAAAAAAACGACUGCGAAAGAAAACUGAAAAAAAAUCGAUAGUGAUUGGCAUAGUUCUAAAUCUAUUGACACAUAUCGAUUAAUGGCAGGAAAGCUUUGAGUAGGAGUCAAGAAAGCUGGUACCGUCACCUCACUGGGUGUUAUUGGCGGUUAAUUGAUUGAUUUGGGUAGGACAAUUAGAGUUAACCCCUGGAUUACUAGUGAAGAGGGAGAGAGAUAGAGAGAGAGAGAGAGAGAGAGAGAGAGAGAGAGAGAAAGGAGAGAGAGAGAGAAAGGAGAGAGAGAGAGAGAGAGAGAAAGGAGAGAGAAAGAGAGAGAGAGAGAGAGAGAGAGAGCGCGAGUAGAGUUAAAGCCUGGAGUAGUAGUGAAGAGGGAGAGAGAUAGAGAGAGAGAGAGAGAGAGAGAGAGAGAGAGAGAGAGAGAAAGGAGAGAGAGAGAGAAAGGAGAGAGAGAGAGAGAGAGAGAAAGGAGAGAGAAAGAAAGAGAGAGAGAAAGAGAGAGAGCGCGAGCGAGAGGGGGGAGAUAAAAGGAAUGAAAUUAAACAGCAUGAAAAGAUACACAGGUAUAAAGGGAGAAGGAACAUAACAUGUUUUACUGUCGAGUAGUAGAGAAAGAGAUUAAGGAAUGUGUUUACUUAAAAGGCGUGUAGAUAUGAGGGGCUGUCAAUUAAUGUCUAGUAGAUAUGAGGGGGGUUGUAACUUAUUGUCUAGGAGAUAUGAGGGGGUGUAACUUAUUGUCUAGGAGAUAUGAGGGAGUGUAACUUAUUGUCUAGGAGAUAUGAGGGGGUGUAACUUAUUGUCUAGGAGAUAUGAGGGGGUGUAAUUUAUUGUCUAGAAGAUAUGAGGGGGUGUAACUUAUUUUCUAGUAGAUAGAAGGUGGUGUAACUUAUUGUCUAGUAGAUAUGAGGGGGUGUAACUUAUUGUCUAGGAGAUAUGAGGGGGUGUAACUUAUUGUCUAGAAGAUAUGAGGGGGUGUAACUUAUUUUCGAGUAGAUAGAAGGUGGUGUAACUUAUUGUCUAGAAGAUAUGAGGGGGUGUAACUUGUUGUCUAGGAGAUAUGAGGGGGUGUAACUUAUUGUCUAGGAGAUAUGAGGGGGCGUAACUUAUUGUCUAGAAGAUAUGAGGGGGUGUAACUUAUUUUCUAGUAGAUAGAAGGUGGUGUAACUUAUUGUCUAGUAGAUAUGAGGGGGUGUCCCUCAAUGAUUGAUUUAACUAAUUAAGUGAAUUGAAUGACAAAUAAUACGGUGUAUUAAGUUAAUUAGGAACAAUUUUGUAUGUAGUUAAUUAAAGAAAUUGUUCAAUUCUUGGUGCGCUGAUGUUUCAUAUAAUCCAACCUCUAUGUUACGUCCUACAAAAUACAUGAUCUCACUCAUAGAGGACGUUGUUUUCCCAUAGUGUCAUUUGAGUGGCUUGUACUCGAAAUAGGAAGCUGAUCACACAAGUAAAUUAAGAGGGAGUUGGCAUGUUUAUCAUCCCACGACCUCGUCAUAACCACAACAAUACUUCAUACUCUACAACUACAACAAUACUUCAUAAUCUACAACUACAACAAUACUUUAUACUCUACAACUACUCUAUACAACAACAGCAAUCAUCCAAAAUAAUUAGAACAAGUAAGGUAAAAAUCCGUUAGACACGUUCCAAGCAAGAUAGAUCAUUUGAGAAUGUUUCAAACUGGUGAAAACAUUUAGCAGACGUUUUACCACAACUCAUAUAAGUCGCCGAUGUUUAGUACAUUGCUGGUAGGGUACACCGGAGGACUUUUGUUUUAGUUACCUCCCUUCCAUUAGCCCCCUCUCUUAGUCACCUGCUUAUCUGUUACGCCACUGUUAUGCCACUGUUAUGCCACUGUUAUGCCACUGUUAUGCCACUGUUAUGCCACUGUUAUGCCACUGUUACGCCACUGUUAUGCCACUGUUACGCCACUGUUACGCCACUGAGAUGAGAGACUUGAAAAUUAGAAGACACAUCAUGCCCAAGAGAUUUCUUGAAGCUAUUUACACAUUUUAAAACAAGUUACAACGCACCAACAGACAUCGUUAAUUUCUCACUGUCACGUCUUGACUUGGUGACAGUGACAUGUAAUGUUGCUCCGAACUUUUUCUAUUUUUUUUACUUAAGCAACUUUAUUCCUUUCUUACUUAAGUAACAUUAUUCCUUUCUUACUUAAGUAACGUUAUUCCUUUCUUACUUAAGUAACCAUUCCUUUCUUACUUAAGUAACCAUUCCUUUCUUACUUAAGUAGCUUUAUUCUUUUAUAAACCUAAGUAACUUUAUUCCUUUGUUACUUAAGAAACUUUAUUCCAUUUUUACUCAAGUAACUUUAUUCCAUUGUUACUUAAGUGACUUUAUUAAUAUGAAAUUUGUAGGUUUUUCGUGGUAAUAAAUGUCAUUAAAAUGUCUCUGAUGUUGACAUUUCAGUUUCACGGAGCGACGGUUGCUCAGCCUAACGACUUCGAGCUGAGGUACAGGCCAAGUGCCAUCAAACAUCUGCCUCCACUCAGUGCUCCACAGGUAAGUCAAAUACCUGCCUCUACUCAGUGCUCCCCCAGGUAAGUCUAACACCCGCCUCCACUCAGUGCUCCACAGGUAAGUCUAAUAUCUGCCUCCACUCAGUGCUCCACAGGUAAGUCAAACAUCUGCCUCCACUCAGUGCUCCCCCAGGUAAGUCUAACACCCACCUCCACUCAGUGCUCCACAGGUAAGUCAAACAUCUGCCUCCACUCAGUGCUCCACAGGUAAGUCAAACAUCUGCCUCCACUCAGUGCGCCCCCAGGUAAGUCUAACACCCACCUCCACUCAGUGCUCCACAGGUAAGUCAAACAUCUGCCUCCACUCAGUGCUCCACAGGUAAGUCAAACAUCUGCCUCCACUCAGUGCUCCCCCAGGUAAGUCUAACACCCGCCUCAACUCAGUGCUCCACAGGUAAGUCUAACACCCGCCUCCAAUCAGUGCUCCACAGGUAAGUCUAACACCCACCUCCACUCAGUGCUCCACAGGUAAGUCUAACACCCGCCUCCACUAAGUGCUCCACAGGUAAGUUUAACACUUGCCUCCACUCAGUGCUCCACAUGUAAGUUUAACACCUGCCUCCACUCAGUGCUCCACAUGUAAGUCUAAUACCUGCCUCCAAUCAGUGCUCCACAGGUAAGUCUAAAACCUACUCCCACUCAUUCUUCCACAGGUGAGUCUAACACCCGCCUCCACUCAGUGCUCCCCAAGGUAAAUCUAACACCUGCCUUAGACUCAGACAUUCUUAAUUUGAGCAGAUUUGGAGAAUCGAUUGUUUCAAUGAUUUCUAGCCAUGUGGGAAAUUUGUCGCCCACAAAUUCAUCAAAUAUUUUGCUCAACAUCGGAGAUCUUUUAACCCUUACAUGCCGGCUCACGGCUGCAUGAAUGUUUCAUGUUGUUUAUCACGCCAGCUACGUUGACACACACGGCCGCAUAGAAUACUGAUGUCUCACAAUUCAAAAUAAGUAGACCUACCCAGUGGCGUAGCUAUGUCGCUCGUUUCCUGGCCAAGCUUUUAGCCGCCCCCUUCCCACGAAGAAAACACUACCGUUUGAUGAAACAUGCCCCCCCCCAUCGAUAUCAAGAAAAAGUGCCGCCCGGGGUGGACUGCCCCCUUCGCACCCCCUUCCUACGAGACAUGACCUACACAACUUUUUCUAACCAUUGAUAUGACAGUCUUUCACUGCCGGAUUAAGACCUGUGGAUACCCCAAAGCAGUCGAAGUGUUGCCUUUCUCGGUGGCGUACUUAAGGGGGGUCCGAAAAAAGCGCCACCACGGUCCCAAGUGGCACUUUAAUGCAAGGUGCACAUUGACUCUCCCCCAUCCGCAUCCUUCACUUUGAAUUCGAGUCAAUAUUUUGUAAAUUAAUAGUGACUGAGAAAAUAUGUAAACGUUCGUUUCUCCUUGUUCAUCGCUCAUUCACUGAAUCAAUUCAUGAAUUGACAUUACACGCUUCUAUUUUAUUUACCCCUAAUGUCAGCAAAAGAUAACAUUCUCUCAACAUCCUGAAGAUUACGGGACAGAAUUUACGACUUGCAUUGUUUCCCUUACUUUUUUCUGUUCUUCCCUAAUUCUAUGGCUCAUGUAUGGAGAUGCCCGACAUGCCCGUCGGUAUUGCACAUAAAAAAAAGCCAUUGCAAGUAGGUUCAGGACAAUUUACGAACCGUCCGUAAAAAAUUAACAUAAAUUAGCGUCCAUACUCAUCAUCCAUUGCUACUUAUAAUUGGCAAGCUAAAAGAUAGAGGCUACGUUUCCAUGGUAGCGAUGAUAAUAAAUAAACGUGGUCAUAUCAUUAUCAAUUAGCAGGCCUGUGCCCAACAUACGGCCCGCCAACACCCUCUUUGCGGCCCGCGAAGUAAAGAAAUAUUCUCUUGUAUUAAUAUUUUCUGAAUAGCUCCCCCCCCUCCCCCCGUCCUAUUUUUUUUUCGGCCCGCACAAGCUUUUCAUAAAGUAUUACGGCCCGCCUUACAUUUUGAGUUGUGCAGGCCUGAAUUAUGGCUUAAGGAACAAAAAUCCCUCACAACAGUAAUCCAUUUAGAUUGAAAUGAAAAUUUAAAUUUCGAAAUGCGUUUUUGGAGAGAUUCAAGCAGUGUCGAAUUAACCCAAAGGGGAAAUUAUGGCUUAUGCCUAUGGUCUCCCCCCCCCUCCCCAUUCCCCCCACAAAUAAAAUCGCGUUUAGAGGCUCCUUAAAAAUAUUCUGGAGUGGGGUGGUAGUGGCGAACUGAUUUGUCCAUGAAUAAUAGUCACCAACGAAAUUAAAUGUCUUGACAAAUAUUGACAAUCAUUUUUAAAAAUUACGGACUAUCAUAAAUUUUAACCGAAACAUUUUUAAUAUAUCAUUUCUUAACAAUCUGUGGAGCUGAAAUCUAUUGAUUUCUGUAGUGUUGGUUUAUUGUAGGGCCAGUAGCUUCGGGAGAGAGGCCGGGGGGGGGGGCGACCACCUCUGGGGGGGGGCAUUUCUUUUCUUUAUAUGGAGGGUGGCAUUUUUGGCCAACUGCACAUUUCUUUUCUUUAUAUGGAGGGUGGCAUUUUUGGCCAACUGCAGUUUUGUUUGUUUGUUUGAGAAAGGUAGGCGGCACAUUGUUUUGCCCGCCCCGCUCGCAUCUAACCCUUGCUACACCACUGUCCAUUGCUACGCCACUGACCCUUGCUACGUUACUGACCCUUGCUAUGCCACUGACCCUUGUUACGCCACUGACCCUUGCUACGCCAGUGACCAUUGCUAUGCCACUGACCAUUGCCACACCACCAACCCUUGCCACGCCACCGACUCUUGCCACGCCACUGACCAUUGCUACGCCACUGACCCUUGCUACUCCACUGAACAUUGCUACGCCACUGACCUUUGCAACGCCACAGACCCUUGCUACUCCACUGAACAUUGCUACGCCACUGACCUUUGCAACGCCACUGACCCUUGCUCCUCCACUGAACAUUGCUACGCCACUGACCUUUGCUACGCCACUGACCCUUGCUACACCACUGACCCCUUGCUACUCCACUGAACAUUGCUACGCCACUGACCUUUGCAACGCCACUGACCCUUGCUACGCCACUGAACGUUGCUCCGCCACUUACGCCACUGACCUUUGCUACGCCACUGACCCUUGCUACACCACUGACCCCUUGCUACUCCACUGAACAUUGCUACGCCACUGACAUUUGCAACGCCACUGACCCUUGCUACUCCACUGAACAUUGCUACGCCACUGACCUUUGCAACGCCACUGACCUUUGCUACUCCACUGAACAUUGCUACGCCACUGACCUUUGCUACGCCACUGACCCUUGCUAAACCACUGACCCCUUGCUACGCCACUAAAUCUUGCUACGCCACUGACCCUUGCUACGCCACUAAAUCUUGCUACGCCACUGAUCUGUUAGUCGGGGAUUUCAAAUAUAUGAAAGCUUAUCUCAUUAACGUGUCGAGCUGCUGGCUGACGUCAAUAGAGCGCCGUUUUCUUGUCUCCACCUCUCUAUCCAUUUUCCGUCACAUGUGAAAAUGUUCCCAGAUAUUUAAAUUCCUGGUUUUGGCGAAGCAAGGGACCAUAGAUAUUCAUGUCCAAAUUUCUGGUCUACGGCCUAUUGAUGUGACCUCAGUCUAAACUUAGCUUAUUUUCAUUCCAUAAAGUUCAGAGGUACUAUUCAGGAUAAGACACACCAAAAAAUAAAGAUGGAGACGAACGCCAGGCUCAUGAACGCUUUCUUUAUUCCCAUGCUAACUUACAAAUGUCAAACCUGGGCUCUGAAAAAAAAAAGACUUGGGUACGAUCGUGAAAAAAAAUGGGACAAUCACGUUUUUACGGGACGUUUGGUCAAGAAAGCCUUUUAAAGUCAUUUGUCAUUUUCUCUGCUGCAGACUUUUCUGGAAGUGCGACAUCGCAUUUUCAUUCAAAAUGAUUGCUCUCUUUACUUCCACAUAUUAACGUGGUUCCUGUUAAUAACACGUUUCUCUUUAGGCUGCAUCAUUUGGGAUCCGGGUAUCAGAAGUGAGAGUUUGGGUUUAUUAAAGAAUAUUAAAAAUAUUAUUGUAGGGUUUGUAAGACAAAUUUAGGUAUCAAAUGAAAGAUAAUUGAAUGGACUAUUUUUUUGGUAAACUUAAUUCUUCAGUUUAACUAAAACAAACUACCACAAAUGACUUCCGAAUAUCAUUUAGUCUAAAGGGACCCGGACACUCAUAGCAAGGGUCAGUGGCUAUAUUCGGACCCGGGGCCCUAUAGCCACUUCGUUCUCUUUUAUGCGCCAUAAUGAGAGCUAAAAUAGCACCAAAAAAAAUUUAAAAAUAACAAUCUUUAACACAUCACUUGGACAAAAGAUGUUUACUGCAAACGAGCCACAGCACUAUGAGCAGGUGGGGUUGUGUGCAAGGUAGGGUGACCAAAUCAUGAACUGGAAAAACGGGACAAACCCACGGAGGGGGUUGGGGGGGGGGAUACCCCCCAGCUAAAGAGGGGUACGGGGGCCUCCGCCGGAAAAUGUUUCUUGAAAUCUGCACAUUUGAACUAUUUUGGGAACUAGAAAUAGUUUUUAAUUUACCUUCACAUUUUUAAAUUUAAUUUAAACUCUGAGGCAUAUCAUAAAUGAAAAUCAUAAUUUUGCAGUGAAUACUCAUUUAUUUAUAAAUAUCUUACAACAUAAUACAACACAACAAAUCAAAUGCAGCCAUCAGGCAAGCCCACGUCACUACUGGCACUGGCUGCAAAGCUAGCCUAAAUAUUACUUGAAGUUUUAUAAUAAAUUAAGAAGUUUUGGUGAUUUGAAACUGUGUUUGGUUUUAGAAACCGGACAUUUAGGCGCCCGAGAGACUUUUUCGGGACACCGGGUACGAUCGUGAAAAAACGGGACAGCCCCGUUUUUACGGGACGUUUGGUCACCCUAGUGUACGGGCGUACGCGUAUUUUCGGAACCCGAAGCAAUGCCGUCUUGACAGUUUUGAGGCUUGGGCCCACUGGGCACUGGCCCACGGCCACACGCUUCUAGGGGGGCCUCACGCUUCUAGAAGACCCACUCUUUUAGAGACAUCAUGCUUAACAUGUUGUUAAUGAAUAUUGAAAGAUUUUGGCUAUUUAAUUUGAUUUAAAAGUCAGUGGACAGCACGUCUCCCAAUAUAAACCACGAUAUUAUCGGAACAUUCCAAAAUUAAUAUUAUAAUUGCGAAUCAAAAGUGUGAUAUUUCUUAAAGGGGAAUAACUAUCGACAACACGUUUUACUUCUCCCAGAAUUGAAAUUUAAAAAAAAAACAACAACAAAAACUUAAAAAGUAAGAAUUUGUGUUUACAAUCAUUUUAGACUAAGAUGAUAGUCCCGGGUGGUAAAAGCCAUAGCUGCGUCACCGCCCCGUACUCGGUAGUGAAAUUAGUGGAAUAAAACAGUGCCCUCUUUAGGUAUGGGCACACUGCGCACUUCCCCAUUAGUAAUUUAAUAUUAGUCUCACGCUUCUACUAGGACUAGGUGGCUUCUAGACUCUUUGUAGAAAUAAGAGUUAAGAGGCAGAGGUCUCACGCCUCUAGUACUAGUGGGCAUCACGGCUCUUGGCUAGGGCUAGAGGCGUGAUGCCCAACUCUAGAGUACCUUGCACCUCACACUUCUAGGGUCAUUACAUUACGCUGCCAAUAUUAUUAGUGAAUAUUGAAAUAUUUUUGGCAAUUUAUUUUGCUUUCAAAAUGAAAGCCGAAAGACCGUUUCUAAAGUUCAUUUAAACAACUUUUUCGAUUCUCACAUCAUUUCAAUUUUUUUAACUAGGUAUAGACUAUACAUUACUUAUUACUAAAUAUAAAUAUUAAUAAAAAAUUAAAUAUUAGUGAAUGUUGAACUCACAACUGCAACUUACUGCUAGUAAAUUUAUACCAGCUUAAACUUGUUUAUGCCUUUAGAUAUAAAUUAUAUAUAUAUAUAUGUAUCUUUAGCUGGGGUGGGCUGAUAUGUUGAUUAAAUAACAUAUUAAUAUUAAGAGUCUGAUCUUCUUUAUUUCAUAUUAAAAGUGUAAGGUCUCAUUUCAUUGGAUUAAAUUUAAAAGGGAGCUAAAAAAAUAGCAAAAAUGUAUUUUUAAAAUGUAUUUCAGUAUUUGAAGUUGACACAUAAAGUAUGCAGUUAUAUAGUAGUGGAAGAGACUAUGCAAUGCACUCAUUUUUAGUUAUUUCAGAAUCUUAAGAACAUAUUUUUAUUAUUAUGGUUAAUGUUGAUUACUCACAUCCUUAUAAUCUCCUUAUUUAUGAUUCAGCCAGCUUUCAGUGAUGCUCCUAAAAUAGUUGAACAUGGCUCAUUCACCAAGGCAGUUCCAAUCAAAGAUAAGAAAUUUGUUCGUGGUGUCAGUGAUUCCAUUGGCAACAACUACAGUCCAAAGGCCAGAAACUUUACUACCUCCCAAAUAUAUGAGGCUACCAAACUAGGUAGGUUUGUAUGAUUAUUGUCCUAAAAACUUAACUAGCUUAAUUUUGGCCCUAAUAAUUCUACCAAUGUUCUUCAAUUUGAAGUACUGGAAUUAAUUUUUUUUAAAAUAAUUUAUAAUCACCAAUAGUAGAUAUUAUGAUUAUUUAAAAAUCAAUACAAAAAAAAUAAAAAAAGAAACAUGUCAUACUCCUAAAAUAGUAAAAAGCAUCAGGAUAAAAACCCAAGAGGUUGUGUGAAUAGAAUUGAAACUGGACAUGAAAUAUUUAACACAUCAUUAGAAUUGUGGAGAUAAAACACAACCCAAAAAGACCAGUGGGCAAGUUAAUAAAUAUUAAAAAUGUUAGAAUUAUGGGUGUUCAAAAUCUGGCAUUAAAAUUUUGUUUUUCAAUAAAAUUGUAAUGGAUUACUGAAAGAAUACAUUGUACCUCUUUAUCUAUUUACAGCCUAUACAGUUGAAGAGGCCUAUUUCCUAUCACCUAGAAAGUCAACAGGUUCAAUAAGUCCACCAAACACAAAUCACAGUCUACCUCCCCCUGACAAGAAAAGGAGAUUGUAAUACCAUUUUUUUCAGUACAUUGUAAAAUUAAUAAUAUAACCACUAUACCUGGUUAAAUUAUUGUUAUUUUUUAAUAUGAAUGUUACUAUAGGUCAUAUUUUUAUAAGCUUAACAUAAUUAAUGAAAUCAUCAAAAAAGAAUAAUACCAGGGAGAGAAUUUUUUUUAAAACUUCAAAUUUAUUUCAUUUAAACAGUAGUUUAGGAAGUACCACCAUACUUGUUGACGCCUCAAGCUACAAAGUCAUCAGUGAUAAUGGACAGUUCUCAUCAUCAAAUAUCAAAUCACAGACUCCACCCCUUCAUCUCCCUCCAAUCAAUGGACAAGCCACAAACAAUAAGGAAAAUCUUAGAAUCGGUCAGUGUCCCCCUUUAAUGAUGUUAACCUCUUGUAAAGAAUUUAAUGAGAUUGCAAGCAUUAAUUAUAUGGGAACCACAGCUUCAUUUGAUGCAUCAAUAUAUCUUUUUUAUGCUGCAUGUAUAUUUUUCAGUUUUCUGUCUAGUUAAGGGGCUUACAUACUUUUAUUCCUGUUUUUAUUUACGUAGUGAAGAAGUUUGAAAAACAUUAUAUAUUUCCUUAAUUUUAUCUAUUUUAACUAAAGCCAGUUCCUUUAUAGUUCAUGUGAAAUAUAUAUUAACAUUAUUUACUUUAUACAAAGCACUUCUUUCUUUAUUAUACAUUUUUAAUUCAAAUGUUCUUAACAUGUAAGGAGUUGAAACUGAAGUUGAGCAUAAAAAUGAAAAGAAAGAAGAAGAGGAUGAGAUCUCAGAAUUGUUUGAGAGUGGAGAUGGAGAAAGUUCAACUCAGAUGUCAGAUUUUGGGAAUGGUGAUGAGAGCGGACUCCACUUAACACAGAGUUGGAACAGUUUCAUGCCUGAGAUGGAGACUGUUCCAGAGAAUGACUUUAUUGGUUUGUUACUAUUAAACUAAUUUGAUUUUUUAAAAUUAUUAUAAUAAUGCUUUACAAAACUAAAUUUAAAUCAGACUUUAGGCAGAAUGUUGUGAAGCAACCGGCAUUUUUUGUUUAAAUUUUGAACAUUCAUUUUAAAGUCCUAAAAAAAUUUUUAAAAAAUAGGUAGCCUAUAAAUAUAUUAAGACUAAUGAUUAAAUUUGGAUUAAAUAGCUACUAUUUUAUCAUAAAGGUACAGUUACUAAUUUAAUAUAAAAGCAAAAUAUUAAACAUUUCUGAGACUAAUUUAAACUGUGCUCAAUGUUUUCACUCUGCCAGAUAUUACAACUGAUGAUGAAAGGGAGAAUGAUAGUGAGCAAGCUGGUAUUCAUGAUCAUUCCACACCUUGCCAUGACAAACUUACUUUAGAAUGUCUUAGUAUAGAAUUUCCUCCUUGGUAUUUCUCAACCCAUGGUCUUUCUCGUCCAGCAACACCAGACCCCGUAGACAAAGAGAGGUAGGAUUAGUUGACUUGUCUAUGGCAAAAUAUAAAUAAAGUUUAACAUUAAAGAUAUUGACUUUGCAGUUUAUGGUUUUUAGCAAUCUCACAGUUUAGAUACAUGCAGUUUUAUGGGCUCUAGUUAACUAAAUACAAAGCUAUAAUUAAACUUUUAAUUUAUCAUACAGAUAUUUCCAGCUUGCAGAGAAAGCCAUAGAUCCUGCAAUGGUUGGACCAAUAACAAAGGAAACUUUGGAUGGAGUUUACAGAUUUGUUCCACGGAAAUUGAGAAUAGGUUUGCAUCGAGCAAGUCAAGCAUUUUUGAAGGUUAACAGCUCUUUUCAUGCUUAAUUACUUUUUAACUUAUUUUCCCUGCAGCUGCUCCUACAAUAAGUUUAAUUUCUUUAAUGUAAUUUUUCUUUGAGAAUUUCACUUAUUAUCAUUUGCAUCAUUUUUGCUUUAAAGGUGUUUCCAGCAAAGCAUAAUAAUGUUGUUGCAUUUGAAUGUUAUUGUAUAUUUAAAUUUCCACUGGGUCCAUUGGUUGAAAAUUAUUUUUUUAUUUCCCUCCAAUUGUAGACACACAAUCUAAAUAUUCAUCCCAAAUUUAAAACUUAAAAGAGUUUUGUUUCCAUAUUCUCAUUAUGAAAAACAGGAAAUGGACACUGAUUACAGGACAUCUAUAAGAAGGGCAAUUCUGGACUAUGUACUUCUUGACCCUACAGAACAAGACAGAUUAGGAUUACCUAUGGCACACAAGGUUUGAAAUUAACGUGGCAAUUUAUAUCAAAUAACAAGUUUCUAACUUCCUUUGAAAUUGUAAAGGUUUUUUAAAGUAUUAGUUUAAAAAUUGGGUUUUUAUUUCUUAAGAAUAUAAAGAAAAAAGUUAGUUUGCGAUCAUGUUUACUUUCCAAACAUAAGAAUAAAGAAAUGCAGAGAAUUCCUGUAAUUCAAAUUUCCUCUCAUGCAAACAUACAUUAGUUUGAAUUCGUAUAACUUUUUAAUUAUGGUCAAAGCAAAUGUAAUGUUAUAUCAUAUAUAUAUCUUUUUUAAUAGGUUUGUCAAAACUUUUUGUUGAAGCUAAAACCCCCAUCACUGUUAGUUUAAUAACCUUAUAAUUAUUUAUCUCCUUGGCUACAGCCGUCUCACCUGGCAGGGCGUGAUGGAUUUCCUUGGCAUGACAGUAUUUGCUUAGUGAGAGAAUUAAUGACAAGGGAACUUUUUGUCACGCAUCCAGUUAUGAGAAAAAUUCUCGAUGACUUCCAAUACAAGUAGGUAUUUACUGAAUUGUGAUCAAGUGUCUUAAUCGUCAUAUCAGAUUGUACACUCUGACUUUUGAUGGCAGUUAUUAAAACAAUUAAAAACAUUUAUGAGAAUAGGCGGCGCUUAAGAAGUGGAAUGAGCUGAAAGAAUGUUCCAGAAUGAAAUUAAAUGUAAAUAAUUUGUGAAUGGACUUUAUACCAUGAGAUGCAAAAAGCCCUUUCAUAGUAACAAGCUAGGCUAUUAUUUUGAGAAUUUUACCUGUAUGAUAAUAUCCAUCCAUCUAUCCCUGUGGUGCUACAGCCCAUGUAGGGCUUUGGCCUGCCUCACCUGUAUUGAUGAUAAUAUAAUUCUUGAUAAAUUUUAAAUUUUUGAAAAACAUGCUUAAGUUUAGUAUUUCCCAAAUGUAAAUGUCAUUAAGUUUUUCACUCUUUUAAAUUUUUAGAAAGUAUUAAAUAUCUCCGACAGACAUUAUAACUCCUUUAUCUGUUUAGGUCCGCCUAUGACCUGUGAUGCACCCUCCUUGCCCUGCCUUAUUUUCUGUCUCGGGUUGAUCCUGUAGUAUAGGCCAAAACGUGCCAAAGUGUCCUCGUUUUAUAGCCAUUUUAAUUGUUUCUAUAGUAUAGUAGUUACUAUCCUAAUGUCUCAUUUUUAUUUUACUUAGUUUACAUGUUUUUAAUAAUUGUAAAGCGCUUAGAGCUUUAAGGUAAGCGCUAUAUAAAAAUGCCUAAAUAAAUAAAUAAAUAACUAUAAAAUGAUGCAGUUAGUUAGAAUGAGAAGUCUAAUAAUGAAAGUAAUUGGUAUAGAAUGGUAUCACAAAUGAACAAAAUCUUUGUGGUUUUAAAAGGCAAAAUUGUAGUAGAGAAACUCAUGUAAAGCUUUUAUCAUUGGCGGGAUUAAGGCGGCUCUACACCUGGAGUUAUCGUCCUUACGAUCCUGUGGUUUUAACCACCAAUUGUUGAUUGAAUAGCAUUUCCUUGAACUAAGAGUUUCAAACCUCAGUCUAGUUUUAUUCCAAUGGUACAAAUACUUUGUUCACCUGUGAUAUAAUUUUUGGGGAAUUUGAAAAUGUGAACUUUUCAUCAGAUUGAGAUCCAUUUCAUGUCCACAGGUACAAAGACUUCAGACUUAUUGAUAUACCUGGACUGAAAGCUUUGAUGCCAAUCACGAUGGAGACGUUUCUGAAACAUGUUCAAGAUUCUAGCAGGGCAGGGGCAGGGGUGCUGGAGAAUGUUUGGUUGGCUGACUGCUGUAACCUGAUUGAUCAGCUGCGAGAUGAAGUUGAAGCAUGGAUGCCACCUGAUACUGUAUGUGAUUUUUUUGUUCUUUCUGGAUUUCACUAUUAUCUAGUUAGAGAGUGAAUAUUUUAAAAGCCUAAAAUUAUCCACCAAUGAAAAUUAGUUUAGCAGAAUAAGUAAUAAAGCGCACAGUUGAUGUUAUGAAAGAAUUAAUUGCUACAACUUUAGGUUAUGAGAUUAUUACAGUUGAAGGGUUAGAAUUAAGUAAUGAUUCGUUCUGCCUUAAAAGAAUGUAAUCUUUGGAAAAUAACUGACUUUGAUUAACAUGAUGUAAGUUCAGAGUUUUUAUUCAAAAGCUAGAAAAAGAAAAUUCACACAUUUCUCUUUUUUUCCCCUCCUUCCUACCCGACAGCAAGCCAGAAUAAUCAUGAUGGACCAUUUCUUCAAUAGCGUUGCCUCUCUCAUGUCAUUGUUGCUACGUCAGUGUGUGGAGAACUCUAUCAAGGAUCUGGUUGAAAUUGUUGAGAUUUACUACCAAGGAAAUAUGUAUGAGGGUGACUACAAUAUCAUGGCUGGACUUGGAUUACCCACCAUGUUGCACCCUGUCACCUUCUUCUUGGUAAUUCAUUGGGGAUUAAAUAUAACAUGUUUUGCAUUAAUUUAUCUGGAUUUAGCAGGUAUCAAACUGUUUUGUUUCAUGAUUAACUGAUGUAUAAAAAUAAUCCUUGUAUGUAUAAAAAUCUGUUUAACAAAAUCUAAAAUUAAAGUUGAGGAAAACUUGUUACAGGAAGAAGACAUUGAAAACUCUAAUCUCCAUUUCCGGCCCAGUAUUCUUGACAUCUGUGACUUCUUUGCACUCCUUAUCGAUACAAUGAUACUCAGUGUGCGGAACCUUACUAGGCUUGAGCAUAGACUCUUCCAGAGUGUACGUUUGAAAUUUUAUUUUACAUUUAAAAAAUAUCAUUUUCUUUAUUGUGAACAUAAAUUCUAGUGCCUUUUUUGAAUUUUUUUUGUAUGUGGCUAAAACUUAUGAAGACUUACUCUUAAAUUUCUCAAAUGGCAUUAAGUAUUUAAUCAAAUUUUGUUUAAAAAGUGAUGUUGAAGUUGAAAACCAGUUAACUACAUGGUAUUUGUGAUGGCAAAAUACAAAAGCCAGUGUAGAAUGGAUUUUAUUUUUUGUUAGACAUUCACUAAAAUCUAAAUAUGUAUAACUAUGAAAAACUGAAGACUUUUAGCUAAUUAUUUUAUUUAUUAGAAUACAUGUUUUCAUCCAGUAUUUUUUUUCUAAACUUACAUCACCUUAACUUGGUCCUGCAUAUGAAAUAAGAAGUUCUCAUUUUCUCUUAAAGGUUGAAGAUCUGGAACAACGUGUCAUUUUAUCAAUAGAAAUUGACGAAGAACUUGUAGAAGUGGCCAAAGAUAAAAUUAGAACUGUUGUGCUAGCCAAUGGCCAUGGACCUAAGAAGUAAGUUUUUGAAGUGCAGUGCAUUGGUUAACCACACUAGAAAAUACAGAGAAAUUUUCUUACUUUGCAUCACACUUGUGUUUGUGCUCUUUAUAAAGUAACCAUUAUUUCCUCUGCCUCUUUGAUCCCUUCCAUCUGGUAGCAGUAGACAUUCAACUGUCAGCAUAUUUUUACCCUGGCCUUGAUUAAAUGGUAAUCAAAUUUUUAAACAUGAACUCCAUGAAUACUGAAGAGGUGAUAAUGAAAAGGUUUAAAAAUAUUUGCAUUAACUUUAGUUCGGAAAUUAAUAUUGCAUAUCAUCACAAUGUUAACAUAAUUUUGAUCAUAUUAUAGGUACAGAUCCGUGUAUGACCCAUUCAAAUAUUUGUACACUAAAGAAACGGAAGGACAGGUGCUAAAGUUUGUAAACCGUGACCAUUCUCUGAAGGAAUAUGUGGCCGCCAUUGAAAGAUUGAAGAAAAUGGCUUCCGAUGUUGGAUCUCUGCCUGUAUAUGUACCUAUGCAUUUUUUCCUCUUGGACUGUUCCCAUCUGAAUCAGGUGUUUAUUUCUUUGUUUCUAUUGAUUAUUGUUAUAAACUGAAAUUAGUCAAAUCUGAAAUUACCUUUUUAAUAUGCAAAGAGGAAGAAUGACAAAAUGUUAAAAAUAUCAAAUUUUGAUGCCACAAAGUUAGCAAUAAUUAUAGGUUUUGUUUAUAUAAUAUACCCCAAUGCGUGAGCGAGUCUCGUAAUGUCUUAAUUUGUGAAUCAUUGCCUUUGAAACAUAUUUAAUGAAAUGAUAAGGGUUUAAAUUUGAAAACAAAAUGAUAUAUUGCUUUACUCACAUAUUUUGUUUACAAAUAUUGUUUCCCCCAGUGGUUGAUCGACACGGCUAGAAAACACAUUGACACCAUGGUGAAAAAGAUUACCGACACAAACAGUAAAUUCAACCGCCAGAUUUGCUCACAGUAUGAUACUAUCGUUAAAAAAAGUUCCUACCAGGCAGAGAACACAAGAGAACUUGUACAGCUGCAGGACUAUGUGGAGAACCUGAAAGUUGGAGAGCUGCUACAACUUAAGGUGUGCUGAGUAAAAUCCUUGUCCCUUUCACCAUAAAAGAUCAAACUUUGUUUUGUAAAAAGUUCUGAUGGAUACUUUAAGAGUUGUUUUAAUUGAUGGCUCAUGCCAGUCAGCCAUAGUUAGAAGUGAACCAUAUUCCCUCAGUUGGUAAAUUCUUCAUUUGUUUCACAUUGUAAAAAUUAUUGUAUUAUUCGUUAGUACUUUGGUCUUGAUUAAAGGGUGAUCAUCAUUACACUGCAGCCUUUGUUAACACAUCACACAUUAUCUCUCUUAGGACAAGCUGGAGAUUGCAGCAGCUAACAUGAUUUUUCUUAUGGAGUAUGCUUACCUGCCAAAAGAGGACAUCACAGUUCACAACACAACUUUUACUUGGCCAGAGAGAAUCGUUCCCAUAGUCAGAAAUGCGUAUGUUUAUGUUCAUGAAUAGUUUGCUAAAGGUGAUGGUUGAAUAAAAACCUCUCUUUUUUCACGGGUCAGUUCAUGUAAAAAGUUUAAAAUAAGGCAACAAGGUCAUUUAAAGAGUGCUUUAUAAAACAUCUAUUAAAAACAUUAAGACGUGAACAAGUGAAUAUUUUGAUUCCUAUGAUCUGUAUUUUAAUUCCCCUAUAAAUAAUUCACACAAAAUAAAUACUUGUCAUACACAAAUGACCAACAUCGAUGCAGUAAUAAAUGAUGAAAUGGUCAGCCUCUUGGCGUGUUAAAUGAUCAUCUCUGUAAGGCAUGUCUCCUUUUUAAAUCCUUAAUAUUAACUUCGCUUUUUUUCAUGGCUGGCAAAAUCAUUGGACGAUUAAAUAACCCACUUCCUGUCAUCCUAUUGAGCUUUUGUACAGAACUUAACAUACUUUUGUACAGACGUCAAUAUACUUUUGUACAGAACUUAACAUACUUUUGUACAGACGUUAAUAUACUUUUGUACAGAACUUAACAUACUUUUGUACAGACGUCAAUAUACUUUUGUACAGAACUUAACAUACUUUUGUACAGACGUCAAUAUACUUUUGCACAGAACUCAACAUACUUUUGUACAGACGUUAAUAUACUUUUGUACAGAACUUAACAUACUUUUGUACAGACGUCAAUAUACUUUUGUACAGAACUUAACAUACUUUUGUACAGACGCUAAUAUACUUUUGUACAGAACUUAACAUACUUUUGUACAGACGUUAAUAUCCUUUGUACAGAACUUAACAUACUUUUGUACAGACGUUAAUAUACUUUUGUACAGAACUUAACAUACUUUUGUACAGACGUUAAUAUACUUUUGUACAGAACUUAACAUACUUUUGUACAGACGUUAAUAUACUUGUGUACAGAACUGAACAUACUUUUGUACAGAUGUUAAUAUACUUUUUAAAAGAUUUUUUGGAAAGACGCAUUGCUGAUGACUACAUAUUCUAUCAAAUUUUCAGCCCCACCUCCAACCCAAAACCCCCAAAAUGGGUAAUGAUGAAGGAAAUAUGAUGCCACUAAUUGAAAAAAAAAUCAAAUUCCUGCUAAUUGACCUAAAUGAGAUUCUUUUUAAAAAAAUAUUGCCAGUGUGCUUUGUGCAUAGAUAUUUUCUUUUGUUUUUUUCUGGAGAAAAGUUGGUGAAAUAAAUCUGUGGGGUACAAGCUGACAGGUCAUUAGAAUAUAAGAAUAGUUCGGGGGCUUGAAAAAAAUGUGCGUUUGCGAGGAGAGGGGGGGGGGAGCACUAAAUUGUGAUUCUUAUAAAGUUCAUUACUUGCAUGGAUGUUUUUUCCAACUUUUCAGGGAAAAUAAACUACAGAGAGAGCAUGACCUGGCAUGCAGUAAGCUGAAGGAGAAAAAGAAACAGUUUGACCGCUUGCUGGAAGAGUAUUUGAAAAAGAUCAAAGACUUUGGUACCAAAGAUCGAAUGUCGGAGGCAGACAAGUACCUUGCUGAAUUAGAAGACAUCACCCUGAAAAUUGAAGACUUCAAAGAAAAGGUUUGUUCAGCAAAUGUUUCAUUACGUAUGAUCUCAUUGAUGUUCACAGAAAAGUUUAGGCAAAAAAAAAAGUAAAAGUUCUCCUGAGAGAUUCUCAAAUUCCUCCUAUUUGGAGCUUGUAGUAAGUUAGCUGUUCCUUAAAUAUUUAUUACAGAUAAAUUUUUGUAAGUGGUAAAAGUUCAAGGACAGAGUGACGACCAGUAACACUUCAUUCAGAUUUCAGAUCAAUGUAACACAUAAAAUGUUGCUGUUAUUACUUCUAUUGAAAACUCAUUUUACAAUAAUUUAUUAAGAACCAGUCCUAGUAUCACUCCACCGAUGCUAUAAUAUCAAUAUCUCUGAAAGACUAAUGUAAUGCUUAAAUAGUUUUUAUAUUUGAAUGAACUGAACAGAAAGCAGUGAUCAACCAAGAAGAGCAGAUGCUGGGACUUGACAUUCAAACAGAGUACAGACAAAUUGAUGAGAUUGUUGCUCGCAAAGAACCUUACGACAAACUGUGGUCAACGGCUGUUUUGUUCCAUCAAGUUCAUGACAAGUGGAUGAAUGGUCCUUUACUGGAGGUCAAUGCUGAAGAUGUAGAGGAAGGGGUGAGUUGGAUAAAUGGUUGAUUGGUUUCAGUUUUUUUUAAUGCCAAAGGUAAAAUUGCAAGAGUAGUUUUUUCUUUAAAAAAACUUUUGUUGAAAAAUAACAGUUAUCCUUUCAUGAUUCAUUUUAUGAAUGAAAUGGGAAAUAACACCCUACACAUACAAAAUGUAUGGCAGUAUUGGCAAUAUCUUCAAUAAUAAUAAUUAUGACGUAAUAGAUCCAGUAUUUAUUAACUUUUAUAGUAUACUCACUGGUUCUUGGCUAAAUAUUAUUAACCUGAAAUAUGAUUAUUUUUUACUUAACAGGUACAAAAUUUGUGGCGCAUUGCUUAUAAGCUUACAAAAGUGUUUGCCCACUCAGAGUUCAAAGGUCCAAUGAGAGCUUCAGCAACCAUUAAAUCAAAAUUAGAAAAGUUCAAGAUCAAUAUGCCACUUAUCACUGCUCUAUGUAAUCCAGGCAUCAAGCAGAGGCACUGGGAUCUCAUGAGUGAGAAGGUGAAUAGAGCCUGUUAAAAUAGCCUUUAAAAUAUAGGAAGCUUUAAAAAUCUUCAAGUUAAAUAUAGGAUUUUAUUUGAAAAAAUUACAAAUCUAUGAAAUUAUUAUUUUUUGGGUUGUAUUUUUGUAUUUUAGUUAUAAAUUAUUUCACCAUACCCAUGCUUCUCAAAGCCCCAAAUUUAAAUGCUAAAGCAUGAUGACAAAAGAAUGAGUUGGAGAGAUAAUUCAUCAUUAUAUAAGUCUAUUUUUGUUUUUGUUGGAGCUAGAGCAUUAGAGUUUUCUGCUCGCUGUAUCUGUCUUUGCAUGUAGAACUGACCUGAGUUAAAGAUAAGAUGAUGUCCAUAUUUAUGUAAUGCAAUGCAGAAAAAUAUCUGGCUUCCCAACCAUUAGAACUCCAAAGUUAUCAGCAUAAGAAAUACUUGAACUCAUAUGAUUUUCAGGUUGGCUUCAAUGUGACCCCCAAGGCAGACACUCCUUUGCAGGAAGUCUUGCAAAUGGGUUUAGAAAAAUAUGUCGAGGAUCUGAUGGGCAUCAGCUCACAAGCAAGCAAGGAAUAUGCACUGGAGAAGGUCACUUUGUUUUUAUUGAUUAUUAGGAAAAGCAUUGUUUUUAUUAUUGUUGUUAUUAGUGAUUUAAAAAUGUUUGAAAAACUUACAUUCCUUGAGUAAUAUGUACUUGUUGUCAACCAAAACUUACUAUCUUAAUGUUGAAAUAUUUAAGUAUUACAUUUGAAAGUUCAUUCUUAUCUUGUCAUCAUUUGUAUUUUCUAUAUGUUUCAGGCCUUAAAGAGGAUGAAAGAUGACUGGGGCGGAAUGCAGUUUCAAUUUGUGCAAUACAAGGACUCUGGUGUAUCAAUCUUGGCUUCUUUUGAUGACAUUCAGGUGGGUCUGUGAUUAUAAUUUUAUAUAUUACAUAUAUAUAUUUGAUUACAUACAGGUUUGUCUGUGACUGUAAAUAUUUUAUAACAUUCAGGUGGGUCUCGGGGCAUUCAUGUGGGUCUUUGAUUGUAAACAUUUGAUGACAUUCAGGCUGGUCUGUGAUUGUAAACUUUUGAUGAUAUUGAUCCUUUUAUAUCAACCUUACAACUCGGUGUUGUUAAAGAUACCCCAAAAAAAACAAAAACAAUUAUCCAACAUGUUUAGUAGUUAUGUUAAACACCAUAAAUGUCGAUUAGAUUUAAUCUGCUUCUUGUUUCCUUUAUUUACAUUUUUUUCCCAAUGUUAUUCUUUUAAAGAAAGUGCAAAUUAUUAGCAAAAUUCUUGUCUCUUUUCUAAAGUAUUAUUAAAAUUUAAGUAAUACUUAUAACGGUGUGACUUUCCUUUUAGGUUCUGCUAGAAGAUCAUAUAGUCAAAACCAUGACAAUGAAAGGUUCCCCGUUUAUCAAGCCUUUUGAAGAUGAAAUCAAUCAAUGGGACAAUUUACUGGUAUCAGAUAUUUAAAACUUGUGAUUAAUUUUGUAAACCUUGGAUGUAGUUUUUUAAAAGCUCAUUUAUUGGGGAAUCAUCUAAAAUUACAACCAUAUCUUUAUUUGUAUUAACUGAGGUUGACCUUUUCAGCAUCGGAUGAAGAGCAUUCUUGACUCAUGGCUUCGGGUUCAAUCAGCAUGGCUUUACUUGGAACCUAUCUUUAGCUCUCAGGAUAUUCGUAACCAGAUUCCCGUGGAGGGUAAAAUGUUUGAGGAAGUUGAUGGCCAUUGGUUAGUAUUUACAACACCAAUUCACUAGCUUGUCAGUCAAAUGAAACAUAUAUGUUCAGUUUUCCACUUUUAUCUGCAAACUUUUUAAUAUUAACGUAAUUUACUUUAAAAGAUAAGUGGUCUAUAUUAUAUAAAAAGAAAUUGCUUUUGUAUUUUUAUUCUACUCAGGAGAGACAUAAUGUUGAAGUCUGUGGAAAACACAAAAGCCUUAGUUGUAGUAUCCCAGGAUGCAAUGCUAGAAAAACUUCAGCACUCUGAGGUACAGAUAUAGCGUUUCUUGUCUUUUUGUUCUCUCAUUAAAAGAAACAUCAUUUAUUACAAUUGCAUUGACUUAUAUGAAACUCUGAAAGAAUGUUAAUUGUGUUUAUUAGGGAGAGUAGGAUUAAAUAAACAUUGUCAAAACCAUAAGAAUCGAUUAAAUAUUUUUGCCCUAGUCAGUAACCAAACAACACCACAGUAAUUUUACAUAGUUUGAAAAAUUGAAUUCCUAAAUAAUUGUUACUUAUUUAAUGGUCAUAACUUGACAAUUGGCAUUUAAAAAUGUACCAGGUUUCAUAUUUCUUGAACCAUAUUCCAGUCUAUGCUUGAUGACAUACAAAACAUAUUUAUUGAACUGUAUUCCAGUCUAUGCUUGAUGAUAUACAAAAAGGCCUCAAUGAUUAUCUUGAAAAGAAGAGGUUGUUUUUCCCUAGGUGAGUACAAAUGGACACAGUAUCACAAUAUAUUAUUUUUAACCAAUAUGUUAUAAUUUUUUUGUCUGUAAAAAUAUUUAUUAUUUUUUUGGUAUGUUACUAAAGUUGUAAAUAUUUGUACUGUUGAACUAUAAAUUCUUAAUUGAUCAACAUUCGGAAUAAGUUUCACAGGACAGUAGACAUUUGAAGUACUAAAAGAUCAUCCAAAAAUGCACAGUUAUUCAGAAAGCAAAUUAACCGAAGCCCUAGGUUCAUUUCAGUUUUAACAUUCUGAUUUUAAACAUGUCAAUUGGAAACUAUUGGAGAUGUUAAUUUAUAAUUCUGUCUCAUGUUUCCACUCCUGUAGAUUUUUUUUCCUGUCCAAUGAUGAGCUCCUAGAAAUUCUCUCAGAGACCAAGGAUCCUCUGCGAGUGCAGCCCCAUUUGAAAAAAUGCUUUGAAGGCAUUGCCUGUUUGACCUUUACUUCUGAAAAGAUCAUCACCGCCAUGGAAUCGGCUGAAAAAGAAAGGGUGGAGUUUGCCAAGACAAUAAUACCAGCAGAUGCUCAGGGAUUGGUGGAAAGAUGGUUGCAACAAGUAUGUGUUACUUUAUAUUGCACACCGUAUUUAUGUUAGUGUAACUGCAGCCAUUAAGUUAAUGGAACAGCAGAAGCUCCCUCUAGCAGGCUCACUUCCCUAGAAGUGGCACCAUAGUUCUUGGUCCCACAGAUGAAAGUUAUUAUUACAGACCUGUUUACCCUCAAACUCUUAAAAUCAUACAAUCUCAUCACAAAAUCGUUCAAUACAUUAUCUUAAUAGAAACAAAGUAAACAUACAGCAGAUAAAAUGUAUACACCUCAAAAUUGUACAUUGUACGCUGCCAAAAUCGUGAGAGUAAGUCUGCGAUAAUAAAAUUUGGUUUUGCUUCUGUGAUUUUUUUAAUGUCAUUCUUAUAAUGUUAUGCUGAUUUGACCUCCAUAGGUUGAAGAGGUGAUGAAGCUCAGCUUGCGGGAAGUGAUGGGCAAAGCUGUGCAAGCCUAUCCUAAGACCAAACGUGGGGACUGGGUGCUACAGUGGCCAGGACAAAUUGUGCUUGCUGCCAGUCAAAUCCAUUGGACCGCUGAGGUUACUCAGGUGAAUUCAACCAGAAUGUCUCCAGUUGUAAAAAAUAGAAGUUGAGAUCUGAGAAUUCAUUCAUGUUUUUGUUUUUAGCUGUUUGCAUUGGAAAGAAAUGUGUUACACAUGUUAACGCCUUUGCUAAGGAAAAAUGCAAUUACAGUAAUUUUGUUAGAUAAUCUGGUUCAUGAACACUAUAAUAGAAAGCAAAGGUUUUAAUUGAACGUUUCUCCGAAAUAAACUCUCAGGCCAUCAGAUUUGGAGGUCUCAAAGCUUAUCUGGCUCGCAGCAAUAAGCAGGUGGAGGAGAUUGUUGAGAUGGUCAGAGGGAAACUGUCAAAGAUGGCCAGGAUCACUCUUGGCGCUCUCAUUGUCAUUGAUGUUCAUGGUGAGAUCACUCAGAGUAUUCUCUUUAUGUCUUUGAUAGUAGAGUACAAGCGUUACUUUUUGGUGAUAGUUUAUGACAUGGGUAUUCUUAUAUACAGUGAUAGUCUAUGACAUGGGUAUUCUUAGAUACAGUGACAGUCUAUGACAUGGGUAUUCUUAGAUACAGAGAUAGUUUCUGACAUGGGUAUUCUUAGAUACAGUGAUAGUUUCUGACAUGGGUAUUCUUAGAUACAGAGAUAGUUUCUGACAUGGGUAUUCUUAGAUACAGUGAUAGUUUCUGACAUGGGUAUUCUUAGAUACAGAGAUAGUUUCUGACAUGGGUAUUCUUAGAUACAGUGAUAGUUUCUGACAUGGGUAUUCUUAGAUACAGAGAUAGUUUCUGACAUGGGUAUUCUUAGAUACAGUGAUAGUUUCUGACAUGGGUAUUCUUAGAUACAGAGAUAGUUUCUGACAUGGGUAUUCUUAGAUACAGUGAUAGUUUCUGACAUGGGUAUUCUUAGAUACAGCGAUAGUUUCUGACAUGGGUAUUCUUAGAUACAGUGAUAGUUUCUGACAUGGGUAUUCUUAGAUACAGAGAUAGUUUCUGACAUGGGUAUUCUUAGAUUACAAUGUUUCUCAAUAUUUUUACCAGGUACAUAUUUCUUAUUCUUUAUUAGUUGCCAAUUACUUAUUUCCCUAUUUAAAUGUUCACAAAUUAUGUCUCAAACACCAAAUCAGCCAGGGACGUGAUCAGCAACCUGUUUAGUAUUGGUACCUCGAGUCCUGAUGAUUUCUCCUGGAUUUCCCAACUACGCUAUUAUUAUGAAGCUGCAUCAUGUAACGUGCGGAUGAUCACAACCUUGGUUGCUUAUGCUUAUGAGUAUCUUGGAAACUCGGGUCGUUUGGUCAUCACCCCACUCACAGACAGGUGUUACAGGUAAGAAAUGUCUCACAUAAUAUAUACCCAUAGAUAUCUGAGGGUGCUGUGUAUGACUUACAAACAAAUUCAUGCCUGCAAUUUAUUUUCUAUACUGAGUAUCUCUACUAACUCAAUUUUUCUCUGAAUUUGUACAGCCAAUUCGAACAAAUUUUUUGUUAGUAAAUGAAGAUGUAUGCUUAUAUUUAUGUGUCCUUACCUAUCUCUUCCUAGAACCUUAAUGGGAGCUCUGCUUCUAAACCUGGGCGGUGCACCUGAAGGACCAGCAGGUACAGGAAAAACUGAAACAUCCAAAGAUCUGGCCAAAGCUGUAGCAAAACAGGUGAUAUUAAGUCAAAAGAUAUCAUGUAAAUUUUAAACAAAUUGAAUCUAUGAUAACUAAUAGGCCUUAAGAUGUAUGUUUACUAACUUUAUCAAUGAAAAUUUAUCCUGAUGUUUUAUUAAUGGAAGUUUAGUGUCAUAAAAUAAGUUAGAUCUCAUCAUUUUAAGAGUUGUAUACAAUAAACCAGGUAAUAUUUUAGUCAUUACAUUUCAUCUCAUGAAUGAACAUAAUGUUGACCACGCCUACCACCGCUAACGGUUCCUUCCUCCAGUGUGUUGUGUUCAACUGCUCGGAUGGCCUGGACUACAAAGCCAUGGGGAAGUUUUUCAAAGGUCUCGCUCAGUCUGGUGCCUGGGCAUGUUUUGAUGAGUUCAACAGGAUUGAGCUGGAGGUGGGUCUUAUUGAAGGGCUCAUUUAAAUAAGAACAAAUUCCAACUUUUUAUUUGCACACUUUUGGGUCCAUUCUUAAGCUUGAAACAAUUUUUCAAUCAUUUGAAAUUCAUUCCAUCAUCACUAUGAUAGAAAAUGUUUUCAUUUAUCUCAAAUAAACAAUUUUUAACUUAAAGAAAAUGCAAUAGUUAACGUAUUUUGAUAUAUUGGCCGGAAAAUGCAUUAAAUCUUUUAUAUAAAUUGAACAAUAAUUUUACAGGUUGAGUUAUUUAUCCCAGCAACAUUUAAGAAUUGCUACAAGAUAUUACUAUACAUGUCAUUUCAGGUCCUCUCUGUUAUAGCUCAACAAGUGCAAACUAUCCAGCGGGCCAUCAUCGACAAGGCUGUGACAUUCAUCUUUGAAGGCACUGAAAUCUCACUAGAUCCCACUUGUACCAUUUUUAUUACCAUGAACCCAGGCUAUGCUGGAAGGGCUGAGUUGCCAGAUAAUCUCAAGGUAAAGUUUCUCCAAAAUGACAAUAACAAAAUAAUAUAUUAUAAAUUUUUACAUUAUUUUUCAUAAAUUAUAUUAUUCUGAAUAACAUAAAAAUCGGCCCUGUGAGUCAGCUUCUCUAUUUCUAUUAUCUCCCCUUUAGUUUAUGACAUUGCCUAACUGAAAUAGGUCAGGAGGCUUUCCUAUAUAGUUUUAAAAAAAUAAUAAUUUAUUCAAAUGUUUAUAAUUUAUACUGUAUCUGGUGCUAUACCAUUAAGGACACAUGGCUUUUGUUUAAGUGUCAGAUAAUGGUCAUUGUUUAAGAAUAAAAAAUGUUCUAUUGCUGUGACAUCCAAAAGUCAAAGUAAUGCUAAAAGGUUUUUUAAGUCUACAUUUUGUUCAACUCAGUUUAUAGUCUAGACCAGACUUUAAUAGCAUUGCAUUACAUGCUUGCACAUCCCUUCUGCUCAGGUGUUGUUUCGCACUGUGGCUAUGAUGGUGCCUGACUACGCUAUGAUUGCCGAGAUAUCUCUCUACUCAAAUGGUUUUGUCAGUUCAAGAAGUCUGGCCACUAAGAUUGUGGCUACAUACAGACUGUGUUCAGAACAGGUGAGAUCUUGUAUAAUGGUUGUCUCACAAAUACAUAUGUAUUAUAUCUGUGCUAAGCAUAAACAUCUUUAUAGGAAUAUACAUUUUAACAUAUAAUUCUCUAGAAUUCUCUCAGCCCAUAAAUGUCUAUGAAAAAAAAAAUUAAAGAAACAAAUAUAAACCAAGUCUACCUACCUUGGAAUGAAGAUGAAAAUUUGUUCAUUAAAAACUUGUAUGGAUAUUUUGGACUAUUCUUAAUGCUCUUACAGUACAUUUAAAUAUUCUGAAACAUUUUAAAUAUAUCUGAACAUUUUUAGGCCUCCACAAUAAAAUUAGGAGCAGAUACAAAUUAUUUCUUGUGGAUUGAAAGAAAAUCUGUCCUGAUAAACUACAUUCACCACAACAUUUCAUUCAAAAUCAGAUUUCAUUCAACAUCAGAUUUCAUUCAACAUCAGAUUUCAUUCAGUUAAUUUGUCCUUGAAUUUUACCCCUCUUAGACUUAAUACUUGAAGCUUAUAUUUACAGCUAUCAUCCCAGCAUCACUAUGAUUAUGGUAUGAGGGCAGUGAAGUCUGUGCUGACAGCUGCAGGCAACUUGAAGCUCAAAUAUCCAGACUAUGAGGAAGAUGUUCUGGUGCUCAGGUCUAUUAAUGACGUAAACUUACCUAAGGUAAAAAACUGCAGAUGCUCCUCUAUGUUAUUUUUCACAUCACUGUUUUUAUAAUUUAAUUAAAAUGUCCUGAAACUAAUAAGUUAUGAAAUUUUAUGCUGCAUAAUGUUACUCUGUUUUUUUUGUUUUUUUUUAUAUUUGACGUUUCCAAUUAAAGUCAAAGAAGUAUUUAGUUUCUAUAAGUAUUAACUAUCUAUAUGUCUGUUUCUAUAAGCAUUAACUGUCCAUAUGUCUGUUUCUAUAAGUUAAUUCUGUAUAUAGGCCAAUGUUUCUAUAAGCAUGAACUGUCUAUAUAUCUUUUUCUAUAAGCAUGACCUGUCUUUACAUCUGUUUCUAUAAGGAUGAAUUGUGUAUUUCCAGUUUCUAUCAGAUGACAUUGAGUUGUUCAAAGGAAUCACGUCUGACCUCUUCCCUGGCGUUACAUUACCCAAUCCAGACUACGCAAGUCUUGAAGAAGCCCUGAUUGAGAAGAUCAAACAAACAAACUUGCAAACAGUUCCUUGGUUCAUUACUAAAAUUAUACAAGUAAAUUUGUUGAUCACAAUGCUUUUUAAAACAAAAUUGACAUUGAUUUGAUAAACUUUGUACACAAAGAAAGUUCUAUGUAUGUCAGUAAAAAUGUACAAAGAAAAAUCUUUUAUAAGAUUAUAAAGUAUUGACAUUUGUUAUAGUCACAAAAGAAUUGUGGCCACUUUUAAAAUAAAAUAAUUUAAGAUGUCUUUAAAGCUGUAUGAAAUUGUUUGGCAUUUUUACUUACUAAUGAAAGAUGUUUGAAUUUUAUUUUAGCAAAUGAAGUUGUGGUCCUAAAUGUUUUUAUAUGGUCAUCAUCAAAGAUGAUGACAACAAAAAAUCAAAUACAAUUGUUUUAAAACGCUACUUUUACUUUGCUUGUAGAUCUAUGAGAUGAUCCUGGUGAGACAUGGCCUGAUGGUUGUGGGAGACCCACUUGGAGGGAAAACAUCAGCAUUUAAAACUUUAGCAGGGGCCUUGGCCACAUUACACAGCAAGGGCUUGAUGGAAGAAAACUCGGUGAGAAGUCAUAUUAAUUCUUUGUUGCAGCAAGAUUAUUUCUUAUGGUAACAGUGUUCAUCCCAUUUAGAGAAUCUGACAAGGCAACUAAUGCUUUAACUACACUGACUGUUUGUUCAUUUACAUGUUGAGAGGCAAAAGGAUAUGAAAAAUAUAGCCAAUCAUAGAAAAAUAAAAUAAUACAAACUUUUAACUAAUACAUGUAUUUCUGCUCAAUUUGAACUUUUUUCUUUGUUUUACACGCAUUUAUUGUUGUUAUUUACAAUAAAAAAAGUAUUUCUUUUGGUAAACUGCAUAUUUCUUUUGCUUUGAAAUUUAAAAAAAAAAGCUUUAAAAAAAACUAAUAUCAAUUUUUGAUGCAUUUGUGUGUGUCCAGGUUCUAUACAGUAUCAUCAAUCCUAAAGCUAUCACUAUGGGUCAGUUAUAUGGAAGGUUUGAUCCAGUGUCUCAUGAAUGGACUGAUGGUAAGCACAAAUCAUUUAAGUUUGAUACAGUAAAUAUAAUUUGAAUUGAAACAAAUUAUGUGAUACAGAAACCAAGUAGAAUCAAUGAUGUAAUAAAUCUUGGAUGAAAGACAUUCGUGACAAAUAUAAGUCAAGUAUUAAUAGCAUUCCCUGUAUCACUGCCCUUUGUUGAGACCACUUGGUUAUAUGGUUAUAAUAAUUUCAAUACAAAUUUCCUUUUUUUGAGAAUGAUUCAAGUCUAAGUGUUAUUUCAGUAUGAGCCAAAAGUAAUAGUACUGAAAUCCAUCAUCUUGAAUGUGUAUGUGGAUCAGUCAAAGGUGCAUAACUUCAGCCACCACCUGUUCCCAGAAGUGAAAACGAUUAUGUGUUGAGCAUUUUUUGUUGAAAAUGAGUCUCAUGUUGGAGAAAACUAUUUUCAUAGUUGACCAUCAUUUUCAUUCGCACUUUUAAGUAAUUAUGUGAUUGUAAAGGGGAAUCAUGUUUGAAUAAAGGUGUAAGAACGAUUCCAAAAUACGGCACCAAGAAACAAAGUUAUAUUGUCUAUUGAUCAACCAGUACAUUUUUCAAUAAUGAGAAUCACACCAUGUUCUCCAAAAGGCGCUGCAUUCAGCCCUAUUAAACCUAUGAGGAACAUCCUACAAAAUUAACAUCAGAAAUAAUACCGUCCAUUAUUUAAGGACAAAGGUGCAUUUUUGUACCCGAUACAGGUUCCAGAUUUUUAUAGGAAUGAGUGGUUCUCAGAGUCACAUUUGUUAAUGUUAGAUCCCUUCCAUUGACAGAGUAAUGUUCCAGAACAGUGUUACUUGGUGCCUUUUUAAAAAAAAAUCUCUUAUAAGAUAAGAUAAGAUUCUUUUAUUGAUCCAAAUAAAUGGAAAUGUUUUUUUAUUGCAUUAUACAUUAUCAGCACAUAAAUAAAACAAUUUGAACACAAGACAUUUAUAAUAAAUUAUUUCAAACAGCCAUUCAGUGAGUUCUCUUAGCAAAAUCGGGGACUUAUUAGUUCUCAUUCAGAUGUGUGACUUCAGAGGAAGCACGCUGGUAAAUUCGUACAGAUUGGGGAACAAAAGAAUUUUUAUAUUGGUCAGUCAUCGCCCUGAUGGAAAGAAUUCAUCCCGAACGGCCCGAACCUAAGUAUCUAGGAUGAAGAGGGUGGGAUGUAUCAUCCAAAAUGUGUUUAGUUUUGCAAAAACAUCUUUCUUCAAAUAGUUCUUCAAGUGAAGGAUGUUUAGUUUGUGUUAUGUUUCUAGCUUUCUUGAUUAGUCAGUUUACACGGUGUUUAAUAUCAGACGUUGAAUUCCCACACCAGCAGGUAAUACUGAAAUUAAGCAGGCUUCCAAUAGUUGCACUGUAGAAUAAGUUAAGGACUUGCUUGUUUACGCCAAAAUUGUACAGUUUUUUGAGGUAGAACAGUCUUGGUUGAAUUUCUUAUACAGGAUUUGGCCGUGCUCAUGCCAUGUUAGCUUAUUAUUAAUGGUGACACCUUAGUACUUGUAUGCCUCCACUUUCUCCACAUUUUGAUUUUUUAUGUUGAGAUCUGUAAUCAGGUGUUUCCCCCUCCUGAAAUCAACAACCAUUUCCUUUAAAAAGGAAAUUUGUAUUGAAAUUAUGGCAUUGUUCUUCGAGCUUUUUUAAAACAAGGUCACCCUCUACAUUCACUAACGCAUGAGGGAAAAUAUUGAUGAACAGUAAAUACUUUUCCCUUCAUGGGGAGACCCAUUUCAAACAAAAACUGGAGAACAAACAUAUAAUGCUUUUCACUUCUAUGGUCACGUGGCAUAUGGUUGACAUACACAAGUACAAAUUCAAGAUGCUUGAGUUUCAGUAUUACUAGUUCUAGCGCAUGCUGCACUUGCUCUGGUUAUAAGUAACCUCUAUUCAGUAGCAUUUGUCUACAUUUUUUUAAAGAUAUAAGCGAAAAAAUAAUAAUUUUUUCUACAUUUACGUUUGUACUGUUCAGGUGUGCUGGCAAACACUUUUCGUGACCACGCAUCAAACACAAACCUUAGCCGUAAGUGGAUAAUCUUUGAUGGGCCCGUUGAUGCUGUGUGGAUUGAAAACAUGAACACAGUGCUUGAUGACAACAAAAAGGUAAUCAAAAUUACUUUCUUACUUGGCAAUGUUCUACAUGUAUAGACUCAAAGACCUUUGGUCUGUGUCAACUAAACAUCAGAUACAAAGAUGUAAUCUACCGUCUAAUAGUACUUUUCCAGUUUUUCAUUGGUAGAUGAAAAUUGUAGCAUGGUUGCCUUAAUUAAUUCUAUUGAUAUAUUUGCAGCUGUGCCUAAUGAGUGGAGAAAUCAUUCAAAUGAACAACACACAGAAUAUGAUCUUUGAGCCACAAGAUUUAGAACAAGCAUCUCCUGCAACUGUGAGCAGGUGAGUUAUAUUAUAAAUAGCUUCUGAAAUGUCUAUUGGAAACAUUUCAAAUGAAUGAAUGGAUUACAUCUUUUUGAAAUCUUGUCUUAAACACUUCCCUGUGAGAUUUAGUAAUCAUGAAGACAAAAUAAGACUGAACGGUUUGUCUUCACAGAUGUGGGAUGAUUUACAUGGACCCCCUACAGCUUGGUUGGGAACCACUGGUCACAUCAUGGAUGGUGACAGAACUGCCAGAUUCUUUAAAGAAAGACCAAAGAGAAAUGAUAAAGGUUUGCCAAACACCAAACCAUGCCUUCACUUCCAAGAGCUGUUUUAUCUUUAUUUUAAUUAUAUCUCUUUUUAAUAUUUUUCAUUGACUCUUUAUUACAUAUGUAAAUUAAAAAAAAUCCAAUACAAAUAUUAUUAUUUUCAUGGUUUAUAAAUCCCUUUGGGUUUGUUCCAAACUCAUGUUUGUUGUUUAUAAACUUGAUCCCAGUUAGUUGAGUAGGGCUUCUUAAAGCAGGCCCAAAUUAUUUCAUUUUUUUUUUUUAAUUUAUUAUUUUAAUCUGAAUAGUUUCUUUCCUUUCAAUUGACGAUGUCAUCAACGAAUCCAUGUUUUCUUAGCCAAACCAUAGCAGCUACAAAUGAUAUGAAAGCAGAUGUGAUACAAACCAACACAUUUAGAUCUUUUGUCUCCGAAAAUAGUUUUUUUUCGUUUGUGGUCAUACCCCAUAGAAAUGUUUAAUUUGGAUUAUUCUUCCUGGAAAGAUUUUGGAUUACUGGAAUACUUAAAGAAUCGCCUAAUUUUUAUAUAUAAAAAUUGCAUUCACUAUUUAUAUUCUCCACUAUAUUUUAAGAAACUUCAUCAUACUUGAGAUAAGAUUUAAAAUUAUUUGUUCUUUGGUGUUGGAGCUAUUUGUUAAAAAUUGCUUUUAUAUGCUGUGCAUUAUUCUUAGUUAUCACCAGUUGAUUAACCUGAAACAUUAUUUCGUUCUCGAACUUGAUGUAACUACUAUUUUUGACAGCUCUUGUUUGAGUGGAUCUUGCCUCCCUGCCUGACAUUUGUGGCCAGAUCAUGCAAACACCUGCUACAGCUGCACCCAAUGCACUACACAGCAAGUUUACUCAAGCUUUACUCUUGUCUUAUGGAGGAAGUCAAGUAUGUCACCAUCAGUUAUGUUGUCAUUAAUUGAGCCAUGCUACUGACAUUAAUCACAGUUAUAUUGCUGUUUAUCCGAUCGCUAAUAUUUUUGUAUAUGGACAUGGGUUUCUGGUUUCAGCAGUUUAUUUUGUUCUGGUUCAUGACAUUUUUUUUUUAAGGAAACUCGGUAAGGAUGAUGAAGAUGAGGAUAAUUUUGUUGAAGAAGACGUCAAAGAAGGAGAACAAUCUGCAGUGGAAGAGCAACCUGCUUUGGGGAUGAAUGAGAAAAAGCUGGAAGAGGAGCGCACAAAUAUGCUAGUAGCCUACUUUUUGUUCUCAGUGGUAUGGUCGGUUGGUUCAACUUUAGAUUACGACUCUCGUAUCAAGUUUGAUGAGUUUUUCAGAGAAUUAUGCAAUAUGGAAGGAAGCAAAGAUAAAUAUCCUAAGUACGUUUCUGAUACUUUUCUAAAUAAUUUAAGUCAGUUUACAUUCAUAAAUGCUGAGAAAAAUUCGUGGAAUUGUUUGGUAAACACACUGGUUCUACCAAUACUGAUUAGUAUUUUAUUUUAUGACUGAUGUACAUUUCCUUUAAAAGAAAUUUGAAAUCUUAAUAAGAUCUAUCUGAUUUGUGUUUUGUUUAUUAAGCCAUGUUAUCUAGAUAAAAAAACACUUAUUUCCAGAAUUUAAAAGUUGUUUUUUGUAUUGUUGAUUUUUCUCGGCCCAUCUUUGUACUGUUGAUCUUUUUUUACUGGCCUAGCAGGAAGCGAGACUCUUAACAUGUUGGCCAUAAUUUAUGUUUUGUGAUUUCAUGAGGUAAAAUUAGUCCGUAAAAUAAACAAUUUCCAUCAACUCUACUUUUAGACCAAAGGAUCUCAAGUUUCCCAGAGCAGUUCUCAUUCCAAAGAAAGGUUUAGUUUAUGAUCAUGUGUUCAUCCGUAGGCAGUUUGGAUCUUGGAGUCCAUGGUCUAAUCUUGUGAAGACAGUCAACAUUGAUGAAAAAGCCCAGGUAAAGUUUAUCUUUUGUGAAGCUUAUCGUUUUGACCAUAUAAAUAUUGGGAGAUGACAUAUGUUUUUAAGAUGUAUACUUGCAAUAGCUGUUCUAAAGUUGGAGACUUUGUAUUGAAGAUUUUUUAAUUAUAUUUUUGUUUAAUAUACUUUAAGGUAGAUGUUACAAGCAAAUUGCGAAAUAUGCAAAAUUUGUACAUUUUGCCUGCAUAAUAGAUAAAACUUCUUUAAAAAUGUGUUCUGAGACAAAAAGUCAUUAUAUUAAUGGUGGAUUUUAUGUUUCUUUUCAGUCUAUUCAGGUAACCAAGCAGUUCACUGACACAGUUUUACCUUGUCUGCCAAUUCACCUUUUGAUACCCUAGAUCCAACCAUGAAAUCUGGAAUUAGAAAUCAAAUAUCUUUUUAAGUUACAUAAUUAUUUUUAAGUGUAAUCCUUUUAGGAUCUUAAAAUUUUCAGUAACUAUCAGUAUAUCAAUCAGAAGCCAAUGGUCUGUUUAAAUGCUGAUAGUGAUGUAUGAAGGCAAAAAUCUUUUUUGUAGAUUUAAUUGAACAUUUUUUGUGUGGAUGUUUUUUUGGGCAAUAUUCUAGUUUUAUUUUUAAAUAUCCUUUUCCUCUUAUCAAGACCAAGCCACAGAGUUCCUUCACAACUGGAGACAUGGUAACGUAAAAUAUUGUAUAAUGUUUCUAUGUAACAGAUAAUCUAUGUUUGAAAAAAAAGAAAGGAAAACUGUUUACAGAGAUUUUUUAGACUUAAAUAAGAAAUUUAUUUUAUGGAGUAGAUCACUUUGAAAUGACAUGAAAUGUAUUAUUAAUAUUACUACCCAGUAAUGAAACAGCUGGGUUUUAAAGUGGUGACAACAAUUCCUACUUGACAAUUAGUUGAGUUAUACUAAAUUGAAUUUUUUGGUUAGUCUAGCAUUUCAUGUCUUUAUUUUAAGAUUAACAUUUCUGAACAUACUACUAGAAUGCAACUACCACUCUACCAAUUCCUGCUUUUAACUCUUGUGUCCUGAAUUUUCUAUAAUUUGUAUAUAAUAUUAUAAAUUUCUUUUACAAUUUACUAAUAUAGUUGUCAUUUUUUAUAUUCAUAAUAUUUGAAUAAUGUUCUUUUACUUUUACUUUUAGAAGUGAAUUCUCUUUACCAUUUGUAAUUAAUUUCAGAAGAAAACAAUCAGAAGGAUAAUUUUUUAUUUUGAAUAUUUCUCACUUUAGAAGUCCAAGAAUCAUUUAAAUUUAAUUUGACUGAGUACAUAGUUUCUUAACUUUUUUUUAGUGAUUUUUUAUGUAGUGUAAGGCUUCUUUCUUGUAAUGUGUAAAAAAAAAAAGGAGAUCAAAUAAAUUACGACAACUGGUCCAAAAUAUGUUGCUAAAUAAAACCCAAUGCCUAUGCGGAAAAAUGAUUGCCUACAUUUCCAUCACAGAGAGACAAGGAACUAAGGAUUAUGGUAAGACUAACAUAAUAUGCAGCUGCCUUGUGGAGAUUGUUUAUAUGCUGACAGCAAUCCUACUUGUAAUAAAAAUGGAUUUGUCUAAAGAAAAUUUCCUUUAAUCUGGGUUACCUGCCUUACAAUGCACUUUUCAAAACCUUGGUUAAAGUUUGCAAAUCACUUACAUUAAAUUAUAUUCAGCUGUUUUUCUAACGGUAUUUCUAAAAAAAAAAUAUCCAUUUGCAAAUUAAAUCCAGGUUCACCCCAACACAAGCAUCUGGUUAAUAUAGAAAUCAAUUAGUUUUGUAAAUUGGCAGCUUAAUCCAGAUUGAAGAAACAAGUGUUUUGUUUUGUGCAUCUUUGGUGAUGGUAAUGUCUUGUCUGUUCACGUUACUGUAUCUCAUGCAAUCAAAACUAAAAUUAUAUUCCAGACGUUUAUAGCCAGACAAUUUGAUGCUAUUGAUAAUCACACAAGUAAUACACAUAUAUUUAAUAUCUCAUCCAUAUUCAUUGGCUUUUUAUUUUUGCUCAGUACACAAUAAAUAAUGCUUUAAUGCUGGAAAUAAUGAGAGCUUUAUUUUUAAACAUGCAUCACCAAGAGGUCAAAUGAAAUAUUUAAACAGAUUUAAGCCAACCUUUUGUGCUGUAUGCCGGUAACGUCUCCAUAAUUUACUAAAUAAUCUGAAUUAUUCAUCAAGUAUUUAACAUGGCAUUGACCCGGAGAGAUGAUCCAUAGUGCACUGUUCUUUAAAGAAUGUCAUAUGUUAUUUUACCUACACAAACUGCCCCCAAUCACUAGUAUGUGCUAGAUAUUUUAAUUUCCAUAGCCACUGAUCCACAGUGAUGUAGUCUAUGCAGUCAAUAUGAUUGAACAAAUUAUUGAAAUGUUUGUACCAACAACUUUAAUGCUAAAUUAGUUGAAUUCUUUUGAACUCUUGACCCUUUAUAUCUGCAUUUUGUGAAUUGAUUUACGAAGUUAUCUUUUCAGGCUAAUAAAAUAAUUACAGCAUAUUAAACUAAAUCAAAUCACAAGCUAUGUGCUCAAGGAAUAAUUACUAUUUAAUCACUUUAUUAACUUAAUACAAAAUUGCUGUUUCAAUUUAAAUAUAAAUAAUCUUCCAGAUUUUCCAAAUUCAUUAUAGUUAUUUGUUGUGAUUUUUUUUUAUCCAUUUAUCAAAAACCAGGAUGCAUUGCUCUAAAUAUUGUCAAUUUAUUUACAUAAUUUUUUUUUUUUUUACACUUUAAAUUGUAUUAUUUAUUUUGCUAUUUAAACUAUGUAUGCCAGAACAUUAAAAAAUAAAAUUAUAUUAAAGAUAGUCUUUUCUUACAUUUAAAAUGAAAAAAAUGGUUAAAAAAUUGUAGUAUAUCCUGUUACAUUGAAAAUGUUAGACUUGUAUUUCAGUGCUUUUUUACAAUAUUUAUCAAAUAAUUUUUCUUGAGGUUUUAAGUGUCCAUGCAAUAAAAACUCAUGAAUGUAUUCUUCAGAUUUCAAAUAUUUUGAGAACUAAUAUUAAUUUGAAGCUAUAUUAAUACAAUUAACAAUAUGAAUGUAUUAUUCUCAUACAAAUUAUUCAUACUACAAAUAUGCUUACACAUUUUUUGUGAAAAUGUAAUUAACAGCUUUAUAACUCAAAGUGUAUAAUUGACUUGAAUUUUAUCAAUAAAAAAAUUAUAAAUGAAAUAAGACACAUCUAUUUAUUGCACAACUUGUGCUAAUAAUUUAUAUAAAUUUAUUUUAUAUUAAAUAAAGAUAUGUAAUUUGGUUUUGAAGCCGAAUAAAGGAAUUUAAAAAAAAACCAAUUGAAGGGUUCAAGGGAAAAACCAGUGAUGUCAGUUUUCAACAUUUCUAUGUUAUCUCCCUUGUGGCUACAUUCCAUUUAAUAGAAUAAUAUGAUAGAUAGGUCCAACUGAAAAAGCAGCGUAGUCAAUAAAUUAAUAUGUAGACAUCUUGAUAUGUUCAUACUUUUAUGAGGAAUUUUCAAACUUUAAAUUCAAUUUUCUCAAAACUCUCAAACCCUGACAUUCACUGGUUUUUCCCUUGAGCCCUUCAAUUAGUAAUAAGUGUUAAUACCACUAAAACGUUUAGUACCGGUAAUUAAGUCUAUUUUAUUUAUAUGAAACUAAAUUAACAAGAUGUGAUUUUUUUUAAACUUUAAUUUAUCUUAUAUGAAUAUUGGCGUUUCAAAUAUGUCUGAAAAUCCAAGGCUUUCAAAAUGAUCAUUUUCUGCACAUCUUACUAAACAUAUCCCCAUAUUUUGUUCAGAUCAAUGCCUUGAUUAUCAACACAGUAGAAACAGAGAGACAACGCUACUUCCUGAAGCAUUUCCUGCAAAAGGAAUUACCAUUGUUGUUUGUUGGUCCCACAGGCACAGGAAAAAGUGCCAUCACAAACAGUUACCUUCUUGAGGUAGGCCAGUUUCAAUCUACAAUGUGCUGAACAUUUAAUCAGAAUAUUAAAAUCCAAUACAAAUUAUACUAGUAAUAAUACUUAUACAAAGUGCAAUGAACUUGCUGUAGGUGCAGCCAAUAAAUGAAGUCUCUGAUAGUAUGUCCUGAUAAAAUUUUGUCUUGAUUUAUUACAGCUUCCCAGGGACAAAUAUGUCAUCAACAAUAUCAAUUUCUCAGCUCAGACGUCAGCCAAUCAAACACAAGACAUUAUAUUUUCCAAGUUGGAAAGGUAAGAAUUUUAACAUGUGGUGUCAUUCAUCACUGAAUGCUGGUCAAUAAAUGGGACAAAGGUAAGAAUUUUAACAUGUGGUGUCAUUCAUCACUUGAAUGCUGGUCAAUAUAUGGGACAAAGGUGAGAAUUUUAACAUGUGGUGUCAUUCAACACUGACUGCUGGUCAAUAUAUGGUACGAAGGUAAGAAUUUUAACAAGUGCCAGUCAUCACUGACAGCUGAUAAUUUUAUGUGGAAUUUAGUUUUGCUAAUCUAUUGCUGCCUCUUGUUUAUAUGCAAGUUUAUUAACCCAUAGUUGACUGCACACCAUAAAAGAUACUACGAUCAUUUCAUUCUUUUUUUUAAGUUUAAAAAUUUUUAAUUAAAAAAAACUAACAUGCAUUAAUAAUUAUGUAUAUUCAUUAUAUUUUUUUAUUUUUUGCUUACACAUCAAGUAACUCUAUUUGUUUAAUUGUGAAUAUUUAGUCUUAUUUUCAAAUUUACUUUCCUACUUGACAGGAGAAAGAAAGGGACGUACGGACCCCCAGUGGGAAAGAAAUUGUGUGUCUUUGUUGAUGACCUGAACAUGCCAGCUAAAGAAAAAUAUGGUGCACAGCCACCAAUUGAAAUAUUGCGACAGUGGAUUGAUCACAGAUUUUGGUUUGACAGGUGAUCAGUGUCCGAAUUCAUUUCAGUGUUAUGAAAUAAUGCCAAGGUUUCUUGCCAUUUUGCUCCUAAUGUACACAGUAACAGAUAAAAUAAGACCAUGGUUGAUAAUCUGGUUGAAGACUCAGGGAAUCACAAUAAAUAGAAACAUCAAUAAAAAUAUAAUAAUAUUAUAAAUAGCAAAUUAGGGAAGCUUCACCCUCAAACAUUUUAAAAUAUUUUUUUUUCAGACAAAAAUAUAUUGCAGAAUUUGUCCUAUUUGAAGAUAAAUAUUUUGUUUGACUAAUGUCAUGUGGUUGAAUAUUUUGUUUGACUAAUGUCAUGUGGUUGAAUAGUUUGUUUGACUAAUGUCAUGUGUUUGAAUAUUUUGUUUGACUAAUGUCAUGUGGUUGAAUAGUUGUUUGACUGAUGUCAAGUUAUUGAAUAGUUUGUUUGACUGUCAUGUUGUUGAAUAGUUUGUUUGACUAAUGUCAUGUGGUUGAAUAGUUUGUUUGACUAAUGUCAUGUGGCUCAAUAUUUUGUUUGACUAAUGUCAUGUGGCUGAGUAUUUUGUUUGGUCAGUAGCAAACUUAUGAUUUCUUGCAAACCACUAAUACAUUACUCACCUGCUAUUCAGGAAAGAUACCAGCAAGCUUCACCUGGUUGACAUUGUCAUGCUGUCGGCCAUGGGUCCCCCGGGUGGUGGCAGGAACACUGUGACGCCACGUUUUCUACGGCACUUUAACGUCAUCGGCAUUGAAAGUUUCAGUGAUGAAACCAUGAGAAAUAUAUUCUCUCCGAUCAUUGACUGGCACUUUAAAGCCUAUGAGACAACACAACGCAAAUACUCACGGGUAAAAUUGAUCAGAUAAAGACUAUAACAAUGUGGGCCAUACACUUUGAAGUAUAUUUUUCUCAAAAAAAAUGAUAGGUUCUUUCAACAAUUGAGAAUAGAUUACUCAGAAUCCAAAAAUUUGUCAAACUUCUAUUAAUUUUUUGGUAUUAACUUUAGAAAAAUUUAGUUUUACAUUAGUGUUAAUCCAAUAUUUUAUCUUCUUAAAAUAUAAUAAAUAGUUUAUCUGCCCACUUCAGUCUAAUGUUUUGGUAUCCAUGCUGAUUUCAGAUAAUCAUUGCUGCUACAAUGGAUGUAUACUUGACGGCCAUUAUUAAGUUCCUACCAACACCCUCAAAGUCCCAUUAUCUGUUCAACUUGAGAGAUUUUGCUAGAGUUGUUCAGGUAAGAAUGCCUUAUUAUUAUCUUGUAAAGUUUAUUGAACUAUUAUAUGCGGACAAAAAUAAUUCUUUCAUUCUGUUAUAGGGCAUCCUGCUGCUCAAACCAUCACUUGUAUCAACUGGUGUGGAUGGCAACCAAAAAAUCGCAAGACUUUGGAUUCAUGAAGUGUACCGUGUCUUCUAUGACAGACUAGUUGAUGACGACGAUCGUGAGCAGUUCUUCAGAAUGGUCAAAGUAAGAUUCUCCUUAUGGCACCACAUUUAAAAGAAAAUGCCUGUUAUAUCAUCAGAUUUUUAAAAAAAAAUGUUUAUUGGUCCUCUGGUUCUAAAAAAAUCAAUUCAAUAGAAUUAAUGUGGAUAUUUGUUUCAAUAUUAAUUCUGCAAAAUUUCUUCCACACAUACAGCUAGGAAUCGAAGUACACUUUAAGGAAAAGCUGAACACACUCUUUAGUCACAUUGUUGAGCCUGGAAAAUUAAUUGCUGAUGAGGACAUUCGAACCCUUAUCUUUGGUGACUUCAUUGCCAAAUCCAAGGGAGAUGAACGUCAUUAUGAUGAGAUCCAGAAUCUGGAUGAGCUUAGGGAGGUCAGUUCUUCUUGUCCCAUGCCUUUGUUGGUGUUACUGGCCGUCAAGUGAUUUAAAUCAAUAGGUUCUAGGCUAAGUUAUUGAUGAAUUGAUGUAGCAAUGACAGGUCACUUUUACUGGACAAUUUAAUGAACAAUUUUACAUAAGUUGCUGACUCUACUAUUAUUUAUGACACAACCCUCAGAAUGCCCCAUUCUUGUCCCAUGGCUUUUUUGGUAUUAUUGGUAUCAAAUGAUUUAAAUCAAUAGGUUCUAGGCUAAACUAUUGAUAAGUUGUUCUAGCAAUGACAGGGCACUUUUACUGGAAACUUUAAUGAACAAUUUUACAUUGGUUGCUGACUCUACUAUUUAUGACACAACCCUCAGAAUGUGGAGCAUUACCUUGAAGACUAUAACCUCAGCAGCAAAGCACCAAUGGAUUUGGUUAUGUUCCGCUUUGCUAUAGAACACAUUUCUCGAAUAAGUCGCGUGCUGAAACAACCCAAUGGCCAUUGCCUUCUAGUUGGUAGGUCAUUAUCACAUAGGAAUAAUCUUGAAGAGAAUUAUUAUAAGUUAAACAUCUCUACACAAAGUUUAUUUACAACACCAAUAAACAGGAUUUGUUUUUUGCAUGAUAAUGUUGAAAUUAAAUUGCACAAAUUCUACUUUAGUGCAUACAAAAUAACACAUUUUUCACAUUUUAUAUGAAUUGGCCUAAUGAAUAACAGUUGGAAAAAAAAUUGAUAUGUUAGAUGAAUUUGAUUAAAUGACAGUUUACUGACGGCACAUUUAAUGAAUAAUUGUUUAUAUAAUAUGAGAAAUGGUAUGUAUUGAAAGUCUCAGAUUUUAUUACUAAAUGAUAAAAUGUUAUACUAUAUAAUUGUUUCAGGCAUUGGUGGGAGUGGACGCCAGAGUGUGACGCGACUAGCAGCAUUCAUGUCAGACUUUGACCUCUUUCAAAUUGAAAUUACCAAAAACUACUCGGCUAACGAGUGGAGGGACGAUCUGAGGAAAAUGAUGAGAAGGGCGGGUGACCUUGGGGUUUCAACAGUUUUUCUCUUUGGCGACCAUCAGAUAAAGGUAGCAUAUCUUCUGGCAUGUCGGCAUCAGAAAUAUUGGUGCAUUUCAGCAUCAGAAAUAUUGGUGCAUUUCAGCAUCAGAAAUAUUGGUGCAUUUCAGCAUCAGAAAUAUUGGUACUUGUCAGCAUCAGAAAUACUGGUGUUUCUAAACAUUAUAUUUCAAUUUUAUAUUGAUGAAUCUGUUCAUGGUCAAGUAACAUUUGUUUCACUUUCUUUAAAUCAAUAUGUUUCAUUAGUAUAAUUUCUGUUUCUGAAUUACUUAUGCAAAAUAAAAACUAUUUCUACUUUUCAUUCUAAGCCAUCCGAAUUAAUAAGAACAAAUGACAUUUGAUUGUUGUUUUUUUGUUGUGUUAAGGAUGAGUCUUUCCUUGAAGAUGUCAAUAUGAUGUUAAACACAGGAGAUAUUCCCAACCUGUAUGAAAAUGAAGAGCGUCUUGAAAUCAUUGAGAAGGUAAAAAAAAUAUAUGUAUACUGAUGACCGUGUGACUGAUGCAAAUAUUUUUUUAUAGCUAUAUCGCUAUAUCACUCAGAAAUAAAGAAUCAAAUGCAAAAGUUUCAAAAUUUAUCCUCAAAAAGCUGAAAAAUAAUUAUGUAAACACGGAAAUAUGAAUGAGAAAUAAAAAUAAAGUUGGCCAUUAUGAAUUUCUGCUUAUUUAACUUAACAAAUAAAUUUGCAAAUAGAUUUAUUCAUUUUUUGUUCCGUAUUUGAAAAAGGUUGUUUUCUUACUUUGAUAAAUUGUAAUUCUUCCCUCUGAAUCAGAUGCAAACCCUCUGCCAGAAGGAAAAUGCACAGAUAGAAUUUACCCCACUAAAUAUGUACAACAAGUUCAUAGAGAGAAUAAGGAGACACCUUCAUGUUGUGCUGGCAUUCAGCCCUAUUGGGGAAGCCUUCAGGAACAGACUGCGCAUGUUUCCUUCCCUUAUUAACUGCUGUACCAUUGACUGGUUCAAGGUGAGAUGUGACAACAGUAACUUUACUUAGAUGAUAUUGGUUGGUUUUAGGUCAGAUGUGACAAGGAUAACUUUAUGUAGAUGACACUGAGUAGUUCAAGGCUAAAAAUGUAUCAUCAUUUCCUCACAUGGAAUAAUUGUGCUGUUUCUUAUUUGAUUGUCCAGGCCUGGCCUGAAGAUGCCCUUGAGUUGGUGGCAAACAAAUUUCUGGAUGAGGUUGAAAUGUCCACUGAGAUCAGAGACCAGACGGUCAGCAUGUGUCAACAUUUCCAUGAAAGUGUCAGAGCUUUGUCUCAGAAGUAAGGCCAGGAUUUAUGGCUUUAAAUCUUAUAUAAAUACCAUUCAGUAAGACAAGAAACCAAGUCAUAAACUUGUAAAAAGAAAAAAUUAUUUUUAAUUUCAGACAAGAAAACUGAUGUAAAGUUGAGUCACCUUAAACCCAUUUAAAAGUUGCUAUUUAAGUUUUUGAGUUGAAACAGAUACUUUAGUGAACAAACAGAUACUUUAAUGAACAAACAGAUACUUUAAUUAACAAACAGAUACUUUAAUGAACAAACAGAUACUUUAAUGAACAAACCCUGACAACAUCAGUAUUUAUCUCCAAAUCUAAUUCAGUGAAACAACUGUAAAUGUUUAAAAAAUGUAAACCAGUCACUGUUAGUAAAGAUUUUAUUUUAUUUCCAUGCUCUGAUGCUUCUAAAAACCAUUAAAUUUGUGUGUGCUCAGAAUUGUUUUAAUCAUGACGUUCAUAAAUAAUCACACUUCAAAAUCUCUUAAGCCUCAUUAAAAACUCUAAUAUGUCACCUGCUCUUAAUUUGCCAGUUUGAUUUGGUUAAAAAAAUGUUUUCGUAGAAUUAUUUUUGGAUGAGAAUAAAAGUAAUUGUCAUUUUGCUAACCUCUGUCCUGACCUGCAUUAGAUACUACGAUGUUCUGAGGCGUGUCAAUUAUGUCACCCCGACAUCCUAUCUGGAGCUGAUCAAGACUUUCAAAGCUUUGCUGGGCAAGAAACGUCUACAGAUUCUCACAUUGAAAAAUAGGUACAAUGUCGGCCUGGAGAAGCUUAGGUUCUCAGAGAAUCAGGUAAAACUGUCUUAUGUAGCACGUAUGUUCAUCUGUAUAUUGUCGGUGCGUAUCGACUUUUUAAAGUAAGUAAUGUAUGUUAAAAGUGCUGCAUUCACAGCGUUAAUGUGCAAAUUUUUUCCAUGUGUAUUUAAGCAUUCCCCUUUCACUUGUGAUAUUUUCUUUGAUCGAACAGAUCAACGUGAUGCAAGUGGAGCUGUUGGACUUACAACCUAAACUUAUUGAAACUAGUCAGGAGACAGAGGAGCUCAUUGGAAUCAUCGAGAGAGAGACCAUAGAAGUAGAGGACAUCAAGAGAAUAGUAGAAGUGGAUGAGGCGGUGGCUAACAAAGCUGCUCAAGAAGCCGAAGCCAUCAAGGUAGCGGGUUGUGCUGGAAUUUAAGCAAGAUGAUCCAACUGACCGUUUCAAACAUGGAAAUUAAUUCUUAUGGAUCACAUUGCCAUAUAUUUUUAAAACUUUAAUAUACAAGCUUUAAAAGCUAUACAAAACAUAUUUACCUUUGAUAUAUUUAUAAAAUUGACCGUAGGUAAUAAAUGAAUGCAGUUGCGAUUUCUCAAAUUGACAUUUUUUUAUAAGAAAAAAAUGAUUUAAUACUCCUUACCCUUAGGAUUGAAUAAUUUAGCAAAAGCCUGAUAACUAAAUUAUGGAUUAAAUAGAUUUAAAUCUUUGAUACACAUGACAACCACAUUGACAUCUAAUUUUUUUAUUCACCACCACUAUAGAUUGACUGUGAAGAAAAACUUUCCAUUGCCAUGCCUGCCAUGAAUGCAGCAGUAGCAGCUCUAGACACCUUAAAACAGAAUGACAUCACCAUAGUCAAGACAAUGACCAACCCGCCCUCUGGUGUAAAACUGGUCAUGGAAUCCAUCUGUAUCAUGAAGGUUUGUCAUUUAACAAUGCCUAAGUCAUAAGAAUUGUGGAAAGGCAUUAUUUUAUUCUGGUUAAUGAAAACUAAAGAUGUUAAAAUUUACUUAUAUUUGGAAAAUUUAAGACAGAUUUACAACAAACUGGGGGUAAAAUAUACUAAGAUCCAGAACAUCCUAGUCCAAAAUAAUAUUUUUAAAAUUAUGGUACAUUAAGGUAAAAAGCAUUAUUUGUUUAUUUAUUUCAAGCCAAAAUAUUCAAUUUUUUUAUUAACAACAUGCAGCUUGUAAAGAUCACAUUAUAUUGCAGGGCAUAAAACCAGACAAGAAAAAUGAUCCAAGUGGCCGACAGAUUGAAGACUACUGGCCAGCUGCCAGGAAGGUUAGACAUAGUUUCAUUAAAUUGGUUAGAUCAUCCUUAUUUAUGAUGAAUGUUUCUUGACAUUUUGUGUGAGAUCACUAUCCUUCUAUGUGAUUGGUGCUGCAUUACAGAUAUGCACAUUUGUGUAGAGCAGUGGUUCUCAACCUUCCUAAUGCCGUGACCCUUUAACAUUUCCUCAUGUUGUGACCCCCCAAUCAGAAAAUUAUUUUCGUUGCCUCUUCAUAAAUAUGUGUUUUCCGAUGGCCUCAGGCAAUCCCUGUGUAAGGGUCAUUGGACCCCCAAAGGGGUUGCGAUCCACAAGUGAAAAACCACCUCUGUAGAGUUUAAAAAACUCAUUACAAAUGUUUCACAAUAUUUUUUAAGCUAACCACAACAUUGCUGAUAAAGAAUUUAACUUUCUACACAAAGACUUUCUUAGCCCUGCUAUUCAACUCUGCUCUAUUAAGAAAUUGUUACAUUCAACUUGUUAGGAUAACUAUUAAUUUUAGUAUCUUCUUGAGAAUAAAUGUCAUUUAAUUGUGAUUUAAAUGUAAGAUGCCCAAUCGGCCAUUACAGAUGCUUGGUGACUUGAAGUUCCUGGAGUCCCUGAAAGAAUAUGACAAAGACCACAUCCCUGCCCCUAUCAUUAAGAAGAUCCGUGACAAGUACAUCACAAACAAAGAGUUUGAUCCGGCCAUCAUUAAAAAUGUCUCCUCUGCUUGUGAAGGCCUGUGUAAAUGGGUCAAAGCCAUUGAUGUCUAUGACAGUGUUGUCAAAGUGAGUAGUUUGAACUAGGGCAUUUUUUUUGUUGACUUACCUGGUAAUUAUUGAUUUUAAUCACAGUAAUUUUGCAAUAAUUCAUUUAUAUUUUAGUAAUCUUAGUAUUUAAAAUGUUAAAAAUAAUAUGACUCACAGAUUUCUCAUAAUUUUUUUAACACUAAAAUUGAGAUUUUUUUUUUGUAAUUAAAAUUUGAUGACUAAUUUUUCAUCUCUAAUUUUUAAAGUCAGAUUGCCACAAAAAUUAAAAUAAAACUUUAUUAAAAGUUUACAGAAAAAUAAUACAUAAUGAACUCUUCUCAUCUUUCUUAAAGUUAUAAUUUUAUGUGAACUUGUAAUUUAAGCUGGUCUUCUAAAUGAGUGGUCCACAAUAUACACUGGUAAACUUCAUCCUAAGGUUGUUUAAGUAGUCCACAAUAUACACUGGUAAACUUCAUCACAAAGGUUGUUUAAGUAGUCCACAAUAUACACUGGUAAACUUCAUCCUAAGGUUGUUUAAGUAGUCCACAAUAUACACUGGUAAACUUCAUCCUAAGGUUGUUUAAGUAGUCCUCAAUAUACACUGGUAAACUUCAUCCCACAGGUUGUUGCACCAAAGAAAGAGAGCCUCUUGGCAGCUGAAGCUGUACUGUCUGUACAAAUGGCCAAACUGAAAAUCAAACAAGCUGAGCUGAAGCUGGUAGCAGACAAGCUGCAGGCACUCAAUGAUAACCUUGCACAGAAACAGACUGAGAAGAAGGUAAAAGAGAGUUUGCAACAACAGUAGUCUUUUUUUAAAGUAGUUCUGGCUAUAUUUUUUAAUGGUGCACCAGCUUGAGUUAUGAUCUUUUUCAUCUUGCACGUCCAAAAUAUUUGGAUUUUUUAAAAAAGAAAUGAGAAGACAUUAAAUGAAAUUGGUUAAUAUAAACUUGUAUUUUGUCUUGAUCCACUAUAAACUUGUAUUUUGUCCUGAGCAUCUAUACACUUGUAUUUUGUCUUGAGCUGCUAUAAACUUGUAUUUUGUCUUGAGCCAUAGCUCAUCAUUUAUAUUUCACCAUUUUAUUGACAGAACUUGGAAGAUAACAUUGAGUUGACCAAGAUUAAAAUAGACAGAGCCAAUAAACUCAUCAGUGGACUUGGUGGGGAAAAGGAUAGGUGGACACAGGUAACACAGUUCCAUCUUAUUUCAUUAAACCCAGAAUUUUGUAUCAUUGAGGAAGCCAUCCUCCAAGCACAACCAGGCUACCUUAUUUUAUCAUGUAAAUCAUUGAUUCAAACAAAAUGUUAAUGAAUGUUUCGGACCCUAGAUCUAUCCGGACCCUAGAUCUAUCCGGACCCUAGAUCUAUCCGGACCCUAGAUCUAUCCGGACCCUAGAUCUAUCCGGACCCUAGAUCUAUCCGCUGCAGUUUAAAGAAAUGAGGAUGGUGGAGCUGAUAAAAUGGGUCUGGAGCAUUGAUCUUGAAUCCUGUCAAAACUGGUUUCCAGCCAAUGCCAUUCAACUGGCCAACCAAUCUAUAUUAACUCUGCCUAUCAAUGUGUUCAAACUGGACAUUAACUCUGCCCAGUGGCGUAGCUAGGGUUGGUGUCACCCGGUGCGGUAAAUUCAUGGUGUCACCCCCCUCCCCCCAAACUUCCUUAUUGGAUUUCUUCUUGUUAAAUUAAGUCCACAGUAUAACAAUGACAAGAAAAAAAAACACAUUAGUUGAAGGUCAUGAUGUCAAUGUAUUUAAUAAUUGUAACAACAAUAAGUUAUAGUUAUUUUUACAUAAAAUUUACUUUAUUUAAAAUUUUCCUUUCCUGGUCUUCUAAGCUGCAAACAUGUUAAUCACUUGACCAAAAUCAAUGGCAUUAACUGUAUCACCUUCAAUUGAUAGCAGCUCCAGAUCAGAAAGCCUUGACUUACCCAUGUUGGAUAAACCUUAGUUUUGAAAAGCUCUGCUCACACGAGGCCACAAGACACACAUAUCGUAAGAAAUAAUUGAAGGCUUAACGAGAGUAUUGAAAGAGAUUCUAGGAAGUCCCAUUCAGCUAUGAUUUAAAAACAUCAAAUACAGACCAUGACAUUGUGAAAUUCAAUAUCAGCUGCCUUUAGGACACCAAUAACUAUUCUUCAAUUGCUGAUACUAAACUCUUGGGUUGUUCAGCCCAACCAUAUCUCCUACUUCCUGGAUCGCUAAUAUGAUCUGAUCUGUAGUUCACAAAGAAAGUUACCAAUGCACUCCAACAUCUUCCUACUGUUUUCUUCUCGCAGAGAGAGUCAAGCAUUUAUUAAUUGUUCUCCUGACAUUCUCUUCUUAAACCUUCAUCUUCUCUUACCGAAAUUCCAUAUUGGUCCAAUUUUAAAAGUGCCUUUUCAAAAGCAUGUUCCACCAAGUGACAGCGCUUCUCGUUCAGAAACAAUCUUAAGGCCUCUUGGUUUGUCACUACUUUGUCAAGAGUACAGCCUUUAGUCUGCAGACACUGCUGUGUAAGAUUAACUUCCUCGUGUAGGUAAGGUAGCAGAUAAACGUGAAAUCACAGACAGCAUGUAAAAGACCUUGUGAUGUACCUCUUGUAUCCAAAUUUUCAAGAGGGUUACAUAGAGCUUCAAUCGCAGCCACACAUUCAUCAAACUCAUAUUUCUCUGUUUUAACACGAUGAGCAUUCCAAUGCGUUGUUGACUGUCUUUUCAAAGUCAUUCCAGUGUGUUCAAUUAGAACAUUCCAUCGGUGAGUGGAUCAAGCGAAGAAGUAUAAUGUAAUACAUGAAGCAUUCUCUGCAAAAGAGUGUUGACCAGACAAGUUAAGCGAAUGGCCCACACAUCCUUUAAAAAUUGCUUUCUUAUUGUUCCUUUAAGAAUGGCCUGAACACCUCAAUGGAUUUCAGACAUUUUGGCAGCAUUAUCGUAACCCUGAGCUCUGAACAUCGUUAUGUCUAGCCCAUCACGUUUUACAUUUGUAAGAAUGUCAGAACUGAGGUCAUCAGCUUUUUUCCCUCUUAACGGGGAAAAAAACAACAAAACACACACUUCUCUCAUUUCAACUUUCCCAUUGUAAAUUUUCACAUAUCUGAUCACUCAGACAUCUGGUCAGUGUGGGAUAUAUCAGGUGUACUUUCGAACAUAAUUCCAAAAUACCUCGCAGCCUUUAUAUCAAUGAUAAGAGUCUCCUUCACAUGAUUAGCAAGGACAUUUAUUAUUUUAUUUUGGGUUUGUGGUGAAAAGUAAGAUGCGGAUGGUUUUUUUUUUGUUGUAGAUGUACUUCUCUUUAGUCUCAUUUGAUGCUCUUUUAGCACUGGGUCAUACUUAGAUAGCAUCUCAAUCAUUUCAAGAAAGUUUCAUGUAAAGAUUCAUCUUCGUUGUGGCCCCGAAAUUCCAGAUUUUGCAACAUACAAUGUGAUGUCCAGCAACCUGUGCAGGAUUUCCCUUCAUUUUUUUUUCCUUCUCCCUGUCCAUCACAGCAAUAUUUAAGGCAUCAAUCAAUUGUUUUUGUGUAUCCUAAGUCCAGCUGCCAAUGCUUUCAGCUUUUCAAGGAAACUUAGGUGCUCAUCGGAUGAUUUUGUAAUUUUGGGCUAAGUUUCCACCACUUAUCAAAGCCAGUAACAAAUUUGGAUGUUGUUGCUGUAACAUUAACGACAAAUAAUCUGACCUAAAGAUAGGGUAGUCUCAUUUCUGACGCAUCAACCUUGAACUUUUAAUAAAGCACGCAUUUCUAUUGGUUACAUUUGUGAAAAAAUGUAUGUGUGAUCGGUCAUCCUUUUAUGAAUCUCGGUUAGACCGAGCGGUUAUUGCUCUGUAAAUAUGCAAUUUUCAGUUGGGUGUCACCCCUAAAAUGGUGUCACCCGGUGUGGUCCGCACCCCCCGCACCCCCCUUGCUAUGCCACUGACUCUGCCUAUCAAUGUAUUCAACCCAUCUACAUUAACUCUGCCUAUCAGUGUGUUUCAAUAUUUAUUUAUCUCUAUAGAACGUGGAAGAGCUAAAUGCAACAUAUGAUAACAUUGUUGGGGAUGUUCUUCUGUCCGCUGGUGUUGUUGCUUAUCUCGGUACUUUUAUACUGGAUUUCAGACAGGUAUGUAACAUUAUCCUUGAAUCUCCAUAUAAAAAUAAACUUGCCUCAUAGUUUUCCUUAAAUUUAUUCUUUGAGAUUUAAAAAAAAAAAGAUUUUUUAGUGUGAAAUGCUGGUUAUAGUUGAUAAAUGGAUUUUUUUUUUUGAAAUCUACUGACCAAUCAGGUUUUUUUACUUGUUUAUUUUACAGAGCUGCAUUCAAGCCUGGUUCCAUUUGUGCAGACAGAAGAACAUUCCAGUGUCUGAUACGUUCUCCCUCUCUGUCACUUUGGGUGACCCAGUUAAAAUUAGAGAUUGGCAGAUUGCAGGUCUACCAGCUGAUCAGUAAGGAUCAAGAUUGUUACUUUCUUGUUUUAAAUGAUUGACAGAAACUGACUACUUAUUAUUUAAUAAUUUUGUUUAGAUUACCUUUCAAUGGCUCUCCAAUAGAAGAAAUACAUUUGACCUCACCAUUAAUCACUUAAAGCGGCAAACACAGUUUAACUUAUCAUUAAAACACACAUUUUAAGAUUGCUCAAUUUUUUAAUACACUGGGUAAGGCUGAACAAAAUCUAAACAUAUUUCUUCAAAGAUACUCCGUAGACAAUGCCAUCAUUGUGACUUUUGCCAAUCGCUGGCCUCUGAUGAUUGAUCCCCAAGGUCAGGCCAACAAGUGGAUCAAAAAUAUGGAAAAGGCCAACAAGCUGGAGAUAAUUAAGCUCAGCAACCCAAACUUUCUGAGGUCAUUGGAGAACUGUAUACAGGUAAACACUCUACAUAAAUAGUAUUACUGAUCUCAUUGUAUGUGGUGAUACUUGGAGUAGGAAUAUUGGUGAUAUUUUGAGUAGAAGUAUUGCCGAUGCUUUGAGUAGAAAUAUAGGUGAUAUUUUGAGUAGAAAUAUUGGUGAGACUUUCAGUAGAAAUAUUAGUGAGACUUUCAGCAGAAAUAUUGGUGAGACUUUCAGUAGAAAUAUUGGUGAGACUUUCAGCAGAAAUAUUGGUAAGACUUUCAGUAGAAAUAUUGGUGAGACUUUCAAUAGAAAUAUUGGUGAGACUUUCAAUAGAAAUAUUGGUGAGACUUUAGUAGAAAUAUUUGUGAGACUUUAGUAGAAAUAUUUGUGAGACUUUCAGUAGAAAUAUUGGUGAGACUUUCAGUAGAAAUAUUGGUGAGACUUUCAGUAGAAAUAUUGGUGAGACUUUCAAUAGAAAUAUUGGUGAGACUUUCAGCAGAAAUAUUGGUGAGACUUUAGUAGAAAUAUUUGUGAGACUUUCAGUAGAAAUAUGCCCUUAUCAUGAGCAUGGAAGCAUCUCAAAAAAUUAGAUCCAAAAUGGUAUUAGGCUUACUCUAUUCAAGCUGGCAAAUUAUUUUUAUAAUUUUUUGGCUAUGUUUUCUUUCCUAAUCCUGAUGACCAAAGUUGAUUGCCUGUGCAAGUAGCCUACAAUAUAAAUUGAAUUGAUUUUCUUUUUGCAAAAGUAUCUGCUAUUAAUUACUGUUUAAAUGUGUGCUCAUUUACUUAUUAAAAAGUUAUUUUCAGUGAUUUUAAUGCAUAAAUAUUUUAAAACUAUCUCAUUUUUCCUUUCUUCCAGUUUGGCAACCCAUGUCUAUUAGAAAACAUUGGGGAAGAGCUUGAUCCCAUAUUAGAAUCAAUUCUACUAAGACAGACUUUUAAACAAGUUGGUUCAACAUUUUUUGUAACCUGCAUUAUUAAGUAUAGCUUUAGCAAUAAAAUCUCAAGCAUCCCCGUUGCUAAGUCAAACAUAGUAUAUUUUUUUAAGCCCUGGUAAAAUCAUUUUCAUUUCUGAUUUUCCGGUAAUUUUUAACACAAAUUUUUAAAAACAAUUUUGUAUAUAGAAAUAAAUUAACAAAACAACUUUCCUUAAAAUAACAUAGUUUUGUUUUGUUUUGUUAAGGAGAGAAUCCUUGUCUUAGUAAUUUAUUAUCUUUAUUUAAAUAAUGUGAAACCAAUUUUCUCACCAGAAUAAUUUAGAAUACAUUAGAUUAGGAGACUCUGUCAUUGAGUACAGCAGAGACUUCAAGUUUUAUAUCACAACAUGCAUGAGGAAUCCACACUACCUACCUGAGGUGUCUGUUAAGGUCAGUUACAAUGUAAUUAGUUUCAGUUUCUACUUAUCGUAUGCUUUGAAUGCCUGAGAAUUCCCUGUUUCUUUCAUCAGAUUAAACGGACCAGUAUAUAGAUUAUUAGAUACAUAUCAUUGCUACCAAUAAUUUUUUAUUACACUGUCUUGAUUAUAAUUAUCAAUAUUAUUUAUUUUUUUAUUAUCACAAAAUUUUGAGUUGGAGAGUCCUAAUAAUUAAAAAAAUAAUUAUAAUCAACUUCUGUUUAUCAAAAAUAAGUAUUUACACAUCGGAAAUCUGGUUAUAACAGUCUGUAUUUUCUGAUUCCCUCAAUUUAAUAUUCAUGAUAUUCUUUCUCAGGUGACCCUACUUAACUUCAUGAUUACUCCCUUGGGUCUGGAAGACCAGCUUUUAGGUCUUGUUGCCGCUAAGGAGAAACCUGACCUGGAGGAGAAGAAGCACAAGCUGAUCAUCGAAAGUGCUCACAACAGACAUCAGCUCAAAGAUAUUGAAGAUAAAAUUUUAGAAGUUUUAUCAACAUCACAGGUUCAACAUCAUAGCUGCUCCUAGUUUUGUAGAACUCCCUUUACCUCAGUUUUAUUUUUAUAAGUAAAGUUGAACAACUUUUUUAUUUUCAUAUAUUAGGUAGAUUUAUGGCACGAGGCUCAACUACAAAAUUUUUAUGUCCCACCACCUAAGUACCUUCAUUUAGAAAAAAAAAUAUCUUAUCAAUUUUCCCCAGGGUAAUAUUCUUGAAGAUGAAACUGCCAUUGAGAUCUUGUCUUCCAGCAAAAUUCUAUCCCUAGAAAUAUCAGAGAAGCAACAAGUAGCCACUAAAACUGAAGAGGAGAUAGAUGUAACAAGGAAUGGUUAUAAGCCAGUAAGAGUUUCAUGUUUGGGUUGUUGAAACAUGGGAUAAAAUGAUGCAUAAACGGUCCAUGAGAAAAGUAAUGCAGCCUCAGGGCAUUCUAAAAACCUUCAACAGAGAGGGGUUCUAAUAUUGUUGACCAUUCUGGGUCAGUAUAUUUUUAAACAAAAUCUUGAUGAACAAUUAGUUUAGUAAAUAGACCAAGCUGCAUCUCUAUACAUUUGAAGUUCAUUCUGUUUGUUAUGCAUAAAAUUUGUGAAAGAUUUUAAAGAUCCAGUGGUUAAAAGAAUGGCAAUGAGGAUGACCAAGCGUAAGAACUUUUCAAUACAGCUUGAAUUACAAAAUCCUAUACAAUUUAAUUAUUUUAUACAACUUUAGAAAAACAUAUUGAGCUAAUUUUUUUUGUAUUCUUUAUCCAGGUUGCCAAGCAUGGCAGUAUGCUUUUCUUCACAAUAUCUGACCUGGCAAAUAUUGACCCCAUGUACCAGUACUCGUUGACCUGGUUCAUUAAUUUAUACCUGCAGGUUAGUGUUGGUUGCCGAGAUACUCUUAUUGUGGCUUGUGCUUAAAAGAAUAAUAUUUUGUGUGAGUUAUUUCUUGAGGUGGGGUAGUACUGGAAAUGUGGUACGUAGAUAGAUUAACUAUAAAUUAUGAAAAAGCUUUUGAUCAAAGCGAGCAGAGUUUUAACAAGUCGUCUUUGUUUUUUUAAAUAAGACAAUUGGAACUAAUUUUUUUACAGGGCUGGCAGUUAAUUUAUUUUACUGAGCUGCACAGAUAGUGUUUUCAAAUUGGGAUGAAAAUCAAGCAAAAAAAUAUUUCUAUUAAUUUUUAUGCAAUUGUUUUAGUAACUACUUUUAAAUAAUUUUUUUUAAAGUAAAUAAUUUGUAUUUCUAACAGUCUAUUGUGAAUAGUUCUCGAUCAACUGUGCUUGAGGAAAGAAUUGAGAACUUGAACAGUCACUUCACCUACAGCAUCUACAAGAAUGUUUGCAGAUCACUGUUUGAGAAGGACAAGCUGCUCUUUUCAUUUCUCUUGUGCAUUGGCUUAGCAAAGGGCAGGUGGGUGGCCAAAUGUUAAUGUCAGUAGAUUGUGUGUUCUUUCUAUAAGUUUAAGAUAUUUAAAGAGCUUUUUAUGGGACCAAGCCCACUUGCUAAUUUAAGAAAUAAUACUGAAAAAAGCUAAUAAAAUGCUGCCUUUAUAACAUAUUUUCAUUAAGGAUCAGUAUUUUUUUUUCAUUACAAUUAAACUAUUAAUUCAGAAAAUUAUAAAAAAUUUAAGUAAAAUAUAAUGCUGCUGAAUAAAAUAUUUGGAGAAUGCAUAAUGCUCAAAUUAUUAGGCACAAAUUACUGAAAAAUAAAAUAAAAUUGUUUUACCGGUAUCGUAUUAAACAAGUCUACGUAAAUCUUCACCCUUUUUGGGUAUGGUUCAAGAAUUUAAUAUCCCCUUUCAACUUAAAACUAAACUAAAAUCAUUGCAGAUUUCAAAAUUUUCAUUGUUUUUACCCCAUCCGUUCAGAAUUUUGUUUUAUAUGGUGAUCUCAGAGUAUCUGCAUGUAUUUGUAUCAUAACAAUUAAUUAAGUUUCCUAGCUUUAUAUUUGUAUUUUAAUUAUAAUGUUUUUAUUUUUACUUUGUUUUUGUUCAGUUUUCUGCAAAUGAAUCUGCGCAAGGUAAACAAAAUAAAUUUAUAUUUGUAUGGAUCAAUAAUCAUCAAAAUUAACUGAUCUUUUUUAUUGUAUUUGUAAAGAGGAGAAGUGGAUGAUCAAGAAUGGAGAUUUCUGCUCACAGGGGGUGUGGCCUUAGAAAAUCCUUUUGCUAAUCCUGCCUCAUUGUGGCUGUCUGAGAAAUCAUGGUCGGAGAUAGUGAGGGCAUCACAGCUUCCUGCUUUCAAAGGCUUCAUGGAGAUGGUGCAAAACUCUGUAAGGAAACUUUUAGAUUAGCGUCAAUGGCACUCAAGGCUAACUGUACUGCAUUUUUUAUUAUAUAAGCUAGGUAUCUAUUAUUAUUUAUAAAGCACUGAGAAUAAUUAAAAAAUCAACUUCUUAUAUAGCCAAACACAUGGAAACAAUUGUACGACUCAGCAACACCACACACAGAGAAAUGUCCAGAGCCUCUGGGCUCUAAGCUGACCAGCAUGCAAGAGUUGAUAGUGCUGAGGUGUUUAAGACCAGAUAAGGUGAGAAAUUAUUUCAUGUCCGGCAGUGAUUAAAAUACAGGCUUAAAUUGGUAUGUUUGUCUGGCUGGUAUCUUUUGUGCAUUUUAUUUCUUGCCCAUUGAUUAUGCCCACACUUCUUAAAAUCCACCAACUUUUGAAAUUAAAAUAAAAGCGAAACAUGCUUAUGUAAUUUUUGCAGAUGAUUCCUGCAGUGCAGAGCUUCAUUGUUAACAGAAUGGGUCAAAAAUACAUUGAACCUCCAACCUUUGACCUUUCCCUUUGUUAUGAGGACUCCAACUUUUUCUCACCUUUGAUCUUUGUCCUCUCACCUGGGGCGGAUCCCAUGGCUGGUUUGUACAGAUUCGCAGAAGAGAAAGGUAGGAUAAUAUUCUAAUUUCCAAUUAAUCACCUUUUUAUAUGUCAAACGGCAUGCAAUAUGAAAAGAUCUCUUUAAAAUUAAAACAAUGCUAUUGGUAAACGUAUUCUUAAUCAAUAAGAAUUGAUUAUUUCAAUUUGUUCAUUUUAAAAUGGAAUUUUAAAAAAUGAGUUCAUAAUUUUUUUUAAAUUCCACUUCUAGUAAAAUUCAAAUUCAUUUGUUUGAUCUUAAAACAAAAAGGAUUAUUUUGAAAUUCACUUUAUAUAAUUGUUAGGGGACACAUGAGAAGAAUCUUUCCCUUUGUAAAUGGUUUGACAACUUUUGGAAGUCUGGCUACGGAAUUUGCAAAUCUUUGAUGCAAUAUUUUCCUCACAGACCAAGAGAAAUUUAUAGGAACAUAUUAUUUUUUGUCUAUUAACUAUUGAGAGCCAUUUCAAAUAAUCAUACUUAAGGAUGAAAGUCCCAUCAUAUAAGAUAAGAUAAGAUAAGAUUCUUUUAUUGAUCCAAAUAAAUGGAAAUGUUUUUUGAUUGCAUUAAACAUUUUCAGCUCAAAAAUAAAACAAUUUGAACACAACACAUUUAUAAUAAAUUAUUUCAAACAGCCAUUAAGUGAGUUCUCUUAGCAAAAUCAGGGACUUAUUAGUUCUCACUCAGUUAUGUUAGUUACAGUUAGUCAUGUAUGAAUAAAGGAAAUGACAGUAUUACUAACGAAUGGUUUUUGCAUGCACUGUGUUAAAAGUGUGAAGAUGUUUAAAUGUCAGUGUAAUCUUAACUGCCUAAUGAUUUAAAAAAUAAGGAUUUUGAUUUUUUUUUUAAAAUUGCAUAUUUUUGGCAAGUUUUCUCAACAAAACAUUACAGUAACCAAUAUGAUUUUUUUUUACUAAUAUUCAGUGUUGAUUUGGUUGUAUUUCAUUUGUAAAAAAUUAUUCAUAAGUAAAAGCACAACUUAGCUAAGAAGUUUUUAUAUUUCUUUAUUUAUUUGUGCUUUAAGUUUAAUUUAAGUAGGCGCCUUGCUGGUACAUUGGUGUGCCAUACAUGGCAUUCAAGCCCAAUAUUUCUCAAUCAAUGCUCUACCUGGCCUACCUUGUUACAUUCUUCAAUUUAUUUUUACAAAUUUGAAUUAAGUUUAGCCCCCUUAAAGUAAUAUUUAGUGUUUUUGUGUGUAAUGUAAAAUUGCAGUGCCAACUUCUGAAUAUCUUAUUAUAUAUCUUUUAACAAAUAUUUUGAAUCCUUAUCUUUUUGACUUUGGAAGCUUUAAAGGGAAGGAACUAAGUUGUUUUUUAAAUAACUUUGUAAUUAUAAUUUUUGGAAUUAAAAUAUAAUUCACUUAUAUAAAUGCAAUGACCGGUAGAUUACCUUUAUUUUGAAAGGCUAUUUCAGUAUAUGAAAGAAUAUGAAAUAAUAAAAGUUUUUAUGAGAGAAAUUUUUGACAGUUCUGCUACUUUUCAAAUUUUAACUUUCUUCUGAUGCAAUUUAAUUUGUUAGAGUCACCUUUUUUAAAAUUUGGACAUGGAAAAAUUUUGGUACAUUGGUGUAAAAUAGUGUGUUUUUUUAAUGAUUUUUUUUUUCAAAAAUGUGAUAAUGUGUAAAAAAAAAGUUUUUAAAAAUUGAGUCUCCCAUUUGCUCUACGGAAGCACUCAGAUGAGUGUUUAUUUAUGGGAAAUGUUGGCUAAAGGAAGUUUAAUGACUGACUUGUUUAAACAUAGGUAUGCUUAUGCCGUCUGGUGCUCAGUCAGUGACACAAGAGAAAGUACCCUCGAACCAACAACUCAGCAUUAUAGGGGAGGUUAAUCCAGCUGAUAUGCUUGAUCGUAUGUGCAUGCCUCAUAUCUAUAUUGUACUUGACUAUUUAUAAAACAAUAUGCAAGAUAUGCAACAUAAUUGUGUAACAAUGUGCAGCAUUUUACUGUAUCAUAGAAUUUUAGUCAUGUAAACAAUAUUUAUAUGCAAAUUAGAAUAUCCUUGCUAAUAUUUUGUAAAAAAAUUAUUUAAACAUUAAAUGGGGAUUCUUUGUUGAAUCUUACUACAGAUUGAUUAAAAAUGGUCAUUUUAAUGGUUUAUUGUCAGGCAUACUUUAAAUCUAUGGAUCAGCCAUUUCAUGUAAAUUGUAACUGAGAUGGUAGGCCUAACUUAAAUUUGUUUAAAACUUCACAAUAUUUCAUUUCACCAAGUGGUAUUUUAUAGUAUUUACCACAAGUAAAAAAAAAAUUAGCCCAAAUAAUUAUUUACAAACUGUAUGCUUUUAAGUAAACCCAUCACCAUUAUAAUCAUAUAAUCUUAUCAUUUGUAAACAGUUGAAUGUCUUGUAAUAACAUAAAAUGCUCUCAGCACCUCAUAACCAGAUGAUACUGAUUCAUAUACAGACACAUAAUCCAUCUCCUAUUUUAGAUUUUGUAUAAUUUAAUGCACCUGCAUAUAUAUUCCAUCAUAUUACACCAAGGUCUCAUUAAGAUUUUUUUUCAUUUGUGCCAUUCUCAGUUUAAUUGCUUUUAACUCUGAGGAUCCGGGAUUAACAGAAAUAAAUUAGUAUUGUAACAAAUCUGCAGACCAGCCACAGAUGCAUCACAGACUACAGCUUUAGUUUCACAAUUUUUCAAAAUCGUAUUAUAUUUUUUCCCUAUAUAUUUUAAUUUUUAUUUAUAUCACUAACUGCUUGUGUGUAUACGUUUUAAUCUUCCUGUGAGAUCAUUUAAAAAAAGGCUCUAUCACUUUUAUCUGUUUGACUUUCCUACAGCUAUGGCAGGUUGAAAUUAAAAUUAUGUCAUAGAAUGGAGAAGCUGAACCAGCAAAAUUUGAUGUUGUUGUCUACAUAAAAUUACAUACCGUAACAUACAAGAUAUGCCUUUUAAUUUCUCAGUUACUGUUGUCUGUAUGCACAACAAAAUUUAUUUUAACCUUUCAGCUGCUGUUAAUCCUAUUCUUUUCUACCUGUAACUCAGUCUUUAUAUAAAUAUGUAUUGUAGAGCGAUGUUGACCCUCAUUAAGAAUUUAAACAUUUUAGUUUGUUUACAUUAUUUCAUUAAAUACUUUUACAAACAGAGAUUGUUAUUGGUGAUACCAAUUUUUGUUUGAUGCAAUUUUAUUUGAGAUUCCUUUUUUAAAGACUUUAUUGACUGUUAUGUAGAUAUUAAUGGUCUUAUAAAUAAAAUAACAUACAAACACCUUCAUGUAAAAAAUGAAAAAGGAUAGUUUUCAUUUACAACUCAACUCCAUCAGAAUUUCUUAAACUUUUUGAUCAAUAUUUGUUCAUCUUAUGGGAGACUUUUUAAAAUACCAAUUGGAAUAUAAUGUGAUUUCUGUUAUUUAAAAAUAAAUAUUCUUAUCGUAAUAAUUUUACCUAAAUUACUCAAAAGCCAUUGGUAUUGUCACAACACUUCAUAUAAUAUGUUAACCAUAUGAGCUAUUUGAAAAAUGUGGAAUAAAAUAUAGUUUUUGGAAAGUUUUUUUGUAUUUUGUUGUUAAAGCUAAUGCUUUAGCUGUUAGAUGUUUAGUUUCAAAUUUGGAAUCUUUCACUUGGUUAAAUCCAUUGUAAAUGGUGUUUAAUUCUAUUAAAAUUUGACCUAAGUCUUAAUAGAAAUGUAUCUGCACUAGGCAGUUCGUGUUGCUCUAAAGCAGACUUUGAUUGGAUCAUUUUGUAAUCCCUUCUUUUAUGCAGGUACAAGCAAAAGCAAGCUGCAAACCAUAUCUUUAGGCCAAGGUCAAGGCCCCAUUGCAGAACGUUUGAUCAUGGAUGUAAGCUGAUUAGCUAAAAGUUUUCUCAGCCCUUUUUAAAAUAGUGAUUAAUUAUUAUAAUCAAAUCAGUUUCUUUAUAUUUCUUUACUUGCAAAACACUUAAAAGAUGUUAUAAAUGUGAUUUCAGAAACACUAUCCAAAAGUUUCAUGCAUUUUAAGCAACUGCUCAUUUUUCUCAUUAAAAACUUUAUAAGAUUUUAUGUUAUUGUGAUUUGUUUUUGGUUUUUUUUUUAACAUUUGGAAAAAAUAUUUGAGUUUUAUGAUGUCAUUUAGGUACCAAAAAAAAAUGUGUUUUGAUUCGGAUUCAGUUAAAUGUUUGAGCUUAAAAGCUAAAAAAAAAAAGUCUUUUAAAUUACAGGCAGUCCAGAAUGGCACCUGGGUUGUGUUACAGAAUUGUCAUCUUGCUGCAUCAUGGCUGCCAGAGCUUGAAAGAAUAUGUGAAAGUGUAAGUAUAUAUUCAUAUCUAUUCAUAAAGCUAUAUGAAAUCAAUAAUGUAAUAUUCUAUGUUUGCUAUGUCUUACAAAUUGAACAGCUAAUGUAAUGUCCAUUAUGGUACCUGUCAAUUCUACAGAGCUUCUAUUAAUUAACAGAUGAUUAAGAUAGAUUUGAUGGCGGCUUUACAAAUAACUAUAGAUAUAGGAUGAUGUAUUUCUUAUUGUAACACCAGGUGAUCUCAGAUCCUGCUACUACAAGAGACACAUUCCGUCUCUGGCUGACCAGCUACCCUUCACCAGUUUUCCCCGUCUCAGUGCUUCAGAAUGGAGUCAAAAUGACUAAUGAGCCACCCAAAGGGCUGAGAGCCAACCUGCUGCGCUCCUACUUGAAUGAUCCAAUCUCCAACCCAGAGUUUUUCAACAGCUGUAAUAAACCAGCGGUAGGUGGUGGGCCGGAAAACCUUUGUUUGGUUUGACAUCAGCGUUACAAUUUAAACACCUGAAAUGUUGAGUCAAGAAAUCUUACUCCAAGUAACCCAUUUAAUUCCGAACCAGCUAACCAUUUCAAAAUAAUCUUGUUGCAGUGCUUCAUGACUGAUUUCAUGUUUCCAGUUAUGAAGGGAGAUCAAGCAAUGAACAGAAACACAUUUUACCAAGCAUAAAACCUUAAUUUAUUAUGUCUUACCUCCUUCAAGUGUACUAUUUUACCUGAAAGACUUUUGUGCCUAUCAAUGUUGUAAGUAAAGACAAAUUCCUAUUGUUAUUUUUGUUGCUCUAAGCUAUAACCACACACUAAUCUGACUUUUGCCAGGUGUUUGAAAAGCUUCUGUUUGGACUUUGUUUCUUUCACGCAUUGGUUCAAGAGAGAAGAAAAUUUGGUCCCCUUGGCUGGAAUAUACCAUAUGAGUUUAACGAGUCUGACCUCAGGGUAUCAGUCCAACAAUUGCAGGUGAGUUCAUUGUGAUUAAAAUUUUGUUUUUUUUAAAGCAGUUUUUCCCAAAGUGGUGUCCACGGACCAGCACAGGUCCUCAGCCUUACAACAUGAAUAUUUAUGAUUUCAUAAAAAAUUAAAAAGUUAUAAACCUGGCACCGGUUCCUGGUGAAAUUACGAAAAUUGUCCGACAAGCUUAAAACUUAAGGAAGCACUGCUGUAUGCAAAGAAAGCUAAACUGUAAGGACGUUGUUAAAUUUGCCUAAUGCUGACCCCCAUUCCUGCUUCAGAUGUUUAUCAACAAGUAUAACAAGACACCCCUAGAAGCACUGAUCUAUUUAACUGGCGAGUGCAACUAUGGCGGCCGUGUCACAGACGACCUUGACCGCAGACUUAUCCUCUCCCUCCUGAAGAUAUUUUACAGCACCCGAACCAUUGAAGAAGACGAUUACAAGUUCUCUGACAGUGGGCUCUACUACGCCCCUCCAAGAGGAACAUACGAAGAUUGUGUGGAGUAUAUCAGGAGUCUGCCUCUUGUUCCUCACCCAGAGGUUUGUCCAUGACUUUCUUUUAAGUCAGCAAGCAAUAUUUAGUGUUUUGUGUGUAGAGAUGUUGUUCAGGCAAAGGUUUAACUUAACAUUUGUUGUUCAUGUAUGGGUGGAAAAAUUGUGUGUAAUCUCUAUCAAUAAAGUUGUUGUUUGAAGACAAUGAACCCACAAAAAUUGUGUGUAAUCUCUAUCAAUAAAGUUGUUGUUUGAAGACAAUGAACCCACACAAAUUGUGUGUAAUCUCUAUCAAUAAAGUUGUUGUUUGAAGACAAUGAACCCACAAAAAUUGUGUGUAAUCUCUAUCAAUAAAGUUGUUGUUUGAAGACAAUGAACCCACACAAAUUGUGUGUAAUCUCUAUCAAUAAAGUUGUUGUUUGAAGACAAUGAACCCACACAAAUUGUGUUGCCAACUACCAGCAUUGCUUGGAUUAGUUUCUCUAAUUCAAUUGUUCUCCCCAGUGCGAUGGAUGAAGUGAUUGGUGCACAUGCCAUUUUAUACUUACCUCUCUCCCCAGUGAGAUUGAUGAAGUGAUUGGUGCACAUGCCAUAUUAUACUUACCUCUCUCCCCAGUGCGAUGGAUGAAGUGAUUGGUGCACAUGCCAUUUAUAGCUACCUCAGUAUUGAAAGUGUUUCCACUGUUAUGGUACCGUGAAUUUGAUUAAAUAUUUUUAUAAGACAUCUGACUUGCUGCAUUUCUUAUAUUGAAAGGUAUUUGGUCUUCAUGAAAAUGCAGACAUCUCCAAAGAUCAGCAAGAAACCCAACUGUUGUUUGAAGGAAUUCUUCUCACCCUCCCCAGACAGGUUUGUUUUGGUUGAAUCUUAUUGAACAUUAAAUUACAUGAUACCAUUAUCUAACAUUUUAUAACAUGUUCCAUUAUUCUACAUAUUAUAACAUGAUACCGCUAUCUUACCUUUUAUAAAAUGGUCCAUUACCUUACAUUUUAUAACAUGUUCCAUUAUCUUAAAUUUUAUAACAAGUCCAUUACCUUACAUUUUAUAACAUGGUCCAUUACCUUACAUUUUAUAACAUGUCCAUUAUCUUACAUUUUAUAACAUGGUCGGUUACCUUACAUUUUAUAACAUGGUCCAAUACCUUACACUUUAUAACAUCAUCCAUUACCUCACAUUUAGCAAUUGCUUGAUCCCAUGUCAUAAUAAAUUAGCAAGUUUAAGAAAUACUGUACAUUACCUGAAAUGAAGCUUAAUUUCCAUAUUCAACUACUUAGAGUUAAUUGGAUUCAGGAAACUCAAAAAUAAAAAUGCUUUAGCAAUUCCAAUUAGGAUAGACUUGUGUUUGUUAAUUUUUCAUUUCUGUGUUACCAUUUCAGACAUCAGGUGGUGGAAAGUCUUCCCAAGAUAUCAUUGAGGAUCUUGCCACAGACAUUUUACAGAAAAUACCUCAAAACUUUAAUCUUGAAGAAAUUCAGGUGAGUUUUUGUUGACAUUUACAGUUUUCUAAAUAGGAUGCAAUGCAUUACAGUGUUAGUUUUGCACUUCAAUUAAAGUACAGUAUUUUCCUUUCUUCCAGGCAAUUAUUUUUUCCUACAAAGAUGCUAAUAAAAUAAUAAAACAUUGUAUUUGUUGUUUAGACCAAGUUUAAAGUGAAAUACAUGGAGUCUAUGAACACUGUGCUGAUUCAAGAGCUUAUUCGGUUCAAUCGCUUGAUCCAUGUGGUGCGCAGCAGUCUCAUUGACAUCCGCAAAGCAAUCAAAGGAUUAGUGGUUAUGUCAAGUGAGCUGGAGGAUGUAUUUGAUAGCAUGAUGGUUGGAAAGGUUGGUUAUUUAAUUCAAUUAAAACCAUAUGCAUUGAAUUUUUUACCAGGGAAUUAAUAUCAUCUAGAGCAGCCCUGCACGACUCAAAAUGUAGAGGGGGGGGCAUGGGGGGCAUAUUACUUUAUGAAAAACUAUUGCGGGCCAAAAGAUAAUAGGACAGGGGGGGGGGGGGGUAUUAAGAAAAUAAUAAUCAUCUUAUAUAUAUUACGCUUCUGGUGUGACUCGUGGACUACUUCCUAAUGGACUGCUUCCUAAUCAGUGAAUUUGGUUUUGAGAGUAUAUUACAAAUAAUUCUAUAUGUUUGAAAGAAAGUAUGGUUCAAUAAUGAGUUUAAUAGCAUGCAAAAUAUAAUGCCCGAUAACUACGCUAAAUGAUAUAUUUUUUAUAUAACGCUAAUGUAUUUGGCGCGUAAUAUUUUCUUUUCGGAAAAUGAAAUCAUCUCAAUUAAAGAAUGGUGAAAAAAAUAUUUGGUUGGUACAUCAGAAUAUUUAAUAUAGUUUAUGGGCUUGAAAUAAAAAAGUGUGCAGUGACAUAUCAUGGGGGAAGGGGUGUAGCAAAAAUUGGGAUUCUUAAAUAUACAUUACUUGAGUUCACGUUUUUGUCAAGUAACUUUAGUAGAUGGGAAGUUCAUGCAUUUCUGCUGCCAUUGUUUGGCGGCCUACAUUUAGUAAAGAAUAUUUUUUAACGUCACAGGCCGAAAAGUGGGUACUUGCAGGCCGCAUGCGGCCCGCGGGCAGUAUGUUGUGCAGGCCUGACCUCAAGCAAAUUUCAAAUACCAACAGGCAAUAUAUGUUAUUUAUUUACCCACUUCAGGUUAUUUUUCACUUCAACUUUCAUUUGAAAUAUUGUGUGCUAUUUUGUUCUCAUUACAUAUAUUAAAAAUAUCCAAUCACAACAUUGAUACAGGUACCAGCUAUGUGGGCGGCAAAGUCUUAUCCUUCUUUGAAGCCUCUAGGCAGCUAUGUUACCGACUUGCUGACUAGACUGGCAUUCUUCAAGGUAAUUGUACCGUAGCUGUUAUAAGUAUGAUUAUAAAAAAAAAUACUCUUUUAUGGGCUCAAUAAUACAGCCAAGCUGUGAGUGUCAUUUUUCCAUUUAUUAAUACUUUUAUUUUGCUAGGAGUGGAUAAAUGGAGGCACUCCCACGAUCUUCUGGAUCUCAGGCUUCUACUUCACUCAGUCUUUCCUAACUGGAGUCUUACAGAAUUAUGCAAGAAGGUUCAAAAUUCCCAUUGACCACUUGGCGUUUGAGUUUGAGGUGACGAAACAUGAAAAUGGUGUGCUGCAAAAACCAGUAAGUCUGAUAAUUAACUUUCUAUAUGUGGCAGUGUAUGCCCCAACCCACUAUUUGACCCGUUACGUAAACCAUGUCUGGCGCCCAACUCAAGGCCGCGCGGUGUGUAGUAGCACUGGCGCGGUGCGUAACAGGUAUCCCUUUUCACCUUCCCCCCCCUCCCCCCGGACGGUCACUAUACGACCGGCGCAUAGGGAGGAAAUAAUAAAAUACCACGAUGUGCGCAUUGGUUAGAAAUUCAAUAAUUUAUUUAUCAGGAACCCUAGCGUAUUAAGUUAUACAUUACAUCUAGUUAAGACGGGGAUUUUAUUCACUAUACCUUAGCAUAUUUACAAGUUUCCAUCGUUGGAGGAUAUUUUAAUAUUUAGUCAUUAAAGGAGUUUUCGCCUUCAUUUAUAGUGGUCCCCACCCCCUUCUAGUUAAAAUAUCUUAAAAACUAUUUAAGUCAUAAAAAUAUAAAAUAGCAUCUUAGAUAGCUAAGACAAAACUGCACAGAUUACAUAUAAGUCGUUAGGGAUGUGGAUAAAGAUUUUAAUUAUUACUCUGGAUUAGUCCCCAGAGUUAGGCAUUUUACCCCAGGAAACUGGCCAGAAGGCAAAACUUAGACCGACUCGGUUUAGGUGUGACGUAGGGGCUCUCUGAUAUGUCCGCGCACGGUUUUAAAAAGGGGAGCACACGAGGUAGGGGUCAUUUCGAGCUUUGGUCAGCAUACCUGCAGUGUGCCUUUGUUCAGUGCGGCCCAUUGGAACGCUCUGUAAGUAGAGGCAAUUACGCCAUUUUUAUUUCUUUGUGGUUAGUAGGAACUUGUUGAGUGUUAGCAUUGGAAGAUUUCUGUUCAGACUUAUAACCAGGAUAGAGUGUAGGAUAACCUACAGCGUGUAGACUUAUGCUCAUGCUAUUUUAAAGGUUAACAUACAACCGUUAAAUAAAUUAUUUAAUAGGAUUAAUAAAUAGAUACCAGUGACCAGGGUUUGUGCGUAACAAACAACUGCAUAUCGUUCUGGGUACACAUACUGCAAUGCGCUUAUAAAAUAAGCUAUUGAUACAACAGUAUACAACCAGCGAGUGUCCGUCAAAUAUGUGUAAUAGGCUAACUUUCCUGCCGUGUGCUAAAUUCUCACAUAGGAAAUAGUGCAUGUGUGAGGAUCACAUCCCAUAUAAUAUAAUUAUGAUUCAUUCUGCAAUCUGCUGUUGUCUUAACAAGACACAGCGAUGGACAGAUACAAGUAUCAAGCCAACGGUGGUCAUACUUAAUACCAUUGUAUUUACUGUCCCGCUAUGUGUGCCUCUUACAUAGACACCAUACCUGGAUGGCAUACUAUAAUAACUUCAAGAUCUUUAAAGUUUAUGUUAGCCCUCACAUCGCACUCUGGUUCUGUGUGUAGCAUUAACACUGUGCACGUGUUUCAAAUUAAACACUGCAUGUGGUUUCUUUUAUAGUUAAAACAUUCGUAGUACAAGAUAAUUAUCUUUGCCAUGUGUAUGAACCAAUACUACUUACGUAUCAUUUAUCAUGCUUUCUAGUUAAGUAUAUGUUGUCGCCACGUGUAAUUACGUGGUUAUGUAAUAUGUUUAUUGUUAGCUAUGUUAGUCAGGACAUUGUUGACCUGUAUUAUUUGUUUAUUUUCAGAUAUUGUCCUUUUUCUUUCCCUUUUUCUUCAUAGGCUUCUUCUCCAUAGUUCAUAGUGUCCUCUUUCUUGUUUUCAUCAUAGUAGAGAAUUAAUUAAAAAAGCUAUAGUCCUCGAGACCUGAUUGUUUUAUUGGGAUUUCAUUUAAACUGUAAGCUACGUCAUCCACUCGGCUACAUUUGUUGGCGCUGCGAGCAGGGUCAAUUUACACUACUACAGUGUUUUGGCGUUGUCACCUAAGUCAACCCUAAACCACCACACUACUACAUAUAUUCCAAAGGGCCGAAAGCAUUAUGAGAAAGAUGAAUAAAGGAUUGUAGUCAACAACUGAAACCUUUUCUCAGUAUACAAUAUCCAUGUUAUUAUCAUUCCCAAAAUUUAACUUUUGAUAUUUUAAUUCCAGUGUCAUUUUUUUAAAGCACAUUUGUUAUACCGAUAUCUUUGAUUUUUAUAUUAGUUGCAAUUCUAAACAUAGCAGCUUCAAAUUUAUCAUUUUCAUAUGGAGGCUAAAUUAGAGCUAUUUUCUAACUCCCAAAAAGUAAAAGUAUUUUUGUCUAGAUUAUCAUCAACCCUCCAACUUUCAGAAAUUUCACAGCCAUUGAUUUCUGGCAGCAUUUAUAAAAGUGUAAAUUGUUUUUUCUUUAAGGCAACUGGUGCUUUUAUACGAGGGCUUUUUAUGGAAGGUGCAAGAUGGUGCCGCACAGACUGUGUAAUCACGGAAAGUUUACCCAAAAUUCUCUAUGAUCAAGUGCCAAUUGUAUCCUUUUGAUUCAUGUAGUUAACUAGGGCAAUGCAUCUAUAAUAAAAUUACAGUGCAACUGUAAAUAGCUAAAUAUGAAACAAAGUGUAUUUUGUAUAUGAAAACUACUAAGUGCGUAGAUCUGCCUUAUUUAUAAGUUAUGAAAUGUGUAAUACAAUUGACAGUUAAGUGAAUUGAGGGAGGUUUUAAAUUUGUUUGUCUUAUCUCUCAUAUUAAUAAUUCAUAGAAGUCACAUGAUAAAAAUUAAGUAUCAGACCUGAUUUAUUCAGUUCACCUUUAUUUUAAAAUAAAUUCUGAGGAUAUUGUGCAAGCAGGGCUGGAUUUCCCAUAAGGCCAACGAAGGCCAUGUCCCAGGGCACAGCAGUCAAGGGGCUUUCCUUAAGGCCAACCAAGGCCAUGUCCCAGCAGUCAGGGGGCUUCACAUAUGGCCAACCAAGGCCAUGUCCCAGGGCACAGCAGUCAGGGGGUUUAUAGGCAGAAGAAAUAACCAUAUAUUCACACAUUUUUCAGUAUUAUUUUAAAAAGACCAUAUAAAAUGCUAUAGGUAAUAGAAGACCAGGGUAUGUGGAAGCUUGAAAUAGAAAGACACAAGAUAGAAUACUUUCUAUUUCUUGUUAUUUCUUCAUUUGUCUUGUCUGCCGAGGAAGGCUCUUAGCCGAAACGUUAUUCUUUUAUUAUCCUUUCUAUUUUCAGCUUCCACACACCUUUUUUUUCUAUUUCCCUCACACAGCUUAUUAUCCUUUAAAAUGCUAUAAUAGUAAAGAUUUGAUUUAAGAAUAAAAUGUGGAUUGGAAUUUAUAAAUAGACAUUUUUAUUUUUUUGGGUGGGGGAGUGUGUUUACAUACGUGCGAAGCAUUAUGAGCUAUGGUCCAGGGCGCAGAAAUAUUUAAAUCCAGUCCUGGUUGCAAUUCAGUAUCAAUGUAGCAAAAUACACUUUGACCUAUCCUUAAGAAUCUUAACAAUUAAUUUAGAUUUGGCUGAAACCUGGAGAACGUAAUAAAUUUGAGGAGAAAAGUUACUACAACUGUCCAGGUUCGUAAUUCUUCUCGGCUAAGUCUCAAUAAUAAAAUUAUUUGUGACGCAUCUUUUAACUAUAGGCCCUAUCACAUUUUACUGCGAAAAUUUUAAUAUUUAAGAUAACUUGACUGCACAUUGGAUAUAAAAAAAAAAUUCCUUGCAAAUCUUAGACUUAUUUAAAAUUCCACAUAUUUUUAAAUUAACAAAUUUAUUGAAUUAAUAAUAUGCAAAAUACAAAUUUUAAAAAAAUCAUCAAACAAAAAAGUCAAAUUGCUGUACUGAUCAGUGAAAUGUAUUAUGUAUGUAUUGAAAAGCAAAUUAGUUAACGGAUUCUAUUAUACGCACAAGGCUUGAUAGUUUUUUUUUUACAUCCAUACAGUGUACAAAACAAGUGCAAGACGAGGUGUGUUGUCCACCACUGGUCACUCCACUAACUAUGUCCUCACCAUGACACUACCGAGUAAUAAGCCAGAAAGCCAUUGGAUUAACAGGGGUGUGGCCAUGUUAUGCCAGUUAGAUGACUAAAAAUAGAAUCAGUAUUUAAAGAGAAUCUUCUUUCAUAAUUUUCUCAGUCCUAAAGCUGCUUGUGUAGGACCAAACUCAUGUUAUGAACAACGAGUCCCAAUCUUUUUCUGAGUGAGUCUCGAUCUUUUCUGAGGCAGAUCAUUUCACCCUGGCAACCUUAUGACCUUUCACCUCUUCAUUAUGUGUACAAAAAAUGCUCACCCAUUUCCAAGGCAUGUAAAAUGUCUAUGUGAAUAAGCUUUACAUAAACUCUAAUGACAUGAUCAUUAACUUAACUUUCUAAGUCACACUCUUAAAUAUCUUUGGGCAAAGCAACAACAGUGUCCCCAGCAUUCAGUGAGACAUGUGUUUUUGUAAAACGUGAAUCAUUUUUAUAAUCUGUUUAAUCUGAUAAGAAAUGUUUUUCUUAAAUUUAAUACCGGUAAAUGUAUUUCAUGUUACUCUAGGAAAAGACAAAUUAUUUUGGCACCUCACAUGGUCAGUUGGUUUCUUUCAUAGCCUACCGAUGUGAUAAAGCUGACUUAUUUUAUAGUGUUGGUUGAUCAAAAUAGAUGUAAAACUAUUUAGCUUCAAUUUUUUACUGGAUACAUCCUAAUAAGAGAUUGAACUUUACACCAGACCAUGACAUAUAUUACACCAGACCAUGGCAUAUAUUACACCAGACCAUGACAUAUAUUUUACUUGUAACUCAUUGACUCUCUAUUGGUGAUUUUCCCUUGAUUAUUAAAAUUCUAUAUUAUGAAAACCCAUGGCCUUACAAUGCAUUGUAUUUGUCAUUUAAAUAUUUGUAGUUAAUGGUCUGUGUUUGUGUAGAUUAUUUAUUAAUCUGAUAAAAUAUAAUUUUUUGUUUAUUAAUUUUCAUGUCAUGCAUUUAUCAUAUUUAACUAUGUAUACAAAAUAGAACCAUUUGAAAUUAUGCAUGCAUCUUAUCCACCUAUGGAUUAUUUAUGGGAAUAUUUACUAAACCAUGCAGC